GUUGUACUUUACCUGACAUCAUCGAGCACAGAGUGAUAUUCUUUCUCUGCCUCGACUUUCGCAGCAGCCUGACUGGCCUCAUGAAUCGCCUCGUCCACCUGCUGCAGGACACCUUGCUCAAGGACGUCCUGAUCGUACACAGCCACCCCAAGACCCAGGAGUUCAUCAGCUCCGGAGCUGGCCGAUGCUGCUUGGAUCCGCUGUCGAUCAAUCUGCAGCAAGGCUCCAGACCUUUUACCUGUACCAUGCAACAAAUCAAAACACAUUAGAGAACAGAUCAAAGCUAUUUGAGGCAUUACUCUCUAUUGUAUUAAGGUAGCUCACCACUUGUGCCUUCAUCAGGUCCAGUGUUUGCAGGAAAAGCUGCAGCAGCCUCAGAGCCCUGGUUGUUUCCAGGGAAAGAGCAGACCGCUGUGCCCCCAAUUGCCCCAUCAUCUUCUGUCCCUCCUCCGGGGGUAAGAGCAGCACUGACAGGGCUGGAGAGAGACGAGGGCAGCUGGUCCUCUGAACCCUCUACAGGCAUGGUGAUAUUGCUGCAGACACAACCAUUCAGACGGUGAGUUAUUCAGAGAGGUCAGAGGUGUACUGCAGAGUAGAUUUUAACAUUUUAAUAGGAUGGCUCUUCAAAGCCUUGUGAUGGUUCUGAGUGAAAUGGACUGAUAAGAUGAUAAGUAGUGAUGGACAUUGUUGAAGUUGUUGCAGAGAAAACGACACUGUUUUGACAGAAAAAGGGGAGAUGGGAAGGACACAUUGAGUUACAUUGUUUAAUUAAGAGCUGUAUUUAACUCUAGAGACGGUUACCAUGGUGACAUAGUCAAAUAUAUAGAGAACCAGCUUCCUCAUACUACAAACCUCACAUUAAAUGGAAUUAACUUUUAUUUUUUGGCAAAUAUUCUUAAUCAGCUAACAUGGGAUAACUUUAUAAUGCUCACACAGAUACAUAACUAAUAACCAAAGUAUUAGCAGUACGUUUAGUUCAUGGUUUCUUAAAUCUCGACAGACUUCAGCUCUAUUACUCCAUAAAGGUCUACGUUCACAAUAAUUUAAAGAUAUUUAAGCAGUUAGCUCUGUGAUAGAUAUUCAGUCUGUUAUAAUUUCACAUACACUGAAGUCUAAACCUUUAAAUCCCCCACAGCUCUCUAUUGUUUACGUGGCUGGGCUAGCUGCUAAGCUAACGGUUAGCUGAGCAUCAUCAGCUGUCUGCGGAACCCGCAUCUGUCCGAGUGGAAUUAAACAAGCCGACAUAUAUUAAACCGUCUAAUAAGAGGUCAAGGUUUCUGUUAUAAGUUCUCUGGGUAAAAUAAGAUACACAAAGACUAAUAUCAAAGCAACAAUGACAGAUAGUACUUACAAAACGUGAGGUUACACAACAUCACCGCUCGGCUUUAUGUCACUUUAGCAGCCAAACUUCCUGGUUUCCGGUGACAGACGGGGAGACGUUGCCAUGUCCGACAGGAGAAACACGUACACAGCUGUCAUGAAUCAUCUUUUUAGGUUUUUGUGCACAAAUUAGGUAUUUCACUCUGAUUUUACCAUACCAAUAAUUGAUACAUCAUGCAGGACUUUACAAAGGCAGAUGGAAACAAGGACAACGAGUUUGAGAAGGUAACAUAAAUAUAGAAAAUACACAAAAGUCCAAAGAGCAGGGUCAAAUUCUCGGCCUACCUUAGGUCCAUCUACAGCACAUGUGGGGUAGGCCUAGUAAGGCUACAUAUCAUUUAAAGACUUCUGAUGAACAACAACCACAACAAUAGCAUUUUUUGUCAUGCAGAAAGUGGUAUAACCAUGAACAAUUCAAAGAUAUCUUAAGGUAGUGCAUCAGUGUUGUUUCAAGUCUGACUGAACAUGUAGGACAACAUAAAGAUACUGAAGUCCACUAGUUUUGGGGCUAAGAGUUACUACAACAGCCCAAGAGAUUUGUCCAAAACCAUCAUAUUUGUGCUGAUAAGUUUUGUUUGACAUUUCUUUUGUUUCAGGACAAAAAGGAUAGCUGAUGGUGAUGGUGACAGCUCAGUCUUAACAUCGGAGACGUUUUACUGCCUGACAGGAGGAUAAUUCAGACAGUGAGGAUUACCUUAAAGAAGAGGACCACCUGAACGAACAGCAUUCAUAAGGUGAGUUGGCUACCAAAGCUGAAACCACACCACUGCCAUGUGCUGUGUAUGGUGAGCUAAUGCUAAGCUGGAAGGCAGUUGCUAGCAAGCAGGAGUUGUGUGUUGUAGAAAUGCAAAAUGAACCAGCUUCUCCUCAAGUGUUUGACUCAAAAAUGUUGUGAUGAUGUUUUGGAUUGUGAUUAUUUGUGGCUGCUGCCUACUUUCUGGAUGUUUUUGAGUCGGUUGAUGGCAUUGCACUGAGCAAACUGUGCAGGUAUUGAACCUGAUUUGAAUGAAACAAAACUGGAUAUCAACUGUAUGCAGUAACUGUAAACAGUGAAGUAAUUCUCUCUGUUGGCAAAAGUCAUUAGCGCCUGCUACGACUCCUUGCUCUGAAAAAGUCAAAAGUCAGGCUGUUGAAUAGCUUCACAUUAAAACAAGUCUAGUUUUCCUUAUAUUACGCAGAUCUGGCAACCCUGCAGGGAAAGCAAUGUGCUUCAGUUCACAAUUGUUUGCAGCGCCCUCUGCUGAAUCUCAGCAGUGGGGUCGCUUCCCCACUAGAUGGCACCAUGAAACCAACUAUUGUGACAGAAAUUUGACCUUAAAGGAACUCAUUGUAGGACUCCACACCGGGAUGAUGUGCUGGACCACAGCUUGACAUGUAACCCAAUGUGUUUGUGUUUUGCACAAUCUGCUUGGGACUUGGACAGAUUUGUUUGUUGAAGAGUCAGGAGAAAGUUUUCGUGUUUCAGUUAUAAUGCAGUCCAACUUGAUUUCUGUUCCUGCUUCAGAUCAAUAACUUUUUGACAUAAAUUGGAAUCGAUUUGCAAAGCUUACACUCCAUAUUUGUCACAAACGUAACCAAUACCAAAAUCCUAAAUCCCAGAGGGAGUUUAUUUCCUCUUUCUUGCAACAAUAAAUGAAGGACUUAAUUAAAAUAUUCCCUUGGCCAAGCAUCGCAGGGCCUGAGCAAAGGCCAACAUUUUCUAAACAGUGAUAUUUGUGUAAAUAGACAUAUCUAUAGAGAUGGAUGCUGCUGUCACCCUGACUCAGAUAGUCUUGUAGAUGGAGACGCUGGUCUAUAACAUUUGCUUAUAUAGUUAAUGUGGGUCACCUUCAGUAAGACCUCCCCAGAGACUCCAGAGGAGGGAAUUAAACGAACCUUGAAUCAAAUGUAAAGUGUGUCACAUUAAAAGAAGUAGACCUCGUAGUUCAGUAACUAGAAGACCUUCAGUGCGCAGGUAUUUAACACACACACACACACAGUUUCUUUGUUGGGGUUGUUGAUACAAAAGCCCACAGAUAGGAGUAAGAGAAAGUCAAAUAAACGAUCAAGCUGCUGAUGAAUCACCUACACUGAGAAAUGUCCUGAUACAUUUACACCGUGUUGGGAAGACAAGGCUGAGCUGCAGAGAGGAAUGAAAACCUCCUGUCUGUCCUCACCCCUCAUGUUGUGUUUAUUCAAGCUGUACUUAACAACUUUUAUCACUGAGGAGGAGGAGAUUAUAUGUACAGCCGUGUUUUCUGCACAUCAUAAUUUUAAGGUUAGUUGAUGGACCCCACCAAGUUCACAGGACCCAGUGGGCGGCAAAGCUUUCUAUCUUCACUUAAUGUUUGUGUGUAUUCAUGUGUGUGCAUGAGCGUGUGUGGUGAUGAAUCCUACCUCUCUUUGUAUGCAAAGGAUAGAAAGAUUUAUAAGGUGUAGGAGGGCAGAGAGCAAACCUCAGAAGGUGUGGUGGUGCCACGUUAACACUGCUGCUCUGUGCUGCUUUGCAUGUGGCGUUAAAUGAGGCAGGAAUUAAAGAUGGGACAUUAUGUGUCUAGUGUUUGCACGUGUAAAGGAUGAGGCUUUUCUGCAAUUAAGAUUCUCCAAGAUGCAAGAAAUUUACUAGCAUGAAGAGGGUAGGCGGGGUAACCCUAAAAUACACAGUGUAGUCCCACAGGUGACGUGUGCUUUGUUUUCUUUUUCUGCUUCGUGUUGUGAUAAAGUAUGAAGUCAUUUUUCUUCUGUUAUCUUCUCCUUGCAUUGAUAAAAGAUGUUCUAGUCUGGUUGGCCUUCAUCAGCUGCCUGGAGUCUGACUAAUGUCUCAGGAGUGAAAAUAUUUAACCAGGAAUUUAGUGGGAGAAGUGGUUCAGACAUUACAUCCAUGGAACUGCAUGAUGGUUUGCUUCAUAUAAACCAGCUUUAGGUCAAGAACUGUCUUGUCACUGUGUUUGAUUAUGAAAAGAUUAUACUGAAAGGCUCUAUAUGAGUAUUUUCUGGUUGAUUUCCAUACUUGGACACACUUACAAUGAAAUAUUUCCCUCGGUAUAAUUAGGACUUUUCCGGCUCAGAUUCUCUUAUUUCCUUGUGAUGUGUAUCUCAGUAAGAAGUGUGAGUAUGGUUGCAAAUGUUGUUUGAUUUGUAACCCAAAAAAAUAUAGAUGCAUGGUUUAAUCACCUAAUGGAACAACGCAUGGGAGUGAGGUGCAGCUAAGAGGCCUCACUUUAUCAAUUAGUCAGAAAAGUAAUCUGCAGACUAGGGCUGGGCAAUAUAUUUUUUUUCAAAUCAGUCGAUAUCGAUAUAUAUCACGAUAUAAAAAAAGAAAUUUAACAGUGUUUAUUAGUAGCAUGUCUUUUGCAAUACAAUAAGCUACUGCAUCUAUGAGAUCCUUGUGUCUCUGACAUUUUGUCGCAAGGCAUUAUGCUAGAGAAAGCGUAAUGGUCGGCUGUUUCAGCUGCACAGGUGAACAUAGCAAUAAACCGACUAUCGAAAAGCACAUUGACCAUGUUUUAUACUGAUAUUGAGGGAAAUGAAUAUAUCGUUAUCAUUUUAUCACCCAGACUUAAUAAUAAAUAAAGUUACUGUUAGUUAUUUGCAAAUGAGUAUGAACGUCUCUGUAUUGUAAAUCUCACAGCAAAUUUCUUGAUUAAAACAGACAGGCAAGCAUGUAGGUACCAGAGAAAGAAUUCCUAUAUACCAUUAUUCAUUAUUAACUCAUUGCAUAAUUUCAGGUAAAGCAGCAAUCUUGUGCAUUAAAGUGGGGCACUGCCUUAUUUCUAGGUUAAAGGACCUCCUCAGGGUCUCAUUGUGAUGAGAGAAGAGUCAUUAAACCCACUGACUGGUUAAUAAGUCAACAUAAGUAAAGCAUCAUCUUGUCUUUAUCGAUGUACUCUUGAGCUGUACUGUAAUUUACACGUGUGUGGCCGUACUGUCAGCUCUAAUGCCUCCCAUGUGUUCUCCUGUCCUGCUCGGUGCACGUCUGUGUCUGUGUGUCUGACAGUAAUUUAAGGGGUGGGCUGCUUCCUCAUCGGGUGUGUCAGACCUCUGCCAUGCUGCAGUGUGCCUGAUGCAUCUGCUUGUGAUUUCACUCAGCAGCAGGUGUGUGUUUAUACACACUAGUAGGCACGAAACCACACAGCAACUGUAUACUACCGUGCCCUUAUAAACAUCUCCACGAAAAUGAGCUUCGGAGGUGGACUGUCCAAAGUGUUGAGCUAAAGGGAAUAACUCUUAACCAUUAUUGCCUCAUAAAACAUGUUUCCAAGUGUGCACAGGAAAACACCUGCAUGCAAACUGGUCCUGACCGGGACCAAACACAUUUUCACAUUUGCCUACUUCUUCAGGGUCAGUUUUUGUCAGCUGAGAGUUCACACAUGAGUGUGUAUUUAGCAGACCUCAAACACAGCUGGAACAAACCACACCAGAAAGAAUCAGGACAAAGCCUGUGUGGCACAGUGACACGUCACAAGAAACCACCAGAACCGCAGUGUGGAACCAGUGCACUCUAUGUGUAUGUCCAUUUUAUGAGCGUGUUUGAGUUUCAGUGUGAGAGAAAGAGAGAGAAAGCUUGGGUAUUCAUUGCUCUCCAGUGAUAUAAAUAUAGUCUUGUUUAAGAUGUGGCUUGGAGGACUCCAAUCAGAGAUAACCGUAAACCACAACAGUGGGAUCAGGAGAGUUCUGGUGAUGCACAGUGGCAGCUCUGCCCUGACACAGAGCACGGCCUUAAACACGAGCUGACACAAGCAUGGAGAAUACAGCGAAACAGAUGCAGAGACGGCUACAGAUUUGUGACUUUACACCCUAAACUAUGGCCUGAGAACAUACAUCCCCACUUAUCAAUCUUAUGAUAGAUUUGCUCUGAAUCUACCAAGAAAACAUGAGUUCAUCUGGGAAGUCUUGCAACAUAGAGAGUCAAUACGUAACCCUUUGUGGAAGAUAAACAGACCUCUCGUGAAAUUUCGUAAGUAAGAAAACAUCCAAAUAUUAGUUUCAUACAGAAAGCUUUAAAAUGAGAGCCAGAUGAGAAGGAAAGGGGAUCUGAAUUUGUCGACCUUUUGGUCCAAUGAAAGAUGGCUGGCGGUUAAGCACUCCCAUAAAUUUUGAAUCAAAAUAAAGCUCAGACAGGAAACUGCAGGAAGACAGUAAAGAGGUAUACUCUCCAUCCCUGCACAUAAAAGUUUCCAGGCAUGUGUGCUUUACUUUAGUGUGUUUUCAGAAACGUUUUUUCUCUUAAAGCACAAGUGAAAAAUUACAACUACUUAUCCCCUCUUAGAUUUUGUUUCCCAAUGCUGACUUCAUUCUUGUUUCUUAAGUUUCUAGCCUGACUGUAAAUAAGUCCCGACCAUGGACUUUAUGAUGGUCUUGGUCAGUAAGUAGCAGGGUGAUCCGGAAAGGUUAAAGAAGAAAUAACUUAGUUGCACUAAACUUUGACUUACAAUCAACUGACUUAAUUUUUCAUUCAAAUCUGUCUUUUUAAGUACACCCCUCAUCUUCAUCUUUAACUGUAUUUUUUGUUUUGCAUUUUGACUGAAUUCACGCUGAAAUUGCUACUCAGCGCUUUCAGCAGGUCUUCCUGUUGGUAUUUACCUGAAGGAGAAGUUUCUUCAUCCAGGCACUUUAACAGAUUGAGAGAGGAGUCUAAUAGAUAGAAGCUUGUUGUAGCCAAACCAUCAUAGUUGCUAUUCUCAUGUGUGUAUUGAACCAUGAAUACCAUACUGAAUGGUCUAUAUUGUAUUGAGGAUUGUAGCAUCUAUAGCUCCACCUGUUCCACCCUGCACUUCCAUCUGAUGUCACUUUGCAAACUCAGAGAUGUUACCAUCUCCUCCUCCUCUCCCAUCCUCUCUCUCUCUCUCCCUCGGCCUCUUUCUGUCGUUACACUGUCUGAUAUCUUUAUUCUCAUAACAAAGUACAGUAGCGUGUAAAUGCCUUCUCUUCAACCCCACAAAUGACAAGACUCAAGGUAAAUGAAUACUGACAAUAUCCAUCACCAGAGUUUGGACCUAUAACAUUCGCCUAUUCUCCCUCACAACUUAAAUGUUUCCAAAUGUCAAACUCAAUUGUGCUCAGUUUCUCUGACUUAUUUGGCUGUGAGCAGUGAUUUUCCAUGCCUUUCAACGCGAGCAGUCAGAGUCAGAUUCUUCACAUUUCUCUGCGCCGCUACCCUGUGGUGCUCGAUAGGUUUGAUGCUAUUUAGCCCACAUGGGAUACAUCUAUAGAGAACACUUGAACAGCUCUAUUGUUUGUUGUGUGUUUGUUCUCUCGGUCUAAUCAGAAACAUGUGUACCAUCAUCGGAAAUGUGUGCUGAGUGCACAGAACUUUAACAGGGGAACCUCUGCACACCAGGGACCUCACCCACUGGGCAAUUAGCUUCAUAGGCAUAAAAACAGAUUUGCAGUAAACCCAAGUGAUGGAGCACAGAACAACAGGAACCAGCGGUGAUGAAGUGCUGAACCAGAAAGUACAUUGCUAAAGUCAUUAUAGUAAAGUUCAGAAGAGCAACUGUGCAAGGAGAUAAACUUGUUGAAAAUCUGAUGAGUUGGUUUGUGUUUUCCCCCAAAACACGAGGUAAAAGGAUUAUAAAUCACAAUCUCGAAUCUAAGUUGGGACAAAAAGUUCAAGGUCAAGAGGAUCAGCGAGCGGGACUACGCCAGGUUGCAAAGGUCAAGUCAAGCCGCGAGUUCAAAACUCUCCCUUCCUGUCAGAGUGUUGAGACAUACUGCGGAUCUUCUGGGAACAGGAUGCAACUCCUCGCUUCUUGCCAGCAUCGUGCUUACACUCUAAACUAUCAACCAAAUCCCUGGAGUGUUUCAUGAUAGUGUCAAGGAAAACGAGUGAAAAAAAAAAAGCAUGAAAUAAAUGAAUUACAGUAUCAGCAAAUAUGUUUGGCUCAUUUUCAGGAAUUUCACAGUUAAUAUAUUUUUUUGAAACCCACUGAGGAAGCAUUUUCCUGCUUUACCAUUUGGGAAGUUGCUUGCAGUGCAACUUAGGACUGAUUUAAUCAUCAUUUUUGUCCAUACACUAACAUUUAAGGAAGUGACCUGGUCUGACUUUGUUACACAACAAAGAUGAUCAAGCUAGUAUGAGUGAAUAUACAAGGGAUAUCAGGAUUUAAGAAGUUCAAAGGUCAGCAAAUGUACUUAACAUACAGAUUGGACAUCGGCCUUGCAGAAGAUGUUCAUAAGUAAUAGGAAAGUAAAUUAAUUACUUUUGAUUGAUUAUGCAGAUCUAUUUGGAGAUUUAGGGCUGUAGGUCCAGGGCAAGAACAGCCAGGAUUUCAAACCAUUAAAUCAAGUGGAAUUUAUUACUCAAGUGCAUCUAAAACUAUCAGGGCUGACCAGUGUGCUUUUGUCGACAAAUGCAAAAGAAGAAACUUAAACAGGCGACAUAAAUAAUGUUGUUACAAGGCAACAAAUGAGAUUUAGAAAAGGAUUACAGUAAAUAAACGCAGAAUGAGACAAAUGGGGAACUUGAUCAACAGUUAUCAGCUGCAAAGUUGAUUAGAUGAUGAACAACUUGUCCCAUAAAUAACACAGUUGAACCAAUUGUUAUCAAUACAAACGAUAUUAUAGGUCAGAAAUGCUGUUGUAGCCACUCAUCACAAACAGGGGUUGUAGCUCUCAGUGAUUAGAACUGGCACAUAACCAUUUUACCCCAUAAUGCCAAACCAGCGUGUGGAUGUUAACCUGCAGGAAGGGCUGAAGGCUGGUGGUGGUGGCUCUGAUAAUAUUGACCACACUCUGCAAAUCAAUUUGACAUCUCUUCUAGACUCUGUAAUCAUAUUUCAGAUCCUAUUCUACUUCUUUUAGUUUUCUGAGUUUUAAAUCUGUUUGCACAACCAGGAAAUUUGCUGCUCUUGGACAUCUCCAGUCGUUAUACUUCCUGUCUGAUUAAAUUUAGCGUUUUGAUUAUACUGUCUAGUUGUAAGAUGGUGUCGCCAGUAUCAGCCCAAUUACACUAGACUUAAAAUCCCACAUUGACAAGAUGCAGAGAGCUUUCUCUCUCUGGGGACCUCAGCCUCAAGGGGGCCCUUUGUCCGUCUCACCCUUCAUCUGCCUCUCCCUCUCUCUGAUGCCCAGAUGAUUUACGCCAGGCCUGUGGCGUGUAGAACAGGGAACCAUUGGCUGGUUGGGCAGCUCCCAAGUUCGUCAGGCUUUUGAGUGGUUGAUUUAUUCCAGGGUAGGAUCACAGGGUGUUGAGCCAAGGCAGGGUGCCCCUCAUGACCGAGGACCUGGAUCCAGACCUACAUCUGCUCUGGGAGUCGUAAAUUAGCCCAAAGCUUUGUUUGCCGCUGAGUCCUCUGCUCCCGCCCCUCUGCCACACUUACCCUCUUUAUCCCCGUUGACUUGGCCCCUGUCCUCACUCAGCAUGAUUGGAAGCACGCACCACACUGUGCAGCCGAGAGCAAACAGAGCCGCAGGGUAUGUGGCAGUUAUGACGAUAACAAGAAGGCCCAACUGGCUUCCUGACUUCCCCCAAUGAGCGAAAAAACAGAGAAACCUCAAUCUUCACACUUGUAGCACACAACUCAUAGUUGUGGUUUUGUCAUGUGGCUUAAAACAAAUGCCAAUUCAUCCCGAGUUUGAAAUCCAUUCCAGCUACUUUCAAUUAAAUCUCUGACACACAUGUAAUUACAGCUAACCCUUAUUAAUCUACUGUUAGGACGAUCUGAUUGGAAAAACUGACUGCGAAAACAAAGUGAAUGAGCAAGAUUAGCCGAUGUCUUUGGUGGACCAAAUCAAACACGCUGACGUCUUCUGAGAGCCAAUCUUAAUUGCGUAUCAGAAGUAUUUCCAGCUGCACAAAGAUAUCAAGUGUGGGAGGCAAUGAGCGACCUCGUAAAACAACCAAACCACCAUUAGAAGAACAUGUGAGAUCCUUUUUACAGAGCGUCUAAUCCUAGUUCAGCUGUAAGUUACCUGCCUACUCUCUUUCUCAUGAGAUCCUUGCUCUUGCUUCCAGACUUGGCAAAUCCACCUCACACCAGGCUCUGGUUACAAAGGUCUUGUUUCCCAUUAAAGCAUCAAAAGUUAAUUGAAUUAGCAGGAGCGGUCCAAAGUCUACUGUGUCAAGAUUGAGAGGAGCUGACUUUGUGACCAUCAUGUGACCCUCUAGAGCAGUAAUGAUGCAACUGAAGACCUUUUUGCAAGAGGUGCAGAAGACUCUCGCUCAGCAGAUUUAUGUUUAUGCACCAAAGACACAUCCAGAUAAAUGAGGAGUUUUUCUGGGAAAGUGAAAGGCCAACUCUGGGACAGAUAAAGUGGCAUGCCUUCGAGCCAAGAGUCGAUUAGCCGCUGAGAAACCCAAUCUGAUAUCAGCUCUGGGCCGAAGUAUCGCAAAGGAGUCAUGUCAGAGAGGGAAAAUAAAUGCUCUCUGUGUAUUGCAGGUCAGCGGGGAGUAUUCAGACGAAGGAGAGAGAAAGGGAAUGAGCAAAUAUAGAAACCAUAAAACGCCUGCUUCUCUCCUCCACCUUAUUGUUUCUCUGUUGUCCUCUCUAUUCCACCACAUCCUCUCGGCAGCCAAUUCACACUUUAUUACAAAGAAGGGAUCCAACAUGGAAAAUCCAGAUCCCUGCUGCUGUCAACCAUGUCCCCUUCCUCUGCUUUCCCACAACAGUCCUUCCUUCCUGACUCUCCUCACUUCGCUGUGUGGGCUUCCUGUAUCAGGGAUUGUUAUUGUGAAUAAAACGACCCAUUUAUAAGUAAUGAUGAAAGGUAGAUGUGAAAAUUGAACCGCUUCACUGAUGAGAAACAGUCACUUGGUUUGGUUAUGUUUCAUUCAUUUCAGCUGUUGGAUCACUUUUUAACCGCCAUCGUACUGUGAAUAAGCAGCACUCAUCCUGACUUAUGCUAUACCUUUGGAUUCUUGAAUGUGGAUGCAUGAUCUCAAAAGCAUGGUACAAAAAGGGCAUGUCCAACAUAAUUUUUGGGGCAAAGUCCAACCUCAUUUUUGCGGCAUGUUCGACUUCAUUUUGCUAGUUAAGCGGUGCACAAUCCCAGGGCUAAGUUAGGCAUGGGGUGCGAAGAUUCUCGAUUAUUCUAAGGUGUGUUUAUAGAGCAACAUGAAUCAAACCACUCAGUAUUUCUGCUCUCAUUUCUUUAAAAAGUCAGGGGGCCUGCAAGUAGACAUGUUUCUGAUCAUGUCCACCUUUUUACACAGUCUGUAAACACCAGUUUGUGUGGAUUUCAUUUCAAGAAGAUUCUCAGGCCCGUUUGUUGUUGUUUUUCCAUCUACUCAGAUUUAUGAUGUUUUGAAGUUAUUUUCUGUUUUCUAAAUUAUCCUAAAUUUUUAGUUUUGCGAGCACUGAACUUUUACGUGUCAAACUUCAUGACCUCAGUGUCCAUCCACUAUGUUUCUGUAGUCUAAGUUUAGCAGUGAGUGCUUAAGGUCAUGCCAUUUUUAUUGUCAUGUUCCAGCACAGGCGAUUGUGUUUCCUGUGUCAAGACAUUUUUUAUUGUCUAGAACAAGCUCUUCUCUCUCUGUGAUAUCCUGAGGGGCGCCCUGGUCCUGGUUAAUGGAGCUCUUGUUAUCUUGCCACAUGUUUGUGAUGACCUGGGGUCUCCUCAUUGUGGAUGUGAAGGGGAAUUCUUAGCCGAGGGCAGAGAUGGUGUCAGGAAAAACAGGAAAAUGGGGACCAGUGUGAGAAUGAAACACUUUCUCAUAACUCUUUAUAAGAUGGAGGCCAGAUUUCUGUUGGAUUAGAUCUUUAUUUAUUGGUUGACCCCAGUAACACUUGAUUUAUCUAUUGCGAAAUAGUGCUUUUGCUUUCCACAUAAUGCAUUUUUGAUAUGUAUGAAAACUCAGAUGUUGUAAUUACUCCUUUUUCUGUCAUAUUUCUAGGUGGGUGGCCUCUAUAAGUUAAUUGUUGUUGGCCUACUCUAUUUGACGUGAAAAGUAGAUUGCAGCUGCUGUGGUUAAUGUUUCUAAUGUGGAUUGGAGAAGAAACAUAUAACAGUUAAGGGUGACAGCAAAGAGAGGAAAUGUUCUGGGUAUAUGUAGUUCGAGUCAGCAGAUUUUAUUACAAAUAAAUGGUCUGUCAUCAUCUAAGUGUUUCCUUGGCACUGUCAGGUGGUGGAAAAUGAGUAAAAAAGACCCAGAGAGGAUCUAUUUUAUCAUGCUUUACAGGAUUUAGGCCUGUAACGUUAUUGUAAGCAUUGGCAGUCACCAGCCCUUAGCCUAGGCCACGUUGAUAUUUCAUCCAAAACAUGACGGGAAUCACAAAUCUGUUUUCCAAGCUGCUCUGGAAAGGGGACCAGUCCUCACCAUUCCUUCGACUUCACCUUUUGAUUACAAUAAUCAUUCAACUGUUUUAUUUCCUGGCUUACUCCCUGACUUUGUGAAAUCCUUGAUUCUGAUUGGACAAAACCCCAUAAUAGUGGGUAUUCAUCCUGAAUGCAGAGGCAACACCAGGGACAAUAUGAUCACACACAUCAUCAAAUAAAACUGCUAAAGAAAGUCCAGCACAAGUUUCUGAUUUUACCUCUUCCUGCUGACAGUGACACAAAAACCAUAAAACAACAUGGAGGAUAUUUUUAUGCCUUUUCUUUAAUCUCAAUUUAUUUAAAAAGCAUUAAAAUUUAGAAUGGUGAUUGUUUGUCUGCGAGUCACCAGCCAAGAGAAGAAAGCAAGAGGAGGGAAAUAGAACAGAAACUAAAAACACAAAUAGCUGAGUGAUCGCGACAUCUAACAAAUUAAAGAAAACAGACACAAACUGAACCUGUCAUGGAUGCCAAAAGGGAAAAAAAGCUACCAUUUAGACUACCAUGAAUGAAAAUGUUCAUUGCUAACUUAACCCACAAGUGGGUUGAUCAGAAUACCCUUUACAUAGUUGCACAACCAACAACUGAAUCUGAGUUAAUCAAUCAUUUCCGAAUCAAUGAAAUUGUCUUUAUAACAACAGUUUGAGUCAACCCAUUGGUAUCUUUGGUUAUUAGCAAGGUAAUGAGUGGGAUAGUGUAUAGUGAGUAGGUGGUUAUGCAAAAUUAAGUUCCUCCAAGGUGAGCAAGAGUUGCAGAUUUUUGUGAAACAUCAUGUCUGUUCAUGUUAUAAGGUACUAUUUUUAAUUGUACUACAUAUUAAUUGUAUUGUUGUUAGACUGUUUUAUUCUAACAGCUAAAAACCAGAGUUUUGUUCAUUCUGCAUGAAUGAAAGAAAUGUAAAAGCGCUCUGUCAUUGCCUGUUUUUUUUAUUGUAAAUGUUUUCAUCUGCAGAGAGCAUUUCAUACCAGCAUACUGUAUGUCACAGCUAUCGGACAAACUCAGCGAUGAAAAUUACUCCAGCACAUGCUUUCUCUUUGUUUCUCAGCUAAAGGGCCGUUGCAACCACACUAAAUCUUUGACAUAUAAAAGUUUUCUAUUCCAGAAACUCUUGCUUUAACCGCCCACUGCUUCUGCAUCAACACAACUGUGUGAGGUCUCACCUGUUUUCCAGCUCCAGUGUUUUACAGGGAAAUGUGUUUGACUGACCAUUAGCAGCACAAACAGCUGAUUCCAAGUCACUAACAUCUGUUGUUUGGAUGCAAAAUAUUUUUAGUAGAGCGGACUACUUUUUGGCUUCUGGCGAAAUGAAACACAGAUGUUACUUUUUCAUUUGUGUUCUCAUCCAGUGUGAUCUAAUACAUGCUUCUCAUUCUGUCAGUGUGCCAACGAGGAAUUUAAAUCAGUUUUUAUGAAUGUUUGUCCAGCCAGGCUUUGGUCUACAGUGUUCAUGAAUCACCGCCAACUUACUUUAAUAGAGCAAAAGACACUCAUGCUGAUUCAGUGACAUGACAAAUAAUUGGAAAUCUGACAUUUUGGAGGGAUUGCUGCUUCAUUUUCUUGCUGUUCUAUCAAGGGGCAUCUUGGGUAUUAACUAUAAGCUCUGUUGCCUCACAGCAACAAGAUCCUGGCUUUGAUUUCAAGCCGGGGCCUCAGUGUGCAGUUGAAUGUUCUCCUUGUGUUGCAUGGAAGCCCCUUAAUCCCCCAAAACAUGCCAAAAACAUGAAGGUCAAAGGCUCCCAUGGCAAUGUCUCAAAGCUGGAAGUGCUCCCUCGCUUCUUUAACUCGGCCGGCUUAAAAGAAGCAAAUGAAUUUCCCCUUGGAAAUCAGCUUUCCAGUCACCUUACUUGAACAGGAGGGGAAACGGUCUGCCUGGCUCGGUUCAGGAUUAAUAAAUCUGCCUACCAGUAAAUCUAAAGCCCUAAACUUUAGCUGCAGGACAAAGAGACAUCAGACACACAACAUUAAACAUUUAAAAGCUUAAACUAGAAACAUACAGGGUUUAAGCCACAACAAGAUAAACAGUGACAAGUAAGGGUUAGCAACAAUAAGAGUAACAAACCAAGAUGUAAUGAGAGUAAUCUGUCAUUAUCUGUCAGAAAAGUUCCCAAAAUAGUUUUGCAAAUGUGGUGUUUUUCUAAUUUUAUUAUUAAAUUUAAUCAAGUUGUCAAGGUGUGGAUUUUACAGACAAACCUAUGUAACUCCUAUGUAAAACAUUGCCUGUUUUUGUUCUAUAAAUAAAAUGCAUUUAGGGCCUAUGUCCACUAACAGCAUCUUUUGAGCAGCAUGUAUGUUUUAUGCAGAACCAGUGUAGUUCAGUGUUUUUAGCAUUCAAAUCCCCAAAACACGCAAGCUCAGAUGGAAAUUAGGUUCAGUAGACCAACUUUGCAACCUAGCAACAGUGAGUGCCACGAAAAGUGCUCUGAAAUUAAGGUUGAAGGUUGCCAGCAUCGUAAAUGCUGUUAGUGGACACAGGCCCUUACCUAAACUCAUAAGUUCUGGAAAAAAAAAAAAAAAAGUCCUAGUGCCCAUUUUUGAAAAUAUUAGCACUGUUUGGAAAACUUCACGGACUAUCAGCAGCCUGAUAUGUUGAAUAUUCAGACUACAAGCCUUUAAUUUCAUAUUAUCAUCUAAUAUAUCACUGGAUGUUAUAUCAACACUAACAUUGUGUGUACUUAAUGCAGAUAAGGAUGAUGAAUGCAGCUCUGUCCGAAGCACUCCUCCCAUUAAUGCCUCUCUCAUAUGCACUGUAAAUCAUUUUUAAUAGGGCAUAAAACACAACCAUUAACCUUAUCUAUGGUGAGGAGGAAUUUUUCACUCUUGGAUGAGGCUCAGCCUCCUCUCACUCCUCGGCCUGUCCAGGUAGUCCGAUUUCCCGCAGAGAUGUUGUUGACUCAGCUGGUGUCAGUCAAGUGUUGCUGCUGUUAAAGAGAUCCUCUCAUUUAUCCUGCUGUUAUCCACCGACAGCUUUUAAAGCCUCCUAAGCCUCUUUUUAUUAUCCUUAACACCUACUGAAGGCCACACUCUGCCUUCCUGUCCUCUUCCUCGGGUUCCUGCCGCCUCUCCUGCUCAGCUUCCCUUCAGUUCCACUUAACAAAGUCAGUCUUUUUUGUAAGACACAAGCAUCCAUGUUUUAGAGUCCCUAUGAGAGGUCAAAGGUCACACAGGGUUUUCAGGGUCCUGCAUGGCCAAGUCUCCCUGAAGGGUUUUGGGGGGCUCCGAGACUAAACAUCUAAACAUCCUGCCUAAUGCAAACAGCCUGUAUCAGCGUCAAUGUCUGAUCCGUGUGUCUGUACGCGUUUUUAACACACCUCCUCAGGCGUGUAGUAUCACAAUACAACACUUCCUGUUUUAUUUUCCUUUGUAAUGGGAUUUAUAAAGCUCCCUUAUGCCACAAUAAACAUUGAUUCUGCCGUUCAUUCUCUUAAAAACCACAUGUGUGGAGACCCUGCCAAUAUAACUGAGACUUAAACCACAGCUGUACUCUAAUAACAGCCUAAAAAUCCUGUCGGGACAUUUAUUUUCUGUCUCCUCUUUAUCCUCAUCUGUAUCUGUGGGUCACUCUGCUUGCAUGAACUGUCAACAUGUCAGUCAGAUUUUUUUUUCAACAAAUGUGGCCUAUUUGCGUGUCAGGAUCCAUAGUUUUGGUGACUGUUGUUUGCUGGUUAACCCACGAGACAAUCGACUAAUUUCAGUGAAUUCAGACAAAAUAAAUCCAAAGUGGCAUGUAUGAAUGUGUGAUGGGGUGGGUUUCACUGAGUUAAGACUAAAACAUACAGAAUGUGUGUUUGGAGCGUGGCAGCAGCGUCGUGUAUCACGCAGCAACAGGUUUCCAUUCUAAUCAAUGCAGCAAAGCGUACAAGGGGGUGACGCAGCUCAAGGAAAAACAUUUAUGAUCAUUUUUCAUGGAAAUACAUCAGACCGAGACGCUAAGGCAAAAGAACUACCGCGUCUGCAGUGAAAAAUGAUUAAUAUGACGAUUAUUACUUCAAGGAAAUGAUAAAGAAAUUAUCAUAAAUGUUCUUCCUUGAGCUGUGUCACCCCGCUGUAGUCCGUAAUGGUCUGGCCCGAGGUCUCGCUACAAACAAGCAGCUGCUGGAAGAGAGUAGGUGAGCUGUGUUUAGUCUCUUUGCUCAAGAAAUUAGGCAAAGUUUAAAAGAUGUUUGGUGACUAGUACUAUGACUGAGACCCUAUAUGUCCUGUUGAUGAAGUUAGGUGCUGUUCUGAGCGUUAUUUGUGGCUAUAGAGUGGCGUUUUGGUUGAGCAUGUGGCUCUCUGUAUUGCUUUCUGCGGUCGUUACUAAAGUUGGUAUAACUAGAGAAACAAGCGGUCGGCAACAUUCAUCUCUCAACGGGGUGUCUAACUCGGUGUUAUGGUGUGUUUGACCCUAACUUAAUUUUAUGCUGGAAUAUCCCUUUUAAAGUUAUGACCCAUUUGUACACAGAUGACAGUAAUUUGCACACAUGGUGAGGACAGAAAAGAAAUGGUAGUCAUAUUAACCACAUCAACCAAAUUUUAAUAUUGAGAUGACAAUAUAUUGAGAGGGCAACCUGGUAUCCUCUGUCUAAAAUGGCCCACAGUGAUCACUACUUAUCACCUCACGUGUGUGUUUAUUUGGUUCUCUUAAUGUGAUCACAGCUCAUAUUUGUUGUAAAAGCAGCAGUGAGCGUCUGACCACCAUCUGCUGGAGAUGUUUGAUUUGAUUAUGAUCAAUGGCUGGAGGCUGUUGGUAAUUCUUGCAGACUGAAGUUCUAGUGACUGAUAACAGCCUCUGUCACUGAGAAAGACAAAUAAACAUCCACACUAGCAUCCCUGCGGUUACUUCUGAAAACAGAUCCCCUCUCCCUCCUGGAGCUAAAAUAACAAACUCUAGAUCUGUUUUAACAGACACCGAGCCUCCCCAGAGAGCUCAUCUCUCUUAAGCGGAGGAGAGACCUGUUCCUGUGUUCUCCACAGCUACAUCUCCGCAAACUGACUGCAUGAAAAGUUAGCACAACACAACACAUAUGGACCUGUGGCUUUGUAAUGUGGCUAUAAUGGGCAACAGCAUGUUUCACUUUAUAACUGUACAGGUCACUUACAGAGCAGUGAUUCACUCUGUAUGGUUUUCAGAAAUCUGUCGGUGGACGCUUUUGCACCUGAAGACAGUUUAGUUUGAUUCUUUUUAUCUUAAUUCAGUUUGGGACAUGUCUCUAAAAUAUUAAACAGGAAUAAAUGCAGCACCUGUACACUUAGAAUUAAAGUUCAAGGUACUUAGGGGCCUUAGAUUUAUGCUGACUCAGCCCUUAUUCCACCUUAUUUCCUGUUAACACAAACUUGAGCACCUGAAAAAUACUUUAAUUACCACACAGUGUUAUUCCAAUAUUACCCUUAAUUACUGGAAGGCUAACCUGAUUGUACUGUAAAUCCCCAGUGUAAAUGACAUUUCUGUGCAUUUGUGUUAUUUGCAAACAUCUACAUGAUCCUCUGUACACACAAAAAAUAUGCCUCUGUCUCUGCAAAUGUGCAUCUAUGAAAAACAAAGAAAAUAAUAAUGCAUCUACACAGGUGCUGAAUUUGUCAAAUUUUUCCCAACUGCACUGGGAUCUGUGGCUUAAGCCCCCAAAGACUACAUCGUUACACUCAACAAAGUAUUUAUUUGUUUAUGUAAAACCUUAACAAACUGUUGUUGCUAAAUUACCUUAGGAGGUAAGCUAGUUACAAAACCGUAAAAUUUGUCACAUCUGUCAUGAAUUGACCCACAAUAAAAUGGUCAGGACUUUCUCUCUCCAUCCAGCUGAUCAGACAUAUGAAUUGAAUUUAGCAUUGUCAGGAAAAGAGUGCACAGCACAGCUCUGGGCAGCAGAGAGCAAAGAUGUUUGCAGAUUACUUUAGGAUAACACAAAACUGGAGCAAACUACAUUGAGAGAGUGAUUCAUAAUUUCUGUGGUGAAAGUGUAGCUAGUGAAGGAUCGACUGUAAAUAUAACUCAACGCCAGCUUUUAUUUAUCUGUAAAGGCUGUGAUCUUGGACAUAAUAAGAGGCCUGGUCUUUAUUUGAGGAUUUACAGUGUGUGAUUGUGAAAUUAGGGCAUAAUCUAUGACUCCUCUGCACAAAAAGAGGUAAUAUGGGGAUUUUAUGAUAAAAUGUCAAAUAAAAAUCUCAAAAUUUCUUCUACCUUUAUGAAGAUUUCAGCUUCUUCAGUGGGUAGAGGUGCCAUAUCAUCAGAACUUCAUAUUUAAUACCUACAAUUUAUCUUUUUAAAGUACUAUUUUUCUUAAAUCAGCACUGUAAAGUCAUCUAUUGUUCCUCAAAUAUUCAUUACUCUUAUAACAACAGGACACUUGUCAACAAAGAAACUUGUGCAUAGAGGAAAACAUGUGUUCAAAUGUGUUUAAAGGUUUUUGGGGUAUCCUGCUGAUCCCACCACAGAGAGAGACAGAGAAAAAAAAUCUUUUAAUAGUUUAAAACAGUUUCCAAGUAUAAGAAACCCAAACAGAAGGUCAGUCCUUGUGGUGAAAUCUCACACUGGCACUAUCUGCCAAGUUAAACCACAACUUCUUUUUCCAUGUCGACUACAACUUAGUACUUUUCAAAGAGUCAUGUGCUUUCCUUCUCUCCAGCGUGGCCCACUCCUCUCUGUUUGUGGUGUCAGCUUUGAGUAGUGACGGCUGCACUGUUGUGAAGUAUCAGUGUUAAUACUAACCAGUCAAUCAUUUCCAGAUCUCAGGCUCUGUGGUUCUUUGAAGCUAUUGGCUCUUUACUGUGUGUUGGGGGUGGAUGGGCGGGUGCUUGAUGUUGGCAGAACAAAAUGAAACAAGGACACAUUUCAAAAGAUUGCUUGUGCUCUGCAAAUUAACUAGUAAACUAAACAAUAUUCGGCUGCAAAAAGUCAUUAAUAACACUUUCAGGAAGUUAAUUGAGCCACUUGUGUCUCUGAAUACUAAAUCUUACUUCUUACUGUAGUGUUUUUUAAGGAGGACUCUCUUAAAGGUCCUGUAGGGAGUUUUUUGAUCAUCAUAAAAUAGACUUUUGAUGAUAUGUAAAAACAAUCAAGAUCAUCAAUGACAAGAUUGGUGAAUUUAAAGUUGUAAAUCUUUGGACCAAACAUCCAAUUCUGUUGUGUAGUUAGCUGUUUCUACAUAGGGCUCAGUGAGGAUUCCUUUACUUUUGAAGCUAGCCUCAAGUGGACACUAAAGGAACUGCAGGGGCACUUCUGUAUUGGCUUUAUUUUUGAGAACUAGAGAACUUACACAUGUGCUGCUUAACCCCAAUUUACACUGCAUUCGGAAGGUGGCAAUUUUUGCCAUCCCCCAAUUCCUACCGGAUCAGUUUGUGAGGCGAAUUUCGUGGUGAAUUACGGAUGGCGGUAAUUGCAAGAACUCACAAGAACCCCCCGUAUCCACGUGCAAUCGCGCGAUAACAGGUUGUCUCUUCCAGAUGUGGUAAAAAUUGGGGGUUGAAGUGUACUAAACUGAUAUUCAACACUGUCUGCUACGAGUAAGUUAUCAGUUACCAGAACCUCCAUAAAUAAGCAGCAAUACCAAAAUAAGGUGUUUAAGAACUUGGUUAAAAGUUGAUUUUUGCUCUGGGUUUAAGACUUUUAACUUGGAUAUUCUGAAUUUUACUUUUUCCAACCAAAUUUCCAGAUGUGUGCCAAAUGAGGGGCAGACAUGUACAUGGCGCCCUCAGGAUGAUCUGAAUAUUGACUUUGGUCUACCCCUGGCUGCCACCAUGAGGUCCAUUUAGCUCACGUGCCAUCUUGUGUUAAUUCCUGAGCAUUUUUAUCUCUGGAUCAGCAUUUUAAAAAUGCACCAGCCUGAGAACUCUGAUGACCGUCUGGAGGUUCUGUGGGAAAUGGCAUGCUUUACUGGAAACUAAGUGCUGGGGGAAAAAACAGCUUUAGUCUGAAUCAGAAUUGUACUGGUUUUCAUGACCAUGUCAGUGUACUGGAAUAAUGUUUUUUUUUUUGGAAGCAAACAGAUUUUACGAGCAAAAACAUCCAAGAAGACAGCCCUCCUUUGCACGAAAUCAGUCCCAGAUGAUCUAAGGGUAAAUUCUUGUAGAUUUAUCUUUCAUAUUAUUUCUACUGUUUGUGCAGCACCAACCAUGACCCUGUUCUACAUUCAUGAGCUCUUCAUUCGAUACACUUAAACCCGGAGCAUUAAGUUUGUAGGAAAAAGCUCUGAGAGCAGUUUUCAGGUGAAUCCCAGGAGAAAGACAGGAUGCAGGAUAACAUGUCUGUAACUUUAAGCAUUUAUCUGGACCACAGUGUAAUUACUGAAUGGGACUGUAAUAUCUUCUCUGCUCUCUGGAGUGGAAUAAGCAGGCCGGAGAAGGUGUGAGCUGCACUUUCACCCCUCAGGAAAUUACACACAAUGCAGCCACUCAUCUCUCAAACACAAACACAUGAACACAGCCACACCAAAAUUUUCCUCCCCUUCCUCACUGGGUUUGUACAACACGGUUACAGAAAAGUACGCCUGAAUAUUAGAAUUUUUCUGAUAUUUUUUAUUUUUUUUAAAUGACCAUACAAACAUCUGUAGUCUGAGUAGUAUAAGCACCAAAAAAGUCACAAGAAAAUCAGUUUCUCUAUCAGGCUGAAAUCACUGAAUUCAAUCAGAGUGAAGCCUCUGUGCAACUUACUCUUUACAGCGAAACUAAGACUCACCAGAGACAGAUGAAGAGGCUAGGGGAAACGAUGAACCAAGACACGGCCAUGUUUAUUUUGCAGACAUAUAGAAAAGUGAAUUUCACUUCUAUUGUAAUAUUGAAUUGCUAACUGGCCUAUAAACGGUGUGUUUACAUUGACUUCAGUAUUCUGGGUGUGAGUUUUACUCUGGUUUUGAUCAUAUAUGGAUUAUGGGGUUAACACUGAGUUAUUCAUUUCUCUAUCGAUUAUAAAUACUUGUAUCCUGGUUCAGAUUACUGCAUCUUGUUUGCAUAGGCAGCAGUGAUGUUUAUUUCUUACAAAAAAAUCCUUGAAAAUUCUGAAAUUUGAGAAAAACGACACAACUGUGGCUCAUUUCAAGUUUAGCACCAUCAAAUGCAAACAUCCUGUUGCAGAUAUAAUAUGUCCACCAAUCGAACAAGAGCAGCAAGUAAUAAGAAUGUAAGUAUGGCAUGAAAUCUAAUUGGUUUCAGUCUGUCACUGCCACCACAUAGGACAAAUCUCAGUUUUUUUGUUGCUCCAGGUGGAAACUCUCAUUGCCUGUUUCGCUCAUACACCAUUGCGCCUGCACAGGUAGUCAUGAUCUGUAAGAAUCUGCAGUAGGUGUAUGCAAGAAACAGCAUGCAAAGCUGCAUUGUUCAACCAUUUGAGCAAACUCAUCCUGCUCUUUGCCCUCUAACAUCACACCGCACAGAUAAUGACAAAAAUAUGCAAUAAAAUCUCUAAGUCUAUCUUCUGCAUGGACACAAAAAGCCUUUUUGUCAGUCAUAUUUCCUUUGAUUCAAGUCUUGUUUUGACAAAUAUCACCCACUGCUUUCACGUUUGUGUCACAUAUUAUUGAGUUUGAAAAGUCACUCACAGUAUGUUGACAACAGAGAUUUUCUUAUUAACUCUUGAUGGUUGGAUGCAAGUAAUAAAACCUCUCCAUGGGGUCAGUGGCUCAAAUAAGCAACUGUGUGUUGAGUUAACCAUCAAAAGCGAAUAAAGCAACAAAUGUCACCACAGAUCUAUUCACAAGACUCGACUGAUCAGCCAGCAAAGAGAGAGCAGAGAUUUGUCCACGACUGUGAAAAUUACAGACUCUCUGAAGGUGAAAUGGAGCUCUGUCAGUGCGCAUGAGUGUGUUUGUGUGCAUCUGUCAGGAAAGAAAGUUGUCCAUGUUGACGUGAUUGUUUUUGUAAGCGGCCUUGAAGAGCUGGCAGGGAGUUUGUGAAAGGCGGAUAUGUCUUGGUGGUGGUUUGACAUAGACACAAACCAGUCAGUGAGAGUGAUGCUUUAUUUGGACAGAAGAAAAGACAUGAGAGGUACAGAUUCAGCUCAACGAGAGGACGCAGAGAGAAGAGGUGCUGCAGCAUCGCAACAUGUUUGAUAGGUUGUUGUCUGUUUACUAGGGGUGGGAGAAAAAAUUGAUUCACAUUAGUAUCGCAAAUUUUUUUUUUGCAACUUUUAAAUCGUUUUUUAUGUUCAAAAAUUGAUUUUUUUUUUUCAAAUUCAAGAAUAAAUUUUAAAAAACUGACUUACAUGUGAUGUGUGUUUUGGGGGAAAUAUGGUUCCUGAAAUAGUCAGUAGACAAUCAUAAUCAUUCAACUGUUUCACUUCACUUCAACUAAAGAUCGAGAAAAUUGACAAUAUUGUAGAACCGCAAUUUUAAUUGAAUUGACAUUCAAAAAAUCGUAGAAGAAUCAAUUGGGAGAAAACCAUGUCAUCCCAGCCCUACUGUUUUUCUAUAGUAUGCAACUUAUUUUUAAUACACCCUGCAGAGCACACACACUGAGGUGUAUGUGCAGGUGUUUUAUCAUUCUGUCAGAAGGAUUGUAAUUUUAUAUCACUUUUUAUAUCACUUUCAAAAAAGUCUGAAAGAGACGGACAGUUCCUUUUCCUUUCUAACUGAGCAAUCAUUGUCUUCUAGCAUCGCUGUCAAGAGAUGUCUUAUUUUGUUAUUUAGAAUAUAUCUUACACAGUUUCUUCUGCUUUUAAAUGAAUCCAAGUUAAUACAAAGACAAAGCUCAUUUGUUUUUAACAAUAGUCCAAUGAGAAAAUUGAAACCCCCGUCAGUACGGUGGAUAGAGAGAACAAAGAGAAAGCAGGCCUGCUAGCACAGCUUGAGCUUCAUCUGUACUUCAUAUUUCAGAGAAGAGAGCAAAUUUUCAGGGUCAGUUGACAAACUCUUCCUUUGUUGGAUAUCACCGAGGACAGCAGACUACUUGUGAGUUGUCCAGGAAUUCAUUAUAAGAUGAUGUUAUGUUGGCUUCACCUCUAGUCCCAGGACUAGUUCUCUGCUUUUGCUUUGCUGUCCUCUUUCUGGUGCCCGGUCUCCAAACUCAGCCAGUACUGCAGGCUGUGAUCACUUUGAGAAGUGCUCUCAACAUUGUUGCUCCCUACGCUGUGGUUUGUGAGGAAGAGUGUAGGAUACUGUGGCUCAUUUAGAUGCCUGAAACAGUUUGAGUUUGAGAAGAAACAGCAUGACAGCUGAACCUCAUGUUGCAGGUGGACUCACAUCUUCAGUUACACUCAAAAAGCAGGAAUUCACAUGUUGGCAGCUUCGCCAGCUCUGUUCAGAUUUCCAGCUUUAAAGAAUUCAGGAUCGCUGUGAGAGUGUCAAAGUAGUAACGAGACACUGCCAAAAUCUCCUACUGUCUUUUGAUUACAGCUCCUGAAAGGCUUUCAUGUUCCUAAACUGAGUUUUGUCACAAUAAAGAGAUUUUUACUGUUUAAAACAAACAUUCAAAUUUAAAACAGUAAAGUUUCAUGGGAUUUUUCACUGGUCAAAAGUGGUUCCAGAGAAAAGUGUUCCCGCUGUGCUUUGUGGACUUUCCAAAAUAACCAGUCUUGUAAAGACAUGCUGUUGUUGCAGUUAUUUAUUGUUGGGAUCACCACAAAAUCAGUCCUAUUCAUCUCAGUCCAACUGGAACAGGGGUAAAAGUUUCAAAGACCGAUUCCUCGAAAACUGGACGUAGAAACUCAAACUAAUCAAUUAAAGCAAAGACGAAGCAAACAGAGCAUUUCAAACAUGUUACGGUCACUGCUAAUGGAGGCAGAAGGACAACAGUCAUAACAUAGCAACAGGAAAGGUCGGCGUGGAGCGCUCUGAAAAUGGGUUUGCGUGUGCUGCAAGCACGAAAAAACAGCAUUAAAGCUCCAGUAAGGAGAUUUAUGAAGUUUAUAAAAUAGAAUGAAAUUAAUAUUGAUGCCGUUUCUUGAUAUUCAUGACUCACAAUUUUUAUACAAUACCUUUUAAUGCUGAAAUGGACACAAUCUGAAAGUUCCUCACAGAAGCUUUGAAGGAUGAAACCCCUAAUGUGUUGCAAACAAAGUCAAAGUUUCACACCUCCAUGUUGCUCCUCUGCUCGCUCCUUCACUGCUCCGUCUCAUCGCCGUGACUUCAGCUGUCUGUAUCUAUCAUCACCAUGAAGAAAUAAUCAGAUCAGGUGUUAUUUUAAACCUUUAAAUCAAAGUUUGAGCACAUUAUACAUGUUAACAACUCACUGACAAUGCCCACAUAGAUAAAGCAUUAUACAUAAAUUUAUGAUAUGUUAUAAUUUACUUAUAAACUUAUAUAACUAUCAUUAUAAACACUCAUUAAUUAUCAUAAGACUUUAUAACAAUAAGCAUAACACAUUAUAAUACCUGACCUUGUAAGUCAUGAUAAAAUGCUUUAUAUGUUAAUAUUAUUGCUAUAAAGCAUUAUGAUCAUUUAUAAGGGUUUAUAACUAUAGUUAUACAGUACUAUAACAUGAUUAUAACACAUUAUAAAUAUAGUUAUAAUGCGUUUUAGAGACAGGUGUCGAGUAGAGUGUUACCAAUAUUUUAAGCUGUGAGCAUAAUGCCUUUUAUAAAGGUAUGGUUUAUAAUGCAUCAUACCUUACCAUUUUAUAUUACAAUAACACUUUUAUAUUUAAGUCCUUUUACUGAUAGUUUAUUUUUCUUUGUCUCUCAGCUCAACCUGUGUCACAUGUCUGUAACUUGUUAGCAAAGCUGCAGCUAUUAAAUGUCACCACUUCUGUUAUUUUUAGGGUUUUAAAUUAUAUUUCUCCCGGUUUAUUUCUCAUUUAAAGCAGUACAUUAUUGUUUUUGGUCUCUGUGCCAACACACACACAGACCUUUGACUUGGAAAAAUAGAUGACAGUGUUUAUUUUUUAGGAGGUGUUGUUAUACUGUACAUUUAAGAUGAGGCCAGCGGUGAGACAGAAAGAAGCUGCAUCCUGAUUUGUGAGCUCUCAUAAAGAGGCCGAGGGAAGAAAAACAGACUUAAGCCGUGUUAGAUCUGUCUCUGUCGUCUUCAUCUUUUAAAUGCUGGACCCCACCGCAGCGUAGUGACAGGAAAGUUCAUCGUUCACACUCUUAACUCAUGAUUUUUACAUCCUGGACUAGUCUGAAGAACACCCACUACCACAGUGUUUUCUUUUUUUGUGAAUGAAUCAAAGUCAACUUGUAAUAUUUUUUAAAGAAAUUAUUUUACUCCUUAAAUAAAUCCUUUAAAAAUCAGGUAGUAGCCAAACCUCAUUCCUCUGCACCGCUUUUAAACAGCCGGCUUACAAGAUCUCCUUUAUGUAUCGCUGAAUUCAUCCCAGACUGAUCGGGAAUUCCUUCCAGUCUGGGUAUUAGGAAGCCUUUGUUCUGGUUUCUUUGAUGUGUUUUUAUAUAAACUGUAGCAGACAACUGGUUGGUCUGUCAGGGUUACACUCUCCUAAAACAAUAGAUGUGAUUCCAGGAAGGAUUUAUUAGCCAGAUGGAUUGGAACAAAUGCACCAGGCAAACUGCAAGGUGGAUGAAUUUCAAUCUUCCUCUCUGUUAAUAACUUCAGCGGCACAACUUCAGCUUACUUUGUUUUUGUGGUGUGGUUGGAUUUCCUGACAGUGGAGGGGACUCCGGCGCACGUUUUGAAACUCCAGAAAGAACUCAAAGCUGUGUAAUUUAAGAGUUUGGAAACUAAUUCUUCAGUGAGUGUGGGAAGGGUUUCUGGUUUUGGAAAAUAAAGAUGGUUUGAUUUUUUGAUCACAGUCAAUUUAAUACUGUAAUAAUAAAACCCAGUAUUUAAUGCCGUUAAUAAAAUUCUUGUGCACACUAAAAGACGACAGACUGAAGCAGCUUUGUGAGAUUAAACUCAGGCUCAGAGGGGCCUUGAGCUGAUAUUUGAUAAUCAGAAGGAUGUGAGGAUACACCCGACUCAUGAUCCAGUUCAAUUCUCUAUGCCAGGAUUCAUGAUGAUUGUUUUUUUCAUUGAGAGUGUAAAUAAUUGAGCUCAAGCUUCAUAGAAGAUAUGUUUAAGAGUAUUAUAUUUUGCCUUUUUAAAAUCCUAAAUUCAAGAUUGCAUUAUUUCUGAUAAGAAAUGCAUAUGCAAUGUGAUCCUGAUGCAUCAUAAAGUUAGAGAAGAGCAGUAACCAUCCAUUUUCCGUGUAUUUGCAUCUUCUGGGGGCUAUAAUCUCACAAGCCUUUUUAAUGUUUUUUGUAAUGAGCCUCUUGUGUAUGUGAGGUGUAGAGAGUGAGAAACACAGGAUUUCCACCGCAUCCAGAAUAGCUCAGAUCCGGAACGGCGGUGAUUUUCGCCCUACGCCAAUUCCUACCAGAUCCGUUUGUGAGGUGAAUUUCGUGGUGGAUUACAGACAGUAGGAAUCACGAGAACUCACAAGAACCCACGGAUUCACGUUCAAUCGCGCGAUAACAAGUUGUCUUUGGCCACAUAGGCUAACCAUAUAAGCAGUAGAUCGUGUCCUUCCAGAGGAGGAAAUCUACUUCUAGACUUCUAGAAUCAGCAUCUCCUCAUCCAUGGUGUCAUCACUGUGAAAUGACAUCUAAAAACCUUUCACUUGUUCGUCCCCACCCGUUUGGAUGGUGUGAAAUUCGAUCCGCCUGAAACACGCCUGUUUUAUUUUGAGCUACGAUCGGAGCAUUCGUCCUUUUCCCGGAUGCGGUGGAAGGUGCCAGUAACUGUCUUCUUAAUUAUCAAUAUCAGAUUUGUUUAUAAAAUAUAAAAAUUAAACUAAAUAAACCAAAAAAAUCCAUUUGAGACUGAAGGGAGAGUCAUAAGUCCUGUAGAGACUCUUUCACCCUAAAAUCUGAUCAAUUAAAUCCUGAAAUUUUCCACAGCUGUUGUGCACACAUAUUCCUUUAAAUGUGAAGCUCUCCUUGUUGUUCAAGGACGAUGUUGGAUGAGGUGUGAGAUGAGAUUGGGAGUUUGGACAUGACAUGAAAAAGCCACAGAAUAAUGUUUACAACUUUACGAUGGAUGAAAUAACCUCGACCUCUAUUGCGAUGACAGUUUUUGAGUUAUAUCAAUGUUAGGUGUGAACAGAUAGAUGGACAGACCUUUUUCCUGUUCUCAUCUUAGGAAUGAUCCUCCAUCUGCAGUCUUUUUUAUUCAUCCUCUCACAUGUUUCUCCUCUGGGUUCACACCAGAUGCAUGAUAUAAACAUCACCACCCCCUCCCUCUUACUCAAGGUGAAUUUUCUUGAAUAUUUUCAGCUGCAUUCACACAUCAGGUCAUACUGACUUUUUGUACAAACUGUAAAAAGGGGCUGAUAAGACAAAUUCUAGGUGUAGUGAGGGGAAUCAUGUCAGUUUUUUUCUUUUUGUUUCCAUUGCGGCCAACUUAAGGUCAACGAGAAACAUCAGUUUAAAUCUCAGUUUGUUUCCAGCCAGUUAAAGGUGGGGUAGGCAGGAUUUCGUUAAAGAUGCAUCUUUUUUGUGCUGUAUUUACAAAAAAGCUUUUAAUAUCAGUCAAUAGUUAUUAGUCAUCGAUGACAUUUGGGAAUAUACGAUAUCGCUGUGUUUUGUUAUGUCUGUGUAGUCAGCAUUUUAAAAUUUUUGAGCGGUCCGCUCUUUCUGACUGUAAACAAAGCCGUUCCCUUCCUCCCCCAAUCUGAUUGAUUGUAAAGCAGAUGCUGCUCCUUAGUGCUGAUUGGUUGUGAGGCAGAUUCUGACUACCCUACCUUUAAAUCUCCUCACGGUGUAUUUAGCUUGCAGGUCCAUCCAUAGAGCCAUGUUACCAGCAUGACUGAUACAAACUAAAUAAUGUUUUUCACCUGAAUCGCUCACCACUGGAGCCACAUCAAAGAUCAGACAAGACGAAUCCCAGAUCUAAAAUCUCACCAGAACCUCAAUAUAGACCAACCCUUCACUGAGUCACGUCCUGUGGAGCACAUAGUGAACUUUCACAUUGUUAAGUUCUGUUUAAAAAUAUAAAAGGAUCAAACAGAAUUUGUCAAAUUUAAUAUCUUGUCAGAGCGACCCACUCAACCAGCUAAUGAAAUGAAGACAACCAAAACCAUUUUUGAGGCUGUCAGUUUCAUCAAAAUGUUCUUCAGAUGUACCGUGGGAGGAUCCUCCGUUUUGUUUUUUCUGAAAAUUAUAAUUGUUUGAGGGUGAACAACGUUUGUGGACAGUAUUAGACAUCAGACCUCCACGUCUGUACAGCGUGUUCAAGCACUGAGUCACCCUGCAGCAGGGUCUCUAUUGCGAUCGCAUUACCAUGGAAAGAAAACAGUCUGUGGUAUUGGCAGUGGAUCGGUUUCAUCUCCAGAUAAUGGUGUAAUUCUUUCUUUCUUCUCAUGGUUUGACACAUCUUUAACGGCCCUCUCUUUGGGUGUCAUAUGGUACUCAAAGAUAGACAGUAAAUACAUCUUUCAUGGAGGCUUUAUGGACGCAUCCACCAAUUAAACCGUUGGUGAUGAUCCCUCAAGGAAUGGGGAUGAAGGGACUCGUAGUGUGUGAGGUUUGAAGUGUUUCAGCGUCACCGGGCCCCUCACACUGUCCCCUGAGCGUGGCUCCUUUGUGCCUCAUCUACACCAAAGAGUUUCUGCUGCAUUUAGAAAACAGAAUCACUCCGGAGGAAUUUAGACCGUAGCUGGAGUUAUUGUGCGGGAGAAAAAGGCCCCAUGUCCACGCAAACAUCUGUGAGAAGAUAGAUGGUGUUGGGACUCAUAACCUCGGCUAUAUUAGCACAUGAAAGGUAGAAAAGCUGCGGGGGGCUAGUUCAACCGCUCAUAUGGGCCCCUCUAUUAGCCUCCCAUUCAUCCCAAACAGACACACAUGCCGCUGUUAUUACACACUGCAUGUUGGUCACUUUAACAUCCGUCACUGCAGCCGACUUUGGAGACAUUCAGCUGAGUAAUUUUGUCAGAAUUAUGAUUAAUGCUCCGGCGGGUCACUGGCAGUGUUAAAGUAAUUAACAGCACUGAGUCCACCCCCCCUACCUCUGCACAAUCAACAAGUCAUUUACAAAUCAUUACAUGGGUUUUUUCAGAGUCACAGCAUGCUCAUACGGAAAUGUGCAACAGGUCAUCCGAUACCAGAACAGCUAUGACUCUGCUAAUGUUUCCCUGGGGGAGCCUGAUUUUGGUGCACACGAUGCUCAGGGGCAGCAGACAGCAGAACAGAAUCACAGAGCAGAGAGGGAGCUUAAGUUGCAGAGUGUAGGAGGCGCAUUACAUACAUUUCAACUCUGUGCAGGAUUCACAAAUUUAGGGUUAAGUUGGUUUAUUCUCUGCGUGCAGGGGGAUAGGAAACAUCUGGAUGUCAACUCUGAGAAGAAAUAAGGAUCAGUACUCAUGGGUAUCCAGUCUAAGAGAGAAAAAAUGACUGACAGCUCUGUUUGCAAGAUAUACAGAUAAAUAAUAUAAAACAUAUUACAUGAGGCAGGCAUGCAAGUUAGCUUAGCUGGGAUCAUGUCUGAAGAGUGUCCAAGUACUCAGAAAACCUUUUCCUCUUCAGUGGUGUAACUGCAGCCUGUUGAAUGACUGUUUAUGAAACAAUAAUUACUGAAUAAGCAGAUUAAGAGCCUCAGUUCAUGAAUUUACACCAUGUAAAUCACAUUGUGAAAGAUUACACAUGUACUUUAUUAUAAUUUUUCAAGCUUGGACCAGCUCACGUUGAUUUUCUUAUCUUUCUUCGUGUCAGAGUCGAGACCUGGAUCGAGGGUAACUUCAGCUUUCAACCUUGAGCCGGAAAAACUUAAGAUCAGUCCCACAUGACAGGCGAGUGUCUGCCCUGUAGGAGCUGACCCUGUGCCCUGAGCUAAUUGUUAAAGGGGGAAAAUGGGAAAUGAGUGAGGGGUCAAAUGUCAAUGCAAAACUUGUCUCCUCUCUCGUAUUUGGACAAGAAGCUACAGAAACAUAAAAAUCGAGAGUUCAUUAAAAACAACAAACUAUAAAUAUCGAAUCUUUUUUUUAAGGGCCUGUGUCCACUUAAAGCGGUUUCUGCACUGAUAGCCCUGUUUUCUAUACAAAACUAAAGCAGGUCAGCCUUUUUGAUAGAAACUAAGAACUAAUUGGUAACUUUUAAUCGUUUUGCCAACCACUUGUGCUUGUCCAACUUUACUCUUCGUUUAAAUAUAUUCACUUUUAGCUCAGACAAGAAUAACACGACAGCAAAGCUGCCAAAAUCUAGUCCUCAACAUCAGUUUUUUUACAUUUUAUUGUUUUCUUUAUGUGUGAAUGUGGGACUUUUGUCAAGGAUGGUAAUAAAAUGUAAUAUUACAUUUACACAGGCAAAUUGAAUAACUAAAAAACUUCAGAUCUUUCUUCUUUCUCAUCUUGAACUCUUCACCACAGCUGCUAAGUAUCUGAAAGUUUUCAUUUCCAUCUGAGGUUAUAAUGAUGUCCCAGCUCUUCACUCAUCCACGAUCGAACCACAGUGAAGAAGUGUCUGCGUUUUUGACCACCUAAUACGCGCCGCAGGGUCAUUUUCAUGGUCCCCUGACAUUUCAGUGACAAACUCAAGGGGCUUUAGACUGCUGUGUUCAGCUGCCAACAUAGCUGGAGGUAAAGAGCUAAUGCAGAGUUAAUGGUCUGGGAGUAAAGUAAGGAAGUGACAUCACACAUGGAUUUAUACAUGUAUACUCUUACUGAAACACACACACUGACAUACACACAUGAACAUUUACACUGACCCCAGGUUAACUGAACCGUCUUGUAUUUUUUUAUUAAAAACUGCUCUGACCAGGGAGAAAAAUGUUCACUGGGACUUUCUUGAAGUGGCUUUCUAUGACCCCUGUUACCCCCCAACACACAAACACACACACAUACACACUUAUAUGCACUAAAUAGUUUUAUUUCCAUGCUCAGCUUUUCAUGAUGAAUAACCACUAAGUGGAGUUUCAUAGGCAGCACAUCUGGGAGCCCUUACAGUCCAGAAGGGAACAUGCUCUGUGAGUUAAAUGAACACAUACAUCGUCCCUUAUUUCGGUUUCAGUCUCUGCAGUCCACGUGACAGAUCCUCACUCAUCUGUCAAGGUGUUCGGUUUUUGUCUGACAUUGUGGUCAAACUCAAAACCCCAACACAUUUCGAAGGCAACGCCGGAUAUGAAUUUCAUAUGUCUCCUCCUGUCUUGUGCAUUCCUUUUCUUUUGUGUAAAUCAGCGCUGGCUUGGCAGAGCUAACCAAGGUGCUGAGUCACCUUAUUGUCUUUUUGUUGUUUGGAAUAUUUCACAACUGACCGAAUUCACAUUUUCCCCUGAGAUCAGGCCGAGGGUAAGAGGUUUAAAUACUGGUGUAAGGUCACAGCUCUGUCGUUCAGGUUGAAAAUCAUACAAAAAGACAUUUAAUGACUCUAAAAAGUAGUUUGAAUUUCAACACUUUAUCAGUCAAAAGACUGAAGUAACUGCUAAUCAGGAUAUUCAAUAACAUAAUAGAUUUAAUGCUACAGACCAGCUGUUAGAAAGUGAUCUGAUUGGAUAAAAAAAGAACAGGCCUAAAUGUUUGGAUACAAUCAGGUAAUCUAAUCUUUGUCUUUAUGGGCGGCAGUAGCUCAGGAGAUAGAGUGGUCGUCCAAUAACUGGAAGGUUGGCGGUUUGAUCCCCCCUAUCCUGAGUCUGUCCAUGCGUCUUUGGGCAAGACACUCAACCCACCUUGCUCCCAGUGUGUGUCCUCCACUGGUGUGUGAUUGUGAGUGUUGUGUGGUGGUCGGAGAGGCUGUUGGCGCAAACUGGCAGCCAUGUUUCUGUCAGUCUGCCCCAGGUCAGCUGUGACUUCUAAGGUAGUUUACUACCACCGGGGUGUGACUGUGUGAGAGAAUAAAUCCAAUGUGAAGUGCUUUGAGGGUCUCUGAUAAAGCCCUACAUGAAACCUGAAGCAUUAUUACAGUUUAUGUUGCUGUCCUCAGCAUAUAGACGGAUUCAGAACAAGAGCAAACUGUGACUAAACUUCAGAGUAGGUUUAACAAAUCCAUUUUGUAAUGAAGUUUAUGGUGCAUUUUUUAAUACGUAAUGUGAUUUCCUGUUGAUUUGUUCAAGUGAUAUAGUAUGAGGUAGAGAUAGAGACAAAGAGCAGGGGAUCACAUGAAGGAAUAACAGACUGUGAAUCCAGUCUGCAUCCAGUACUCUGAGGACUUUUACCUUCUAAUGAAUUAUGUUGCAUUAUCAAACUGUAGUUUUAACUAUCAAAGUGUUCAAUGCUUAUAGCUGUUGUCUAAUGGUUGCUGAUGAGUCAUACAUUUUUGGAAACAAGAUGCUUCAUUUAUCAUAUUUGUCAGUUUCUUUGUUUGUACAACCAGAGAUCUGACUCAGCAGUUAAAACAGACUUUUCAGCUCCCCUCUUUCAACAUGAUUUAGCAAAACCAGACUUUCAUUCUCCUUUUUUUUUUAAUUGAAAUGAUUUUAGAUAUCCUGGACAUUUUCUGUGUCAGAGAUUUUCUCUACCUCCAGAGCAGCAGUGAGUCACCUCUGACUACAUCUGUGUGUGUGUCUGUCUGUCUGUCAGGUUCAGUGAUAAAUAUGUGAAACACGUCAGGGUGAGCAGCUCUGUUUGUUCAGGCUCAGUGCCCGGCUCACCUCUCGUACCAACACAAGAUCAGUCGUCUAAAUCUGCCAAUAAAUCAUUUAAUCGUGUUGUUCUGUUAGACAUCAGUAAACCUGAAGUGCAGAUGCAUUAAUGCUUUAACACGUCCCAUUAGCUCUCUGUGCUGCCCUGUUUGACGCAGACUUUGCUUUAAAUCCUCUUUAUACGUUUACAUAGGCUGUUUUGUUUUGAAGAUUAAACACAUUUUUGAAGAGUGACCUGUUUCACUACCUCGACGCGAUGUUCUCACUCAAUUCAUGUAUUUUUUUUCCUGCACAUUUUCCCUUUAAAGUAAAAUCUAAUGUGCACAUAAAACAUAUAGUUAAACAUUGACAUCCUCCUUAUAUCACUACAUCUCAGGCUUCAUGGCACCACUUGCACCACCUGCAAAGCGUCAGUGCUGAGAGUUGGCAGAAAUCCCAGGAAAACAAUGAGUUACGAGCGAUUAGAAACAACUGUUUUUUAUAAAACAGCAUAAUUUUAGAAUCACGGGAGACCCCUACAGAUGACAUAAUCGUACCUUUAAAGUGUUUUAUGGAUUAGAAAAGGCAAACAGUGUGUGAGUCCUCUUGUUAAGGUUUAAUUCAAAUACUCCUAUAUGUAGACAAAUGCUGAGCCAGACUGCAGGUUGAGGGUCUCUCCACCGCGUUACUGAUCAAAUCACAAAAAUGUGGCUGUACAAAAUAAAUAUCAAGACAAAGAAAGUAAUUGUCACAACCUGCGAAUUCAUAAAGACAGAAAAGCUCAUAAAAAUCUUAUAAAGUCACUCAGACCUCCUAUGAGGCUGCUGCUGCUGACUCUGCAUUCACUCUGCAGAAACUUUAAAGUCUAUCGCUAUACGAAGCUAACAGGCUCUUUUUCAUUCCCUUCUUGUCUCUUACACUAGACUGUUCUCUGCCUCACAUGAUGCCCUUUAAGGGAAGUUGAAAGUUCAUCUCUUUUAGCUCUAAUCUUUCCCUAAUGGCCGCUUGUUGAGUUAAUGGUUCAAUAACAGGCAGGAUGGUCGCAGAGUAAAGCUAAACACAUGUUCUCACAUCAAAGUUUUAGAGUAGAUUUACCCUUUGACCUCUUGGUACAGUAAGAUUACAGCAGCUGCAUGUUGGCCUCGGUGAAACUUGUGUUAAAGCAAGUUUGAAGAAGUAAAUAAAAGCCCUGACUGAGCUUUGAGUGUGGUUGAAUGUGUGUUUAACAUAACUAUAACAUUUAAAGAUCUCCAGUAGUGACUGCUGUCCUUCAUCAAAAAAGGUCGCUGGGGUUUAGGUUCGCUUGAAUGAUCAGUCUGGUUUGAGUGUUAAAAAAGAAUUUAUUGUUCAAAAAAGGAAAGAAAACACACUGAUCCGGGUCCAUUACUUUUGCCUUCAACUGAAAACGUGUUACAAUGAAAUGAGGUUAAAACAGGAUGAAUGAAUGAAGUGGUGAAAAACGAUGAGAAACGGUCAAAAACGGUCCACAGAAAAUUAUCAGCGCUUACCAAACCCAUUGUCUGACUACACCUGUGACAUUUUAAAUAACCCGCCAAACAUCCCAAAACCACACCCCUCAGUGACGAAGUGACGUACCUAUAGAAAUAAAACUUUCAACAAAUAUAUUUGGGCUCCUACAUCUCCUGUUUACGGCCUAAACAUGUUGAAACUGAAGUCAAAUUUUGAGAGAAUAUUCUCUCAAUUUUUAAUCUCUUAGAUUAAUACAUAACCAAGUACACAUGAGUACAGAGCUAAAACUUCUGUUAAAACUUCAACUUUACUAUUGCAAGGAGAUUUAAAGCUCCUGUGAGUGAUUUUUAGUUGGAUACAGAUUAGCCUGAAAAGCAUACUGGUUUGUGUUUAUGACUUGUACAAGCAAACAAGACUAUAAGAAAGAUUUAUUCCCUAUUAAAAAAUGUAAUUUUUAAUGCUAGCAGUCACUGCUGCAAGGUUCGUGUCCACUAAGACAACUUAUUUUACACUCCUAAAACAGUCUGUUUUCCCCCUUUUUCAUCGUAUAUUUUAAAUUUUUGUAGAAUUUAAUAAAAUCUUAUUUUUCUCAAUUUAAACUGUCAGAUUUAUUAUUUGUAAUGGAUAUCUAAAGCAGAGCUGCCUACCCUCCUGCACAAGUUUCAGGCAUUAAAAAUGACUAAAUAAGAUUAUCAAUCUCAUCCCUGAUGCUCUUAUUUUCUUUUGUAUAUCAUAUGAACACAUUGGUAUGAAUGUCAGUCUAUUUCAUUAAUAUUUAAAAACUUCCAACAGGAGCUUUAAUGAUGAGUAAGUGGACUGUUUGAAAGAGGAGGGUGUGAAGAAAAUACUGUAAAAAAACAGGGUAAGAGUAUCAAAGAAAAAAGGAACAUUUCACCAUUUUACCACAGAGGGCGCCAAACUCAUCACAGUACAUAAACCCCUCACAGGAGCUUUAAUUGGCGAGCUUCUUUGCGGGAUUUCAACAGCUGUCUGUCCCAGAAGAGAUUUAAUUUACUUUAAAGAAAAAAAAAUGACUAGAACUUUGAGUAUAAGUGUGUGUCUGUGUUUCUAAAACUACAUUUGUUUAAAGUACCCGAAAUAUUUGAACGAUUUCUAACUUUUCAACCACCUGCACAGGUUUUACAACAAAACAUGGGCUUCAACACUUAUAGUGAGUACAAUUCCUUCAUUUUAAUGUUUGUAUUUAAUAUAUAAAUGCAUAUAAGAGUACAAAAAUAAAACAUUUGUAUAAUAUUAAUUUUACAUAUGACAGGAGAGUUAAAUGGAUAGAUGAGCAGAUCUCCCUGACUUGAACAGUUAAAUGCAGCGACACAUUCAAUCAUCAGAAUGAACAGAAUGAAAACAGCACGGUUAACAUAGAAAGAGAUUAAAGACAGGCUUUAAUGAUCAGACUUAGUGAGUUAGAGUAAAUUUAGUUGUUAAACUUGAAUACAUCCAAUAUAAAGUGCAUUGCUAUCUGCAUUACAGUCGUAGGUAGUCCAGUGAAGGUACUACAUCUGUACUGCCACAUGAAACAUAACAUUAUGAUUUAACUACUGAUCUGGUAACCGUCACAUAAAAACUAUAAACCUUUAAAAUGUAAUUUCAUGCUUGGAGGUUUUUUCAAUCAGAAUCGAGGGAAUAUGAUACAAAUUUUCAUCACAUGUCAUAAUUUGCUCUCUCCAUCUUUCUUUCGUGAUUACAGUAAACGUCUUCGCCCAGUUAAAACGUUUUUAAAUCCAGAUGUUUCGGUUCCCCUAAACAUGUAAAAAGCAGACUUUAGUGUAACAUGGUCAGGUAAUCACAGCCACAGAACAGCUCAGGAAAUGCCCCAGCUCUUUUGGCAUCCUAACCUUCAGCACAAAAACAUUGUAAUUGCCAUUUUUACAGGGAUCUUUAAACAUCUUAUUAUUUAGUCUAAGGGUUUCUGGCACCCACUGAAAUUCCACGCUGCCAAUUAACGUGACACAUGAAAUACAACUUGGCAAACUUGACCCAUUCCUGUUUUUUCUCCAAGCAGAAACUUUACAUUAUUAGUCAUUUUGAACAAUUUAAAUCAGAGACAGUAAGAAUAUGCAGAUGCCAUGUUUAGGAUUUGUUAUGAUAAAUGUCCUGGCUCAGUGGUCCGCAGGAAUCUGUCAAUUUUGAUGAAUGUUUGUGACAUACAUCUCCUUUAAUGUCCGCCCUUUCUUCUUAAACGGCAGAGAGGCCAAAAAGAGAGAAAGAGGGAAAUCUCCAAGAAUAGCUCUUUAGUGUUGAAGUCCAUUAACAAAGAAAGUAUAUACAUUACAGUUAGAAAAACAAACACGCACAGAUGUAAUUGCACUUCGCACUAAUAUCGUCUAAGAUCUAUAAGUAGUGAGGGGGGUGAUGGUGGAGACGCAGACGGAGUUUGUGGGUUUACGCUCAUGGUGAAGAGUUGUAACGGCUGCAGCGUGCAGCCCGGAUAAGUGCUGUACAUCAAACCAGAUGAUCUCAUAUUACAUGUAAUAUUACAUGUAUGUAAUAGAUGUGUGACAGCUCAGGAGGAACUUUAGAUGCCCUGUUUGGAUUUCUUCAUCCUGGAAGAGAAAGGAGAACAUUUCUAUGAGUUUUAGUCAAAAGGAAAUCUUGGAAUCAGACUUUUCAGGCACUUUGAUGGUGGAAUUUUCAGUUUGGUCAGAAUUGAUAUGAAAGAAAGCAUGUAUUAUAUUCCUUUGAACAAACACUGGGCCAUUAUAACGUUACAAGUAAACAGCAGUUUGAAGGUAAUGAGUCUUUGUUUGGUAUGACUCAGUGCCUGGAAGCAGAAGGUAAAACGCCAAAAAUCAGGAUUUUAUAGAGUGUUGUAUUCUCAAACUAAACAGCUGCUCCGAGUUUACUAGACCAAAAUGUUUGCUGCUCUGUGAUCAAAACGUUAACAUUCAGCUCAGUGAAGUUAAAUUUAUCAGUUAGGCCUGUAAGUCAGUUUAUUUUUAGAGCUUUAUGUGAACUGAACCGAUAGAAAAUACGUUUAUAAACAGCAGAUUUAAUGAUUUAUUUUAUUGGUAAUUACCAAAUUAUUUACCCAUAGAGCAGAGCAAACUGUAAAUAAACACCAAGUUAUUUUAUACUUUUGAACUGUUGACACUAAAACUAUACUUUGUAAAGAUAAAUAAAUAAAUAAACCUCAGAAAAGGUUAGGGCCUGUCUCCACUGACAGCUUUUUUUUUUGGACUUGCAGUGUCCAAUUUCUGUACAAAAUUAUUGUAUUUGCACAGAAAAUGAUUGUUUUCAGAUGUUGACAUCACAAGUGCCGAAAAUGCUGUGAGUGCCACCUUUGGUAAAUGUCACAUCUUAAUCACGGGCCAAUCAAAAUUAAGAAGGGGCGGGGCUUCAGACUCUUUAUUUAUGACAGUUUAUGACAUAAAAUCAAUUAAGAAGAACAUAGAGUAAUUUAAAACAGACUUAAGGGAAGCUGAAGUGCUUUAGGACAACUUUUGUAACCUAGCAACAGCAAGAAGCUUGUAAGAAUCUCUCUGAAACUACGGUUGUGGGAGCUACCGAAGCAAAAAUCACAAUUAGUGGGCACAGUCCCUUAAAUGAAGUCUUGUUUAUCAGACUAAAAGUAGUAUAAUGCUCGACUAACAACUGUGUUUUUUAAGACACGUUUUGAAUGAGAUUGCCCCGCCUCUUUCACUGUAUGUGUAAUUGGAAACACAUUAGGUCUGAUCCACUGCAAAUGGUCGCUGUCUACCCUCUGCAUGGGCUGGUUUUGUUAUGUAGAGGACUGCUCACACCUCAACACGUCACGGGCUCCACAGCCAUCUCUGAGACAGACAGUCUGACUGCAGGACAGCAGGGGGGUCAGUCAGAGAGGUCUGAGUUUGUGUAUCAGGAGAGAAGAGGAGAUGUGGAUGUCUUCAGGAAGUCACUUUUUUGCAUCCAGAAACUCUUAAUCCGUCUCCACCACAGUGAAGUUCGUUUCAUCUGAGCGCUAUAGGGGGGCUUUAUCCUUUUGAAAUGUUAUCUGUGCAGGGUUUGGGAUGACAACUUAAUCCUUUCUAUAAACUAUGAGGGGACAGUGUUUAUAGGAGGAGGCAGGAAGGAGACAGUUAUUAUUAGCAUGACUUUUUGUGAGUAGAAUGUGCCACGACUGGGAUUUGGACUACUAACCUGGAGGGGAUCUACCUAUUUUUUUCACCAGUUAAGCCAAAGGUGAAAGUGCCUUUUAACCAUUUCCUUUAUUAACACAAAUCCACAAUCUGAUAAAUUGACUUCUAGAUUAUCACAAGUUUUUAGAAAUAUCAAGUAUUGUUAAGUUAAAGCUCCAGUGAGGAGUUUUUUGUCAUUUAUAAAAUUCAUUGGUGUUGAAAUUCAGCAGUAGCGCCGUUCACAGGCCGAGUGUUGUAACUGCUUGUGGUUAAGAGGAGUCUGUGGUUGUCUCACAGUCAGUGACCAUUAAAAAUGACUGAUUUAAGAUGACAGAACCCCUAGUUCCCCUGAAUCUGACGAAGCUGGCCCCAAAAUACCUCCUCAGAAUUGAUGACGCAUUUCUGAUCUAACACACUUGGCUCGAUUGCUGCGUACACCAUUGUUGUGCAGAGCCAGACAGACAUUACUGAAAAUAUGACCGGUGAUCCUGCGCAGUAAGAAUGAUCUCAAGUUUGGUGCCGUUUGACCCAUAUUUUCUUAUUUUGAUGAAGAUUUAUUUACACAUUGAUUCCAGAAGAUGCUAAAUCAUAACUUUGUCUUCAGCUUUUUUGCUCCUCUGGGACAAAUUUCCAUUUUUUUAUGGGACCAAAGCAGAAGGUAAUUAUCAAGUUUGACAGCUAUUAAAAUAUUUAUACAGGUGUGGUGUUGGACUCUAUCAAAUCAAAUUAAAACUGUGUGUUGCAAUUAUUGUGAUGACAAGGGAUGAACUUAUAAACACACUGGAGAAGGAGCAGCUUAGACCUGCUAUUACAUUUUUGUGUUGUGUCGUACAUAAAACCCAGUUUGUGGUUGAAACUGGAAUCAGUCUGUCCUCCCACUCGGUCAUGUACCAGCAUGCCUCAAGUUUGGCCUCCAUUAUAAAUUGGGCAAUUACGACCUGUCACUUUUACAAUGGACGACUGACAGAUGUCCUAAUGCGCAUUUGUUGUGCAGCUUUGCUCUGUCUGAAUAACAAAAGAGUGGAAGUGUUGUACACAGCUUCUCACAGGUUAUCUUGUGAAGGUGGAAAACUGACAGCAGACGAUAAUAAUCCUGUUUCACCUACUUGUUGAUGGCGUUCUUCAGGUACUGCUGCAGCCACCGGAUUUCAGGGUUCACACACACCUCUUUGUUCGACUUCAGCUUGGCACUGAACAGAAAAUGGAUAAAGAAUCAUCAUUUAUUUAUCAAAAUCUUCAGAUAACACAAAGACAGACAGACAAAAUAAUCUGGAAACGUUAGAAGGUUGCACAAAACAGUAAAAACUUGGCUUAUGUAAGUAAAAUAAAUAACGUUGAGAGCUAAAUUUGCAGGAAUUGACAACAAAUAGAUAAACAGUUUCAGAUGAAAGGAUCGGUUAUGUAAAUUGUGCAGUGUUUGUCAUCCCGAUGCAUUGUUAUUAAAAAGACUGAAUCAACACUGACAUGUUAUUUUGACGCCAAUAGAGAGCUUUCUAACAGCGGUAACUGAUCUCUCCUCUACCCCGUCAACUUAUUUAUAGCCAUGCAGGCAUCAAACAGAGUUUUGGUGUCGAUGUCUGGUUGGAAACAGGGUAACAUUGAACUUCAGUUUUCACUUUUUUAUUUUUUAAAUAUGAUGAAUUAUUUAUUUUAGGGGGUGAGAAUGAGGACAGAUAUCUCCUUAUCUCUCUGAAGUACUUUUUUUUGCUGUAAACAGACUGCACAUACACACUUGGAGGCUCUGCAGCCUAAACAAUAACGGAAAAAAACCCUGAAUGCAAACAUAAUUUACUGAUAUCAAACACUGACGCUAUAGGAUUUUAUUGGCUGACAGGAAGUGUUUAACCUACAUGCAUUUGUUGAGGGUUUGAGCCAUUUAGAGAUUAAAAAAAUUUCAGAUGGUGACUGUGAUAUAUUGUAAUAUAAUCAUGUGAAUGAAUCGCAAAUAAAAUGCAUAUUUUUCUAUUUAGUUAUACAUCUUUCAACUCUGGUUAAAGAUGUUUUUUAAGUAGAACAGUGCGUUCUUGAAAUGCAUUUGUCUUCUCACUUUUUUGUUAUGCAGAAUUGGUUUAUAUUUUGAUAGUGGUGCAAACACUUUAAACUUCACUAUAACAUAUGACGUCCUCAGAUAUUCAUGCAGCCUGCAAUCCUGCAUCCUGCACUUCACAGGUCCUUUAGAGUAAAUAUUUCACCUUUUAUUGAAACGCCAAAUUAUUCUGCAUCAGAAAAAACAAUAAAAUGAAAGUUUCAUCCAGGAACAUGUGGCUCCAGGUUUCUGUCUACAUGCAGCGUAACCCUGAGGGUAUUUACAGAGGGGGUCAGGACUGUAUCAUAUGUCUCUACGUGGGAGAUCAGGCCUCGGUUGGCCCUGUGUCGCUUUUGAGUAACUUUAUAAUAACAUUUUUUCCCCUCUACACUUUGAGUUUGUGUAUUUGUAGCAGCUGCCAAUUCUACUUCAUGCCUUUAUCAUUUAACUGUGCCUGAAAUUUCCCCUUUCAGUGUGACCAAUGACAAUUUAGGCGCAAUAAUAAAUGAGAUCAGGCUGUAACACAGAGUGAGGACACACUGCAUGAAGAGGUUGAGAACCGAACUGCUUCCAAUUUACAAUUUGCAUUCAGUAAAAACUUAAUCCACUCUCCCUGUGGAUGUGUCCGUGUUUCUGUGGUAAUAACGUCUUUUCUUCAGUGUGUGUGUGCGUGUGUAAAAAUGAGCGACAGAGGGGCGUGUGUGAGUGAACAUGCAUGCACAGCUCUUUUCUCUGACCUGUCCCCUCUCUGAGAUUGAUGGUGAGAAAUGUCUAACAAGGGGGAAACCUCUUUAACUUUUUAAGACCAGAGAGGAAAACAUGUGGUUGUGUGUGUGUGUGGUUGUGUGUGUGUUUGUGUGGGCCAGCAGCUCUGAAAACAAUACUCACAUGACUUGAAAUGGGCAGUUUGGCGUGUGGAUGAAGCGGAGCUCUCGGAUGUAGGAUCUUGGGAGGCUGCUGACUGUUGAGCGACAGUAGCAUCUCUCGACAAGACUGAUGGGCUUUGCUAGAAGCGGAAAGAGAAUAGAGUCGGUUUUACAAAGAGAGAAAGCUGGACUAAGUAGGUCAAAGAAGAAUGAUGGUCUCAUGUGGAGAAAGUGGAAAACUGAUGUAGUUUGUGGUGGAUGAAUUAAAUUAUAACAAAUCAAAGGAGCAGAGAAAAAUACAUGAGUAUUCAGUAGAUAUUUGUUCAUAAAUGCAAACAGAGAGCUACAGUCAUUCACUUUUUCUUUCAGUUUGGUAUUUUAAAGACAAACAUUUGCAGAUUUUUUUGUGUCCCACAGAUCAAGUUUAGAUGUUGGAGACAUUGAUGUCAGUACUUAAAGACCCACAGACACAGAGCUUUGACAGGCGUAUGUAACUGUGGACAAUGUGGCCCUUAAAGCUUCCUGACGGAUGUGAAAUACUUUCCACUACAACCUCAGCUUUAAGGGUUUUUCUACAUACAGAUUUUCAUGGUUGAUUAUUGUGGAAAAGUAAACAGCACUGUGUUUCCUUUUAGUUUCCAUGAUUCAUAAGAGAGAGAGAAAAUAACUCAUGAUUAACUGGGCCUGACUUCAUUAUAAAAACACUCACAAGCAUCACCUGCUUCACAAAGAUUAAAUUAAUGGAAUUAAAAUAACGACAAAAGUGUCAUUUUCUUUUCCGUGACUGUUUCUUUUUCAAACGAUCAUAGAAAAAACAGAUGGUGAGAAGUACCGCGAUAGAUUAAACUCUAUGCUAAUCAAUUCAACACUUAUUAUUACCAUGAGAAAAGAAACAACACCUUCAAGUUGGCUGCCUUGAAGACUCUCCCUGGCUUUGUUUUAGAGCCCCAUGUGCGUGAUUAAACGAAAACAAAGAGCUGAACAAAUACACACGUCGAUCUGGGAUCCGUCAGGGGACGUCUUAUCGCGGGGACCAUAUGUGCCUCUCUGUGGGUGCUUUACGCGCGGCGGAAUAUGUUUAUCCCACUGCAGAUCGGCUCAGGAAAAGUAGUGCUUGAGUAGUUAUAAUCAGGAGGUGUGAAUUUUAUUAUUUUAAGGUUUGGUAUUUAUCAUAUGAAUUGUGCAUUUGGAUAAUUCAGCAGAUUGUUAGAAUCAAGAUUUUGCUUUUACGCAAACUUGGAUUGACAUAAACAUAAAAAAGGAAUACUUUUAAAAAAUCUUUUAUAUUCAAGAGGCACAAAACAGUUAAAGUAGUUAAAGUAGUAUUGAUUUUCGACGCUUGUUCAGAAAAUAAGAAAGGACGCUCAUCUUCUAGAAGUGCGCAAUUACGCACACUUUUAUUUUAUAAAUUUAUCCUGUUGAUCGUUUUUAUAGUCCGUCCUUUAAAAAACUGCAGCAUUUUUUUUUUACAAAAUGCAGAAAAAAAGAUGAAAACCGACACUAGCAGAAUGAAAACCGUUGGAAUUAAGGCUUAAAUUAAAAAAUCAGGCAAAAUGUCAAAAGUCUCCUGGUUCGUACCUUGUGAUGAAGGUGCGUAAAUCAGCACCGUGAGCGCAGCCACGACCGUCAGCAGCUUCACAUCCAUCCUGUGUCUCUAAGUGUCCGGGGUUUGAUGCUGCUCUCGGUAAAGUCCAGUGGAGCUGUGACAGACACGACGCUGCUGGGGUGCUAAGUUACGCACUGACGUCAAGCUCACUCAUUAAACAGAUACCACUUCCGGUGUUUGACUACAAAAUAAAAGCUGAAAAGCCUCCCCAUACUUUAUUUGUCAGGUUUAUUCUGCGGUGUGAUGUAUAAGAAUUAUCAAAAACUAAAUAUGGAUAAGUGCUCGUUUUAAAGAAAGAUGUGCUUUUGGGAAAUUUCAGUGGUUUGUGACUCAUUUUUGAUUAAAUCUUUAGCUUUGUGCUCUUAUUAUCUAAGUAAAUCUCUUUCUGGUUUUAUUGUGUUAACCUCAGGGACAUUGACUCUUCUGCCGCACCAAAUUGUGCCAAGAGUGCAAUAGAGACCCAUAAGACUAUGUCAAUAGGCCUGGUAGGGUGGCCAAGAACCGCCCCUGCAAAAAAAAAAAAAAAAAAAAAAAAUACAGUGCAGAUAAAAAAGCCAGAACUUCAUAUUGACUCAGGCGCUACAUGGUCCAAAUGAACCAAAUGACACAUUUAAAAGUUUACGAAGCGAAAUUAAUCAAUAACCUUUCCACUUACGUCUUUGCUCGUCUUUUCGCCGUCGUCUUCUGUGGCUAGAUCGUAAAACACCGGUGCAUCAUCAUCAUUGGUCCCUGGCAGCUCACUUCCAUCGUGGCUUCUUUUAUUUGCAUCCUUUUAUUUUCGCAGUAAGCAAUUUAUUAUUUAAAAUUUUUUUUUUGCAUCACCACUUUUUUUUGCAUCAUUAACUUCCGUUGUGGUUUAUUUAUUUAUUAUUAUUAUUAUUUUGCACUUUAAAAAAAAACCAAUUUAUUUGCAGCAGUGGCAGUUCUCAGCCACCGUAGCCUUCUCUACCCUACUUACACACACAGACACACACACUGAACCUGUAAUUCUUGCUAACUUACCUUAAAAUAUCAAACUCUGAGCAGGUUUCUCAGCGGUACUGUGUGCGAGUAUUCAUUUAUUUACCUUUGAUUCUUGCAAGGCUGCAGGGAGAGAUAAGAAAUUUGGAAAGAGGCCAUAAAGAGAAAUAAAAACAUAUAAAUCAACCUAUUAAGACACAUUUUUCCCAGCAGGAAUAUAUCCACUCUCCCUGAUUUGGGUUACCUUACUGGGGCUAUGUAAAGAAAGAGAGCAGAGACAUAAGUGUCUCUUGAUUGUUUUUGUUCAUGGUUUGUAUUUUUUAAGGGCCUUUAUUGGCUUUAACUAAUUAAAGGUGUAACAGGAGAGGGUUCAGAUGAGCGUGAAGUGUUCUGUUAUGGUUCAAAUAAAUAGACACAGGGGGUUCAGUAAAAACACACACCUUCCACUCACUGUCUGGAGAGGAUCUCUAAACACUUAUCUUUAAGCAGACUGCUCAUAGUCGAAAUGUUAGGGUGUGUGCACACAUGCAAAUCCACUCCGUUGUCCUUUGGAGGAAUUAUUAACACAUUGGACACAACAGGAUGCAGAUGUGGAAUCAGUUUCAGCACAUACGUCUUUCAUCUUCUUCCAAAGCAAACACUACAGCGCAUACAUGUGUGCUGAUUGUGCCAAUAAAAGUGUACUUUCACUGUGCGUGCGCACAUCUGAGAUGAGCCUCCGCUUUCACUGUGAACACACUCUCUGUUCCUCCUGCUACUUUGUUUUUUUUUUAAGUUGUUUAACCCAAAUACACACAACUAGCUAAAAACAACCCCACGGUAUAAACAUAUUCUGAAAUCAUUUAUUCAGCGGAAAACAAAAGCUUGUGUUUACACAGACUGAGGAUGUGAUUUGGUAUUGUUUUUUGAGCCAUGUGAAUGAUGAACAGAAGUGGUUGAUUAUGCUUUCUUCUAUUCUCAUUUAUUGAAACCAUAUUCAGUCGUUGCAGAGCUGUGGGAAAACAAACCACCUGCUGACAGCCAGCUUUAUCAUCAGAGGAGUGAAGAGGAAGGAAAGAGUUGAUCCAAAAGGAUGAAGGUGUUUUUAAUGCUUUUACUUCACCGCAUUUAGCCUAAAACAGAAGUGCAGCACAAAGUCAGACCAUCUAAGUUAUCUUGGCGACAUGUGACCCAAAGAUUUAUGUGAAAAUAAAAAUUCAAGAUGCUGAUUAUCACACUUGAAUGUGCAGUUUUCACCGAUUAUAAUGCAGACAGAGUGUGUUUAAGGUCGUUAUAGAUGUUUCCAUGAAGACCAGACGGACACACUCAAUGGCAGAGUCCACUGACAGCUAAAAAGGCACAUAUUGACUUAUCUCACAGCCCACAAAGACUUAAGUCAAGUGUGUUUGUGUGCGUCUGACUAUGUGUGUGUGUGAAACUCAGGAAGAGCAAGCUGAACCAUGAAGUGUGGAAGAAGAGCGCUGAGAUUUUCAGUGAGUUUCUCUCGUAUUUGAGGGAAAAGUGACCUCAUUGUGGUUUUAGUUCAAAGCGCUUCAGUUAUACCAGCCCACCAACAUGCUCACACUCUUUAGACUCUCUCUCUCUGCUCAUCUGUGUGAAUCUGCAACACGUGUGCCGUGCAUUUAGGACAAUCAAAGUACAAAGUAACUCAAGUUAGUUUGUCUUAAUCACAUACACACGUUAGUUAAAAACGAGGAGGCAAUCUGUGAUAUGUUAUCAAAAAAAAAAAAACAGAGGACAUCCAAGUAUUUCAACAUUUUCAGUCAUAGUUACCAGGAUUGAUUUUUUAUGAGGUGAGUGGGCCACAGUGUUUCAUAAGCUGAUUUGGCAGCACAUCUUCUUGCACAAUUGUUUUAAACCCUUAUUGUUUGCUCCCUGCAUCCCCCCCUCAAUAAAACACACUUUUUUCUCACUGGUAUUGUUUUUUCCCCGGUGAAUUAUUUUGCAUGAGUGUCUUCUUAAUAACAGAAAGCAAAAGACAAAAAUUUGAGGGUGUUUCAGGGUCAGAUGCUGAAAGUUGCAAAAUGAAAAAUGAAACGAAAACAGUUUAAAAAUUACAACGACAUCCACAAAAGUUCAAACCUUAAUUCUAUAUUUAAUCUUAAAAAAUGGAGGUCCGCUCAGUUGCACUUUGAUGGAGUUCUGCCUGGCUUCACAACAAUAAUAUCUUACAAUCAGUAUCGCACAAAAAAGCAGAAUACUGUUAGGCUUUGGAUUAUAUCACAUACCAAAACAAUCGACAAACACGUCAGCGAGAGAUUAGUUAGUUGUGUAUCCGAACAUGGUCGUAUGAUGCCGUAGCUUCACCUCAGUAACCUCUGUUAUUCUUCUGUCGUUGUUCCUCUUCUGGCUUAAUUUCAAAGUGAACGUUUCUUUAAUGAACAUGCAUAUUUGUCUGAAGCUCGAUGGUGAUGUAGGGCUCUCUGGGUGAGAGGUGCUACCUGUUAUGCUUAAUUCACACCUGUGCGAAGUCCGGUAAAUUCAUUUGAGUUGCGGUGUCGUGUUCUGUAGCCCAUCUGUCCGUCAGUCUCAGUGUUUUGGGAGGUCUCACACCAGGGGUCCAUCUCCUCCUCUCUGCAGACUCAUUUCUUACUGUAGUCUCAAAGGCCGAGGUAAGUGCUUUUUUGACGUCGAGAGUAAAUCACAGGUCUGGUUUUUCCUCUGAAGCUCUGAAGGCGAAGCAGGUGUCCUCAAGAUUUUUUAGAGCAUCAAAAACUCUGAGAACGUUCGUCUUCAGACUUUGUCCAGGUCUGUUUUUGUUACUGUCUGUCUUUGUUUUUCUCUCUAUCACUUUUCAAAAUCUCUCUGAUCCGAGGGUUGAAUGAGCCAAGAUGAUGAAUGAAUGACUUUCUUAUCGUCCUGAAACCACACAUUAAAUUUAGUUUUAAACAUUUCACUCAACUUCUCGAUAAGUUUCUUGUGUAAACAUUUAAUAACCAACUCUCCAUGAAUUAGCGAGCUGUCACUGAUGAGCUGAAUCUGUUACAUGCCAACAGAUUGUUAAAAAGUGAACAAUAGCUCAGGAAUGUUUAAGAGACCGCAUGACCCAGGAGGUCGGGGUAUGGAUGGCUGAACGUAUUAUGUCGUAGCCGCCAGUUUCCAUAGACUAGACUGGUUUGAAAACGUACAGGGAACUGGUCCCAGUGGGGGAUCCACUGCUGCUGAUUGAGGCUCUGAGAAGCUGAGGGCCUGCUGGCUGAGCUUUUGUCUGGUUUCCUACACAUCCUCCAGAGAGUCACGAGCUCUGAGCUUUCACACCGACAUAUGGACCACCUCAAUGGCUUGUUAACAAAGUCUUUAGGCAGAGAUGUUGAAUCAGAGGAGAAACAAUAGAUCAGACAAAGGCUUAAGAAUCGCUUCUAGAUCUACAGAUCCUUCAGAAGGAUCAUUUUAUCUCAACUACUAAAACUCUAGGUCAAAGAAUACGGUAAACGUCCUUUUGCUAGAUAUUUUUCCUCCAAAAGCUAAACCCCUGACAUGCAAACUCCUGAUAAUCUUUGGCUAAUUUCAGGACAUUCAAACCCCCAAAUUUUCCAGAAUUUCUCUGGCUGUAUUCACAUCUGCUCCCUAAAACAUUUCUACCUUGAAUGCAAACACCACGAGACAGGAAACUAAUGGCGCAACACUCUUGAAAUUAAUAAAUCAUCAUGUGUGAUUACUUAGCACUGCACUAAAUCCUAAAGGGAAGCAGACAAGUGGAGCACAAAGAGGCACCUGAGCUAAAAGCUGCUGUGAUGAUGGUUUGCAGUAAGAAAACAAAAGGUCUAGUGUCAAACAAGUCUGGAUGAGCAGACAUGUGGGAAGAUGUUGUCAACACAAGUUGUCUAUUCUUAAGAAAGAAGCAGGGAUGAGCUUAGCGGGGUUCAUCUUCAGUCAACAGUAGCAGGCUUGCUAAUGUGAGCCUCGGGGUAAAGUGUUUGUUAAACCUGAAGUGAACCGACCUCAUCAUCCAUAUCAUCCGAACAAUGCCGGUAUUCUUGAGUUCCCGGGAGAGUUUAAGAAUGAGACAGUGUUGUAGAGCUUGAAUCCAAGACUCAGACUCCAGCACUGACUUUUCAAGACACGUGACUCAACUUGAACACAAGGACUGAUGUUUCGGAGCGCUGACUGCAGUAGGACUCUGAAGAAGAUACAGCUUUACUGAUUUUGUUUGUUUUUGAGUAAAAGGUCCCAGUAAGUCAUUCAGUUUGAGCAGGACUGUCAUACCGUUUACAAGAACAGCAUGAUGAUAAUAAUAGACUGAUCUUCAUCUGAAUUAUGGAGGAAUAAAGUCAACAGAUCUAUGGUAGUAACAAAGCAGUGGUGGCAUUGUAAUAAUGAAGUUGACGUAAAUAAUGGGGGUUGAAAUUAGGGAUGCACCGAUCCGAUAUUUGGAUCAGAUAUCGGCUCCGAUAUCGACAAAUUAACUGGAUCAGAUAUGUGAUGAAUGACGCCGAUCCAGUCUUUUUUUUUCUUUUAACUAAAAUCAGACACAGCGAUUCUGUCCGCUCUAUACUCUGUCUGUCUGUCCUUUUGCACUAAAUGUUUCCAUGGAAGUCUUACUUCUUUUUGCUGUGUGCUAAUGUGCAAUUUGUUAUUUUUCAUAAAUAAUAUUAAGUAAAUCUAUAUCUGUGUUAAUUUGCUACCUUUUUUUAACAAGGCUGAUGUCAAGCCUGAUGCCUUCACUCACAGGGAAAGGAAGACAGUUCAUUCAGUCAACAGUAGAAUUGGAUCGGAUAUCGGCCGAUACGCUCAGCCCAGGUAUCGGUAUCGGAUUGGAUCAGAAAAAAAUGGAUCGGUUGAAAUGAGAAUAAUUGAAGCAGAAAGAGUCAAAAACUCCUAUAUUUUACAUUAGCUUUAUAACAGUAAUGAAAAAUGGUGAGGUAAUACUUUCUUAUAGUUGAAUCAGCUGGAGAGCAGGCAGGUCCACAGCAGGACAUCUGCAGCAGCGAUCCAGAGGAACCUCUGGCAUGAGGGAGUUCAGGGACUCUCAGAAAAGACUGUAUUAGUGACUUUAAUGGGACUUGAUGGUUUAAAUUUAAUAACACUCAGUGUACCAGUCCAUCCAGCAGUUUAACUGGGAGCUGUCCUGUGACUGAACCAGUGUUUUGACCCUAAAAAGGGUCCGUGAACCACAAAACUCUUUUUCUGUCAUCACGUCAACAUCGUAUUUAUCUUAUAAAAUCACUCAUGACUCAGAAUCCUGUUUUCAUACUUGUCUGGUGAAUAAACACUCUUAGUGCAGACAAAACGCUUCAGAUGGAGUCCCGAUAAUGACAAACAGCAGAGCGAGCUUUUGUAGUCGGAAAAACCCGGAGAUACAGUGAAUAAAAAACACCUACUCCAGGUUCUCUUAAAAAUCCACUUUAUAUUUCUCCAUAAAGUUGGAUUUUAAAGUCGGUUGUGCUAGUUUUAUACUGUUUCAGGUGGGAUUUUAUGCCACAAUGAGCCCCAUGAAACACAGCUGGUGUGGAGCUUCAGGAGCUGCUGAGGUUUCUGUCUGAGGAACCUCAGAGUUCGACACCUGGUGCUGUCCGAGCACGGGAACCAAAAGGCUUCAGCUGCUUUGGUGAUGUUACCCCAGAGGAGCUGCACAGAGACACAUUACAGUCCUGCUACAUUGGCCUUUUGAUGUCAGGACCGCUGAUAUACUGUUGUCAUGCAGUUAUGGGGUUUUUUGGUCAAAUCUUGGAACUCUACUCCAGUACAUCAUCUUGAUUUUUUAUUGGAGAAUCUCUCAGGAGCGAAAUGUGAGUCACUCUCACAACAUUUAGAAAUAUGAACCAUUCGACUCGAGUCAGGAUGUCCCAGAUUCAGUCUGCUCGACAUCGGUUUGGUUCAGUUCCUUUAUUGUGCUUUCUCAAUCCGCAAGAGCAGAACACGCAGUGAACCGUGAUCCUGUUUACAUCCACGUCUGUCUGCAUGUGCCUUUUACGAGCCUGCAAUCAUACAUAAACACUCUCUAAAUACCAAGACAGAUACACAUAUGCAAACACACUUUUUCUCACAAGCGAAAGCUCCUGCAGUUUAUUUUGUCACUGAAACUGAAAACCACAACACAAACAUUAUGCCUCAGGCUUCAGUCCCGACCACACGUUUAAUCUUUGACAAAAGCAGCGACACACAAUACUCUUCUUCUCCAUUUAUCCCUCCUUUCUUUCUCUUUUUUAGCUCCUUGGCUCCAACAUUAGUCGAAGCUUCCUCACAGAGUUGAUGCUUUUGGCUCGUCCUCAAACCUGAUCCAUUCGUGUGAUAAAAAAGAAAAAAGCCUUAAAUACACAUGGAGCCUGUUAAUAUUUCAUUAUUCAUUCGCUCAUGUGUGUCAAACAACUCCAGUGUUGUGCGCUGCAGCGAUGGUGUCAGUCAUCACGCUGGUAUGUGGACUCGUUUUGUUUCUGAGACGCUGUAACAGGUGAGCGGGCGCCAGAAACAGCUGAGAGCCGGCCGCACAUUAAUCACUGUUUAAAGUGAAAACCAACCCCUGCUGCUUGAAAGAAAUACCACUUAAUAGAGACUUUAUUCAGCACAGUUUGAUGAAAUCUGGAGAUAUAAGAGCAGGUCUUUCAGUGCGAGUCAUUAUGAGUAAUGGCAGCGAAAGAAAGAUCAGUGGACAGCUGCGCCUUUUAUUUAAGUCUGAAUACUCACAGGAUCAUUUCAUGUGCACAAAUAGCUCUGCACGUGCAACUGAGUUUGUUCCUGUUUAUUUUUCCAAAAAUAAAGGGGCAUCUUUUUCAUCUUUUCUUUGGCGGGAGGGAACAAUCGUAAAUAUUUAGAAAUACAAGACAAAUGACACAUGUACUGUUCUGGCUAUAAAACAGCGAGCCAUUUAAAUUUAGAUGUUUUUUUUUGUUCAUUUCCACGAUCUGAGGCCUUUUACAGUCAUUCUCCUCCUCAGGCUCCCAGAAAGAUUCAUUUACGUUUUGGAGCUGAAAUCAAAAACUCGUAAAGUCUUACGAGAAGGUCAAGAAAAAUGAUAUUUGCUUCAAAAAGAAAAAUCUUCCCUGUGCAUGUGUGGAAAAUGUUCCCCAACCUGCAGACCGUCAGUCAUGAAUGUACUUAAAAUCAAAGCUCAGAGGAAACAUUUCAGGGUUUAGUCACUGCUUCAAAAAUACGCCAAAGUCACAGGACAUCCUAUGUUUCCUAACCCGAGUCCUUACAUGCAAUAACUGCUUGUCAGGACUUAUUCUAGGGUGACCAUGCGUCCCCUUUUACCCAGACAUGUCCUCUUUUUGGGGGGCUGUCCGGUCUGUUCGGCCUUGUCCGGGGGAGUUUAUAAAAUCCUUCAAAUGUUUUGUAGUGAAGUUUUGAGUUUGUGUCGCGUGGACUUACUGAGUUAGAAGCGCGUAAAAAACACAAAAAACACCCGAAAAACUCUCAAAAUGAACUACGUGCGACUCCGUGACUCCGCCCCGCAUAGUCGUGUCCUCUUUUUGGGGAUUCAGAAUAUUGUCACCCUAACUUACCCAGACUUUUUCAGACAACCUCAGAGUGAAAUGUCCCAGCAAAGAAAGAAUGGAGAGUGUGUGAGCACUGAGAGAAACAUUUAAACGAGUGGACAGGGGUGGUUGUGUUUAUACUGUGCAACCAGAAGAGUGACAUAUAUCAGAUUUAAUGAAACCAUUUGGGUUUGAAGAAGGGGAAUCAUUUUCCAGAUGCAGAACACUUAGAAUAGAUUGAAAAGUAGAAACGGCCAUCAUAGAGCGGAGAGGCUUAGUCUGCCAGUAGAUUGUAAACAUUACACUGUGGUUUUCACAGUGAGCUUUUAGCUUUUUACACAUUGCAGCUCCACAACAAAGUCCCAUCAUCACCACAGUUUUGUGCUUUCACAAAAUGGCAAAAUAUUUGUGUCCUAGUGUGUGAGAGUCUCACAAUUUAUUACCACACCUCAAAGCCCAAGAUGGUCUGCUGGUGAACACACAGCAUGAGAGACAUGUUUCCACCUCAUUCAGGCUCUUCUACCUCAGAUAGAAGAUCAGAGCUAGAAUAACUUUGACAGCCAGACGACCACAGUAAGUCAGUUUUUUUGCAUGACGUGCACUUCACCGAAAAUACAACAACCCCUAUGAUUGGUCCACCAGGUAUCAUCCAUUAUCCAUCAUUAUCCUUAACUUGUAAAAGUUCAGGCAGGGCUCGACAGUGAGACAGUUUUACUCGAAUUUGCAACUAAAAAUAGAUGUGUGCGAAUUGUAAAACGUAUUUAGGGGCACAUGUGCGCAUAAGAAAAUCAGCCGAGGCAACAAAUGUUUUUUCCUGUAAAUACCGCAGUGAAGUUAGUUUUAGGUUAGAUAUCCGAGGGACAUUCACUGAGGAUCUACCGGUGUCUUCUCACUCUCCAUAACAGGGAGUAACAACAGCAGUGCGGUUAAAUCUACUCCUCGCUGUCAACUCCGAGUGUUGAAUAAGGGACCGUAAAUAAAUUACUAGUUAAAGUUUUCAAAAAAGGCUGUUUUCCUUCAAUAGCUUCCAUGUCAUGUGACCAACUGACCUAAAAUUGAUUUCAAAUAAUGGUACUAAGGUCGGAUCACAAGAAACACCUCUGUUUUUUUUGCUAAUUAAAAGGCAAAUUUUGAACGUUUUCUUCAAUAGCUUCCAUGUCAUGUGACUAAUUUACCUAAAAUUGAUUUCAAAUAAUAGUACUUAUGUUCACCAAUAAGACAAACAUUAUUUGAUCAGUUUUUAUUGUGCCCCUAAAGUUCUUUGUGUGCUCCCUCCUUUUUUUUUUUGCUCCUUGUGAAAAAUGUUAGUGUCAAUCCCUGUCAAGUAUCUGCGAUUUUCACUGAUUCAGCGGCUGCCUAUUCCAUCUCCUCCAACAUCUCCUCACUUUUCUUCUUUGUAAUACUGCAGAAAUAUCAUCUGCUCACCCUCCAACAUAUUUGCUCGGAUUCAGUCCAAACAAGCAGAGAAAGCUGGAAACUGAAGCUACGACUAGGGUAGACAAAACGCUGCCAAUCAGCAUUGACGAGGCCAGAGCUGCAAAGUGGUCUGGACACUCUAGCGCUUAAAUAUGUCGUGAUAACAGUGUAGGGUCAUUGUAGAGGUAUAAAUCAGGCUUUACAGGGGUGGAAAUGUCCUGUCUUUAAAUGUAAGAGAUAUCCGAUGUCACGUCCCUCCUCUCAAGACUCAUCCCCACCCCCACCCUCAAACCCCGCACCAACAGGGAAGACUUCAUGCUGUGAGGGACAUGCGUGAACAUGCUGCUUUGGAUAAUUUCAGGGACACUUCCAGGAAACUUAAAGUAAACUGCAUGAGUGAAUGGGUGAAAAAAAUAUUCUUUGAAUUGUUUGGAUUUUCAUUAAAAAAACAAAUAAACUUUCAUCCACUUUAAACACAUCUUUCCCUUUUCCUCCUGCCAUCCUCUCCUUUCAGGACAACCCCCCACGUCUUUCUAUUUUCAGUCCUCCGCUGAGCCGUAACACCCCAGCUGCUGUCUCUUUACUGCUCUCCGUGCCCAGGUCAUUUCAUAAAACACCUAAAGAGCAUUUAAAGAGAGAGUUAAAGCUACAGCUGUCAGUCAGAAAGAUGGAGCAGCUUAAGUGACUGUCACUUUUAUGUGCUCUCUUUGUAACUCAGCAGGCUUUUAUAAAGGGCAGGCAUGCAGCUCUGUGUGUGUGGGGGGAGUGUGUGUGUUCAGGUCUGCAGCUGCAAUCAAAAGUCUAUUAAUCAGAGUGAGGAAACAGCACCAGGACAGAAGCAAAGACAGAGUAUCUUGUCCCCUUUCACAUGGACAAAUACGAGAUAUUGUUACAUGCUAUUCAUCCUGCGCGGCGCCUUUGAAGUAACUCCCCAGCUGGGAAAGAGAAGGUGAUUUUUCAUGACGGCAUAAACCAACAUGAAAAGAUUCUAUGUGCAGAUCAGUUUGCACGUGCACUAACUCAUGGUCACAUAUACACGUGCAGACCAAGACACACAAAAACGAAAAUAAAUGUUAAGGUGACACCUCUGCAGGAGUGUAUUAUUCAUUUAAUUAUAAAAACAUUACAAUUAACUAAAAGUACAUCCACUGGAGGCAAGAGAACAGAAAAAACUACAAUAGAGGAUAUUUCAUUUCUUUAUCAUUUCCUUGAAGUAAUAAUCACCAUAUUAAUCAUUUCACAGUGCAUUUUUUAAUUUUACGCCAGAAUAUCCCUUUAAUAUCUUAUGUGAGGGGGUCCAAGAGUGCCAACUGUGGAUGAAUAAACUGUGGUGAAAAUGAUCACUUUUUUUAAAUAUGGUUGAGUUUUACAUUACAGAUAUGUUGUAGGACAGGUAUAGGAUUUUUGGUUGGACUUGAGAUUGUUAAAUCAUAACAGGAUGUGUAACUGUUUUUCUAUGAUACAUACUAUUGUUGCUAAUAGUUUGACCUUGGGGAAUAUAUAACUGGGGAAAAAAGUAGUGGGCCCAGAAAUGAUCCCUGAGGGACACCUUUAAUGAAAAAAAGAUGAGGAAGAUGUUUAAGAGGAUUAAAAUAAAAGCUUUGAUUGAGGGCGUGUUUUUACAGUGAGAGGCUCUUGAUUUAUACAAGGAUAUUAAAUGAUGUCUUGGGGUAACAAUGAUGUUUGUAGAAUAGUUGAGUGAGAGCCAAUGAAUGCGUGGGUGUGCAGUGUGUGUGUUGACAUGGUUGGUUUGUUGGCCCCGAGUUAUUUGCCUCUGCCCCCUCUUUACUUAAUGGGCCGUGUGAUCCUUGAGGCCUCUCGUGGGCUCGAUAUUAGCAACAUACGUACAUCAUCAGUGUUUCAACGAGGAGUCGAGCGGAUGACAAAUGAGAAAGGGACGUGAAGGAGAAGACUGCCAGAGGAGGGACAAAAACAGGAAGCAGAGUCAGUGCCAGGUGAGGAGAGAGGACAGGAGGGGUACAGAUGAUGUAGAGGAAAGACAAAGUAACAAGAGGUGAGAGGGAGAAAUGAACAGCCAGCUAAAGGUCUGUUUCCAGAGCUGGUUUUGAUUAGUGACUGUAACCAGGGCUCUGUUCCUCAUUAAGUCAGCGCAGCGUGGAGGUGAAGCUGAAAGAGAAGAAAAAAGAGAGAGGGGAGCUCAGACUGUGCCGAGAAAAUCAGAGACCUGUCCCACUCUUGAUUCAUCCUCUGCACAUUCCCCUUUCAAACUAAGGUUACCAUAAUUCAACAACAGCUUAUGAUCUGAUCUGAUUUGUGUACCCGCUGAGGGAUUCACGCCGUUUACCGAAGUAAAAUAUGUGUGUUAGAAUAAAGCGAUCUUCACCAGGGAGUGAAAGGCCUCAGCUGCUGUGAAAGGUGUUGUUAUCUUCAUCAGUGUGGCAAAACUUCCUCAACCAAGAAGGCUUUAUUUCCACCCUUCACGCUGGAGCAGAUAAUAGUGCAGAAAACUGAAGAGAGCAGAUUCAUAAUAUAUUUUCAUGCCACAGAAAACCUGUGGGGUUGGUAAACAGACUUGAAAAUGUCUUCAUUUAGGUGGAAAACUGUCACUUUUUAGCACAAUAUAUCUAUCCAGUUCGUUAAAAGCCAAAUACCUGCAAAAUAGAGGCUCCUUUAAUCCUCAUCUCUCAGUAAAUCCUGAUGCAUUUAACUCAAGUACUUCUGUGUCCAAGUAGACCUGCAGCCUCACUAUUCUGGCUUCAGAUACAUAGACCCUGGAAGUCUUAUUCGGGAAAGGAUUGUGCAACUUUGGAGCCUGCUAAACUUGUGGGAACGAGGUAAAAGGACACACGCCAUGCCCCAGUUCAUAAGCUGGAUCCUUGAGGGACCUGUGCUCCAAAUUUUCUGCAGACCUCUUUAGCUGAAUCCAAAAAGGAUGGUCUGGUCACACAGGUAUUUUCUGUUUGUGCCACCAGCUGUCUUUAUAGUUGCGUGACGUCUCAGCAUCCCUGUCCCACAGAAACUGCUUGAGGGUGGCUGUAGAAGUAUAAGAAGCCUCUCUCAUGGUUCUUAUUCUUCCUGAUUAUUAGCUGCUGAUAAAGAGAUAUGAUAAGCGACACAUAGGGGAGACCAGGGCUCAUUGUCACUCUUUUUACAUUCAUAUAUUUCUUGUAAUCUGAAUCACCAUGAUGUGUUGGGCUGCUAAGGACAUGCCUGAUGUUCUCUUUCUGAUGCAGUGAUUGUGUGAAGUCAGUCCUCAAAGAAUGCAGCCUCAGCGCUGUUUGCACAUCAGUAAACUGGUGAUUAUACAUUCACUUUGGACAAAAUUAGCCCUUUUAUAUUCAAAUAAGACUCAGUGCAUAAACAACAUCUAAAAUGGCGCAAACAGUCCUGCACAGAGUGAAAACAUUUCCAUCUACUGAGGUCUGAGGCUUGAAUCUGAUUGGUACAAUAUGAUUUGUGACUCAGACCUCAGGACAGAGCAGAAAAGAGCGUCUAAUGUUGGUGCUAUAGAAGCCAUAUUUUAUUUUUUGUUAGUUUGCCCACUAGAUAGCAAAGCAAACAUACAAAAUUGGAUUAUUUAAAUAACAUGAUUCUAUCAUUAUUAUUCAAUCUAAUAUAACAGUGCAUGAAACAUUUCAUGGCCAAAUAACAGCUACAGAUAUGGAGUAAUCGUAUUUUCUUUGCAGUGUCCCGAGAGCAAACGCUUACCAGAGGACAGAUAUUGGUCCACACGCACUAGGAUAAUACACACCAUGGUGUCUGAAAUAAGACGCACAUUUUUUUCUGGAAAAUGGUUUCUGAAGUGAGGUCUGUUUCUGUGGAAAAAUCCACAUCAGAUUUUUCUGAAUGGAGAAAGACCCAGAGUCCAGGUCCAGCGGAUUGUGUUGCAUUAAAGGAUCUUUUGUAGUCGUAAUAAUGCUUGGCUAGUAAGUUUCCUCCAUUAGCUUCAAGAGAGUGUAGUUUGCCCAGUUUGACUCGGAGGAGUUUCCAUCUAAUCAUUGACGCUACAGUGGAAAUAAGUACCUGCCAAACAGAGAGACUCUCUUUUCUGUGGAUGAAGAGCAGCGACCAUCUGUCCAGCAGCACAGAGUGGAUGUAGUCCUGAUGACAAGAGCUCGGUUUAGGGACAGGCUUUUCUGAGAGUGGGACUUUAAUGUUUUUCUUUUUAAGAGGGGCCUCAGACCAUAUUUUCCUUCUGCUCUGGAUAAACGUCUCAAAAAUGUCAAAAAUCUGUGUUUGAAUUCAGGCCCUCUUCAUUUUCAAACACUUUCAAUGAACGCAGAAUGAUGUCAGAUGAUGGGUGGUCCUAACCGCUCGUCCUCUUUUUACCUUUCUCCACAUGUGGCCUGACCACUUGAGCAGCACUGACCAACGUUUUAUGCUUUAAGGGUCAUUAACCUCUAACAUGACACACACUCAUAAACCCCUAUUUCCAGCCCUCCCUCCUGAGCUGACAAACCAAAGAGUCAGAGGUCUGCUCCUAUUAUGCAAAGAUGUGCAAGAAGAACAGUCCAAGCUUGAUUUGUGUCUGAUUUGGCAGGAAAUGAAGUUUACACUCUGAGGACUUUACACAUCCUCUGAAUAAAAAACAGGGAUUAACAGUCUCUCUGCCUCGUGGUGAAAUCAGAUCUGCUGGUCCCACACAUCAGAGGACAACAUGACAGAUGGGAAAAAAAAAGUCACAUUUCUGCCUGUGACUCUCCAAACCCACAGUGGAGCACUUCAUAUGAGGUUUUAAUAUCUGUGGGGUUCUGCUCUGUCUUUGCUGAACAACAGUGACGGGAUAUUUUUCACUGGGAGAGGAAAAAGAGACAGUUGACGGGAGGUUUAAAGCGGCUUAUUCACAACUUUACCUCCUCUCUGCGCUCAUCCAUCUUCUCCACAUGGUUGUCCUGCAACAAAGAUUUCACUCUCCCGCCUUUUUUUUUUUAAAUACACUAGACAGAGAGAUUUUUGUGCAGACAGAAAUAGGAUUAACAGAUUUUCACUCUGUAAAAGCAUUCCUAGACUUUGCAUUUGCUCAUAUUUGUUGUAUUAUUUGCACUAGUUGAGACAAUAUGAGCAAAAAAUAAAGUUAAGGAAUACUUUUCUGAAGUUGUGAUUGAAAGAAGGGGUUGGAUGUGAGAUUGAGGCAUAAAAACAUUCAUUUUUACUUUUUACCACCAAGUCCCACCUUCAGUCAUUUUACAAAGAGAUGUUUUUAUCAUUUACAUAUUUUUCCACCUCUUCUGUGCUACAACUACACAACUAAACAUUUUGAUCAAUUGUCUCAGCUUGGAAUCGCUUAAACUAUUAUUAGCCUUGAAAUGUAAAAUGGUUUAGUAUUGUUCAGAAAGACAGACAUAGCAGAGAUUUUAGACCAGACUCAAAGUUUAAAAAUCAGGUUUUAUGUGUCACACGUCCAAUCCUUUUAGUCAUGGUUCUUUCCAUUUGUUAGUUCUAAUUCCUCAUCCCAGAUUUUUCCAACCACAAACGAACUAAAGAAGAGGAGAAAGACAAGAUCCCAACAUUUCCUUUGUGCAUUUGAGUUUGUGUAGUGGUGGUAGAGACAGCUUGGAAAACCAUUUCAGAAAGGCAAAUAUGAGAAUAAAACUCACAGCACACAUCAACACCACUUCUCAGUUUGUUCUUCGUUUAUUUCAGCUCUUUUUCGCCCACUGAGAUAAAAAAUCUCCUGAGGCAACAGCAUACAUAUAACACAUAAAAAAAACUCAGGAUACCAUACAAAAGUUUGUUCGAACCACAUGGUUUGUCUGUAAAACGUGCUUUGAAUGGUCAAAGAGUCAUAAUACUGAAUGUUUUUUCAUGUCUUAAAGUUGCAGGUAAAGUUUUAGGCAUCUGCAGGUAUCAUAAAUAAGUCGGGUACAGAAGGAUGACCAUUUUUGUGGACAUGGUUCCCACUGUAGUUUAAGAAAUUUAGGGCCACAUGUUUAUCAGGGUCUCAGUUUGAUUUUAGUGGUUGAUGAAACCAAACAUGAUUUCCAUGAAGAGGCAGGGUCCAGGUCAGACUCUGAGAACAUUUUCUGCUCUCUUUCUCACUCAAAUCUAAGAUGACCCUGAUUAUGACAACUCCACCCUGUCAAGACCUCAUCUUGAUUUCAUAAAGAAAAAUAUAUAAUUGGCAAUAAGCUUGUUGUAUUUGGAAGAAUUUCCCCCCCAAAAAAGCAUUGUUAGUCGACCUCAGUAGUCAGUAACUUGUUUUUCUCUGCUCUACUUCGCUCUGGUCGCCAUGUCUCACCAUCUUUUACCCCUGUGGCGCUUCAUAUUAGCAUGUAAUAAUUAAUCCCCAAAGACAAGAGGAUUCCACUUUUUACAGAUACAUUUUGAUGUAAAAAAAAACCAAACAAAACAAAAAAUCAUCUUCUUUUUCACUUGUGGCCAUUACAAAGGUAUACUAACCUCUCCAUCAGGGCAGUUUUGCUUUAAUGUCCAAAAAACUGCCUUUUCCAAACUGCCUCUACCAAAUGAAGAUGCUUCAGUUUAAUAAAAGGUCACAAGUGUGGCAGCCACGUUUCUGUCAGUCUGCCCCAGGGCAGCUGUGACCACUACAGUAGUUUAGCACCACCAGGGUGUGACUGUGUGAGCAAAUGAAUGAUGUAUCCAAUGUAAAGUGAGGGUCUCUGAUAAAGUGCUAUAAAAUCUGAUGCAUUAUUAUUAUUGUUAUUAUUUUGGAGCACCCUGAAAUGUGAAGAAAACCAGUAAGAUUAGACUCUGUUGCACGUUUCCAUGUGCUGUAGAUGGAAGAACUGGUAUGGGUUUUAUCUAGAAAUAAAGCAAAGCAGCUCUCUGGUGACAAAGUAAACUACCGAAAAGUUUCAUACACUUGUACCAACAUCAAUGUUUGCUAUACUUUCAAACAAGACGUGGUUUUAUUCCGGUUUAGACAUUUGAUAAACUGUAAUUCUUGAAGUUUCAUGUCAUUGUGUGUGUGUGUGUGUGUGAAGGGGUUCCCCGUGUUGCUGCCUCUGGACCUUAGCAGGCCUCUGUUAACCCCAGACUCCCCCUGACAAAAGCAUCUUUGUGUCUGAGCUCUGAAAAGGUUUCAGGAGGUGAAUGUGAAAUAAGGUUCUCUCUUUUCUUCUUUCUUCAGCCAUUUCUUUCACUUCCUCGCUUUACAAAUGCAAGGAUGCCAUUAAGAGGGAAUCAAGACCAUUCAGGGGGUGUAUAAUGGUCAAGAAGCUGUGAUAAUCUGCUGUUCAGAUGUCGGCUGUGCUGCUGAAAUGUGAGCUUGUCCGUCUGUCUGUCAGCGGAUUUGUGUGGCAGCUAUUCACCGACUGUUGCUUUCACUUGAAUCCCAUUAAAGAGGAAAGUCAGAAUAAACGUACAGAGACCAAUCAGUGCAAAAACCUCUGCUUUUCAGUCAAACUUUUACAGCCCUAACACAUGAUUACAGUAAAACAAGCAAAAACCACUCCUACCUUUAUUAUGUGACAGCGAUACGGACCUACAGAUCACGAUUUUUCUCUAUUGACACAACCUACACACACAAUCAGGCACAAGAUUUACAUCCUGUAGCAGCUAAUAAGGGUUUUACAGUACACCUAAGCUAGACUAGUGAUGAUAAUGAGGCUGAACUACAAGGAGCCCUGUGGUUAACACACACACAUUAAAACCGUAUGCUUUCCAGACCCCUUUAACAAUCCCAGCAGGUCUUCAUGCGCCAUGUUUACCAGGAACUAAGGGCUGUUUUUUGGCGUCUUUCUCUGGACGAGACAGGAUUUAGUUUAAAGCACAGCUCCUGUAUAGUUAACACCUGAUAAUUAAAUCAAGAACUUAGCACCCAAAUUAAAAAAACACUCUUUUGUUAAUCCUCCUCUUUGAUGUGUUUCUUCUUCUCCAUAAUUUACAGCUCCUCUUCACUCCUUUUUCUCCUCCUUUUCUUCUUCUGCUCGCUCUGAAUCUCUGUUAUCAGGUGAGGCUGGUUAGCAGGUUUGUGUCGCGCUCUGAUUUUGAUAAGACACAUCUUGUUCCCAGGCUGAGACAGGUAACCUUUGAUUGGUCGCCUGCUGUCUCUCUUUCCUGAGCAGACCUCAGGACCCGCAGGGGGCUUCUGGGAAAUGUCUGGGGCUUUGAGGCGCUAUCUUUAACCGUAUAAAACCUGAUAAGAUGAGGGAGAGGGUAGAGGAAGAGCUUUUUUUCCCACAAUUUAACACUUUGGGUAUAAAGAAGAUAAAGGAGAUUGAUGGAGGAGUCUGUAACCCUCAGUGUGGCUGAAUGAGAGGAUACAGAGGAAACAUGGCUGGACGGUUUGAUGACUUUACAGCCGGGAGCAGAGAAGAAACAGAACAGUUCAGGAAGUUUUGAGGAUUCCUCUUUCAGUGCUAUUGUGGCUUUUAAAAUUCGGCUCAACUUAACAGUGUGUGAUUAGUGUGAGUGUGCACAUUUAUACCCCGAACAUUUAAUACAAUUAUACUAAACAUUACAGUUUCCAGAAUGACACAAUAAAGCAUGGUGUAGUAAUAAUAACAGGGUUUAGACUGCGAAUGAAACAGCCUGAAAUGAACAUUUAUGCCUCUUUAUGACCUACAGAUGUAAACCAGACACUAACCAUAAACAUGGAACAUUCCCAGUUGAGUUAAAUACUUAAUUCUGAUUGGCUAAUACCCCACAGUAACAGUGUGUUAUUUACUGACAACACAUUGUUGCCAGGGACAACCUGAUCCCACAUGUCAUAUCAAAAACUGUGGUGCGAUUCCUCUCUGCCUGUUGACACUGUGGUAAAAAUAUGAGUUUCUGUUUGCAGUGAAACCUGGUGAACAACUUUGAUAAUGCAUUUUAUUGGAAAGCACAAAACUUAAAGGGAUAUUCUGGCGUAAAAUUGAGUUAGAGUCAAACACAUCGUAACACCAAGUUAGACACCCCAUCAAGAGAUGAAUGUUGCCGACUGCUUGCUUCUCUCAUUAUACCAACUCAUUUCCUCAUGGAAAUACAAUCAGACCGAGACGCUAAGGCAGAAGAACGACCGCGUCUGCAGUGCAAAAUGAUUAUUAUGAUGAUUAUUAUUUCAAGAAAAUGAUAAAGUAUUGAUCAAAAAUGUUCUUCCUUGAGCUGCGUCACCCCGAUGUAGUCUGUUGCCUGCAUCUUUUGUGAUAUAGGAUGGCUUUUUCUGCAACCCACAACCGGCUGUGUAGCGUAUUAUUUUAAUUUUUACUCAACACAUCGCUCUAAUGAUAAUCCCUGACAGCAAAUAGUGAUUUCCAGCUAACCAACUCAACCUGCAGAUUUCCAUUUCUUGUUAAUGCUGCAAAGUCUUUUCUCUAUACCAAAUAAUCUAUAUUUCUAUUCACUGAUCAUUGAUAGUAAAUUAUGACAGAUUUUAGCAAGAUUUAGCACUUUUGAUGGUACAUUUAAAUACUUAAACCACUUUUGUAUCAAGUCAAUUCACCGCAAAAAAGACAUCAAGUUUGCACAGCUUUGAUUUAAAGGUUAAAACACAUUCAGGUCUUAAAAGUUGAGAAAGUGAACACACUGAAUCUUGACUUUUAAAAGUGUAAAAAUGACUUAUUUUAAGUGUUAUAUCUGGAGCAGAACAUUUUCAGUCGUCUGUUUCUUGUCUUUUUGUGAAGCUAAGCUAACUGCUGCAGCCUUCAGAUGCUCCCAGUCGUCUUAUCUAACUCUUGGCAACAAGGAUGUUUUUAAAAUGCAGAGUUAUGACUUAAAGGAUUCUUAGUGAAGCUUUAAAAGAGCAGUUUUCCUUCAUCCUCCUGAUCUCUGUUAAAGAGCUGCAGCUAACAGUUCAUUGAAAACGCUAUAAUCUAUAGUGGCAUAUCCACGUCUCUCUUAUCUCACUCCAAAAUAAACUAAACUGAUUUCAUACCGGGUCCUGACAGCUCUGGAGGAGAUUAGUGAGCUUCUUCUGGUUCCAUACUUUGGUUGAGGCUCUCCUCUGUAGUUUCUAUUGUUGUGCUAAAAUAUGAGGUUUCCCCUUUUACAUAUUUAAUUUCUGAAGGUCUGAACUCUUCCUGCUUUAGCUGGUCUGCCACGGAGCUCUCCUAUGAAGUGAAAUCUAUACUCCCCGUGGGUGAAUCGCUCAUAUUUGCUCAGCUGGCCGUAGACGCACGGAAAGACUUUAAAAAGUAUUUGGACAACGAAACAAUGUUAAUUUGAAACCUAUUAACAUUCUGCUUUGGUUCGGGUUGAGGGAGAUAUUUUCAACGCUUAACGAGCGCAGAGAGGAACAUUUGUUUUCUGUUGAGGCGACUGGCUUUACAUUUUCAUGCGUGAAAUCACAAUCACCAUGCAGGACCCCACCGCAGAUUCAGGAGGAAAUGUGGAGAGAGAAGACGGCGGUGGAGAUUCAGUUCAGUCUCUUGUGUUUGAAUAUCAGCCGGCUGAGUGUGGCCAAGUGUUCGAGCAGAGCUGUUUUUCUGUUAUUGUGCCACAUGCAAUUAUUUUUCCCUUUAAUUGAAUCUGUCUGGGGCUUAAUGGACUGAUCGUGAUGGAUUACACUUGUUUCCUGCCCCCCCCCUCUUCCCUAUAGAAACACACACACUCUUGUAAAGGCUUCACUCAAGCAGUUAUGACUUGUAAACUCAGCCUGAGGCCUUUUUAUGCAGACAUAAUCCCCCGUGUCCUCCAGGACCAACACUGUCAGACGCUAUCUUUCACACACGUGCAGCAGUCUGGGCUUUGGGGAUCACACUCAGGCCUCAAGACCACAGCUCCGAGCUGCAGCUCAAUCCUGUCCUCUAUGAUUUAUGAGGAGAGUCCAGAAAGAAACAGAGGAGCGUCUGCACAGUGCAAGUCAAUAUCAAACACUCAAAUCAUUGUGAUUCAAAUGAGAUGCAUCUGCUUCAUUUGUAGGGAGGUCUGAAACCUAAUCCAAUCUGUUAAACUGGAGUGAAAGUGGGCAUAUCUAUUGAUCAGUGAUCAGCAUUUGAGCCGAUCAUCUCCCUUCAGCCUGCCUUCGCUAGCUUGCAAGCAGUCUGCUACUUCUUCUUCACCUAUUCUUCGUUGUAUGAGGUGUAACAAACAGUGAGUACGUUUACAUGCACAGCUAAAUCGGAGUAAGCUGGUAAUUCGGUUUUCUCUCGGACUUCUCUCCUUGUCCGCAUAUACAUGCAGCUGAGAAAAUUGAAUUAUUGGCGUGAACGUGUGAAGUGUGGUGCACUUGCAUAUGUAUUGUCCGAUCAUACCUCCGACUGCGCUAGUUACAUGGUAGAGAAAAUCGAAAUUCCAAUCGCAUUAUCUGGGUGUCUUAAUCAGAGUUCUCAAACUCCGAUUAUAGUCAGACUAAGGUGUUUACCUGCACUUUAGUUGUAAGGUCUUAAUCGGAGUAAGGCGAUAAAUCGGUUUUCUCAGGUGUCAUGUAAGCGUACUGAGUGUUGUAUGAACUCACAGUAGCCACGUUUACAUGUGCAAAAUUUCUUGAUCCGAUUGAAAAUUUGAGGGAUCCGAUAAUCUGAAUCCACUGUUUAUAUGGGUGCAAAAUCUAAUAAAUCCGAUCAUGACGUUCGUUUACAUGCACCAAGCUUCAUUCAGAUUAGAAGCAUUUGGACAUGCGCAGAGUUGUCUGAUUUCACUAAAACAACCACAGAGGAAGAGUUGUAUUUACGCCUGUACUGUCAACAAACCAACAAACACGGUCAUGGCUCACUUCAUCCAACUCAGGAGUUUUCCCCCCUGUGAAAUGUUGUCACUAGAUGGCGCCCUUGCGUACUUAUUUUACUGUUCAGUCAAAGGUUGUACUAAUGCGUGUAGAUGUGACAUCAUCACGCUGUAUGUACGCCUUGUUCUGUUACCCGAGGAGCAGACACGAUACCUGAGGUUGUGUUUUAUGUCACAGUGUUAAUAAUCAACCUCCUGUACUGACCUCAAUACAUAAACCAAAGGCUAAAGAGUGAAGAGCAAGUCAGGUAAGAGAGUCACGAUUGGAAUAAGUGUUUACGUGGACGUGAUUCGGAAUAACGAUCGGCAUAAACCACCCCUGAGCCGAAUUGGAUCAGAAUCUUCAGAUCGACAUGAUUCAUUUUUAUUCCGAUCGGGUAUUUAUUCCUUUUAUUUGUGCCAGUGUAAACGCAGCUAGAGUUCAGCCUGAGUUACAUGUUUCAUUUUCAUAGAAAGACAGUUAUCGUUCAUACUAGUACAUUGUGACAGCCCUAAAAUAUAUAUAUUUGUUUCUGCCCUGUGAUUGUUUUGUGAGAGAUUACUCUUGGAGAAGACUUCAGUAUUGCAAAUUUAACUGACAGGCUGUACUUAACAGAAAAAAUUGGUUGAGAAAUAAAAAGUUUGGAGUCAGAAUUAAAAACAAAUGUGCUCUGGUAAAACAAUAUGAUGUGCUUCUUUAUUAACAACAGAAAGUUAGGAUUCAGUCCUGCAUCUGCGGCACAAAAGAGGAUUUAAGUCUUUUUGAUUAACUAUGAAGCCAUAAUAUCACUUUAAUCCACAAACUCAUUUUGCAUGCGUCCUUUUGAGUUAGUCACAGAUAUGUUUCUGUAUUAUUGUUAAGCCUUUAUGUAUAGAAUCAUAUUAUUUCUUCUGUAUGUGCAGUGAGUAUGGGAAGAGUCUGGACGUGCUGCUCGUCUCUGCUGUGAGAGAUGUUCGCUGCAGGUUUAUCUGUCUGGCUUUUGUUUAGACUGUGGUCAGGCUCGCUUUUUUGGACUCCUCGGGGAAACAUCUCAAACACAGACUCAAUUUGUGAAGCAAUUCAGCUCUCUCUAUUCACACAAAAGAGGACUGUUUGUGUCUCUUCAUGUUUGGUCCUUGUCAAGCGUGGGCGACGAUCCACAUCAGGCGUGCAGCUUUGAGAACAGGAGUGAAAACAUUUGCUCAGGGCGAGAACAAACCAGGAGCAGAGAAGAAAUUAAAAAAGGUGUUUUGAAGAAGGACUCAUGCAUUUCUCCUUCUGAUGAAAACUUAUCAGACCAUAAUCUGGUUUCAUUAAGUACAUGACGUCAGUAAUUUACUAUAAUUUUGCCUAAGAAUGCUUUAAAACCAUAAUGGACCAUUAUUUUAAUUCGCUUAACGGAAAACACUCGAACACAACCAUGAACAAAGCUGACCACUGUUCAUGAAGGUGACGCAAAACAGGGAGCGAAGUCACGUGUUUUUAUCCGCUCUUCAGCAGAUGUUUGUGUUAGGAUGUAGAUAUCCAAACUGUGUAUUUGUUCAACACAAAUAAAAGCCAAAAACUUUCAAAAGUUCAAUUUAUUAUAAUCAUUGCUCCGUGUUUUUUUUACCCCACGUGAUGCAUGUACCAAUUAGCGCACGUGUUUUCACAAGAGGAGCCAUGACCUCUGCAUCAGUUAGCACAGCGCUGACAUGACUGCAGAAGGAGCAGAACUGCACACACUCCUAACUUUAGUAGAAGGAAAGAAAGCCGAGUAGGAAAGUCUAGAAAAGUAAAACUACUAGACCAACUGUUAUGAAUAACUCUAGAGCAGGUAAAGGAUUAUAAACCUGAGAGUAUUUGGUAUGUAUGUAUAACAAUUUUACAUUUAUCAGUCAUGCUUUGUGACGCCUCCUGCAGAGGUUCACAGGAAAGUUACUCUGCUCAGUUAGGAUUUGAACAUCUACAUCUUUCCCCCCGCUCCAAACCCACAUCGUGUUUUAGACUCUCAGGCUGUGUCAGGAGCUAAAGGUCAGGACUGUACGGAUAUAUCAUAGUGCGGCCUCCAUCAAAUCAAGCGACCGUGAAAUCUGGACAAGGUGCGGUGUCAUGCAACGCUGCUCAGCUAAUCGACAAAUUUCUCUCUCCGAGUGUGGUAUGUGGAGAUUGAAUGAAGUUAGCAAGACUCUGCUGGGGUCAAAGGAAGUAUUCUCAGGACUGUGAUGAAGAAAUCUGUCCUGUCAAGAUUGAUACUCUCUCUAUAUUCAUACCACAAGCUUGGGUUUUGAUUUGACGACAUAGAUGCAGUUUACUACAGAAGCCUGUUACCCAGAGUGUACAUUAAACUGAAAAACUGUCACUCAGCAGUUCUGCGCUUCCUCAAAAGCAUCAUGCAGGUUUUUUCAUGUUAGCUGUUGGCUUCAUCAUCUAUAGAAACGCUUAUCUAUUCUCAACAUUUUUGAGUCUUUCUAUCUAGAUGUGUUUGAGACAAAUUAAAACCAAAUCAAAUCAAGCUUUAUCAGAAAUAUAAAGGUACAAAUAGUCUUUAUUUUGUUCUCAUACUACAGCUUUAUCAUGGAGAACAACUGAUAAAAGUAGCUUUAUUUAGAUAUGAAGAAGCCCACACUGUUUAGCAUUACCUUCUGCACUAGAGGGCUCCAUUUAAAAAAACAAAAACAGACAAUUGUGUCAUUGCACUGCCAUGCUUCUGUGCUGCACUUUAAUUUUUAACCCGACCUCCACCUCAGCGUCCACCUGCAGGCUCUAACUGGGGUUUUAAGACAUUUCUCAUCAUUCCUCAAUUCCUGCAGGUACAAGUCAAACUGUGAGGAGUGACGAGGUCGAAUCUUUGGUGCUAAACACGACCAUUUUUCUGCUCCUGCUGCACUAAACAAAUACUGUAAAAGCAUAAACAUGGGGAAAUUUUGUUUAAAAUUGGAGAUAUUACUUAAGGGGAUAUUCUGGUGUAAAAUUAAUUAAGGGUCAAACACACCGAAACACCAGGUUACACACUCCCUCCAGAGAUGAAUGUUGCCGACCGCUUGCGUCUCUAGUUAUACCAACUUUAGUAACGACCACACAAAAGCAAUACAGAGCGGUCUGAGGAGCCAUAAACAAACCUCAACCAAAACGCCACUCUAUAGCCACAAAUAAUGCUCAGAACAGCACCUAACUUCAUCGACAGAACAUAUAGGGUCCCAGCCAUAGUACUAGACACCAAACAUCUUUUUAACUUUGACUAAUUUCUGUAGCAAAGAGACUAAACACAACUCACCUACUCUCUUCCAGCAGCCGCUUGUUUGUAGCGAGACCUCAGGCCAGUCCAUUAUGGACUACAGCGGGGUGACGCAGCUCAAGGAAGAACAUUAAUGAAUCCCUUUAACAAAUCUUUACUUAAAUAAUCCAUAUUGUGCAUUCCCAUUUAAUUAAUAUACUUUUAUAGAGUGUGAUUAAAUAAAAGUUCUCUUUUAACGACAUAACCCCUCAUUAAAAGUUGAUGUAUGUAAGAUGCAACAAGUAGUGAGUAAACAGAUAGUUUACCCAAAGUAAGUGACAGGUCUUAGGUCUGGUAUAUUAAUGAUCUGCAGUGAUUGCUUGUGUCUCCCUCCACAUGCCAGGUCAUCCCUGCAGUUUCUCACUGUUGUGGCCAAAACUGAGACGCAGAGAAACUGUCACUGUCUGCCUCAGGUUACAUCUCUGUACCUCUUCAGUCGGCUAAAAGUUUGGGGUUAUUAAAAUAGAUAAUCAGGCAUUUUAUUCCUGUUGGCCUUUGGGAAUGUUUAUUGCUCUUCAGGGCUGAGUCAGGUUGGCGUGUUGUAGAGCAGAUGCGAAGGGUUAACGGCUCUGAUGAGUCACACUCCACCCUCUGACCCUGACCCCGAGCAGAAGAAAAGGACGAACUUUAAAGUCAUCAGGUGUUCGUGCACCUUGAGGAGAUGCCUUUUCUUUCGGGGGGGGCAUACAGAGGGUUAUUAUGAGCAGCUGAGCAGGACAGAGAGUGACGGUUUUAUGAUUAUUGCUUAUAAAGGGCACUUUGUAGGAAUUUACUGGAAUCUGUGUGUAAAUCAGUUAUAAUGAUAAUAUCAACAAUAAGCUGAUUGUGACAAGAAAAUUAUGUUGACUUUAUUAUUGAAGAUUCUUACGACAGAGUAUUAGAGCCACAUUGAGAAGAAAAAAUAAUCAAGACUUUGAAAUUAAAGUCAAUAAUUUAAGAGAAUAAGUCAUUACUUACGAGAAUAAAGUUGUAAUAAACAACUACUACAAGAGGAGCAUAUAUUAAAGUACAUUUUCACAAAAUGCCCUACCGCUCUUAUUUCAACAUUUGCGAUCUUAAACAAGUCAGAAUAUAAGGACUUUAUUCUGACUUUAUUCUCCUAAGUAAUUACUUUGUUACGACUUUAUGCUCGUUAGUAAUGACUGAACUCUUGUAAAUUAAUGACUUUAAUCUCAAAGUCUUAAUUUUUUCUUGCUACCAUGUGAGUCAGGGGACAAACUUGUACUUACAUCGGAAUAAACUUAAACAUUUACUGUCAUUUUAUUACAUAUUUGUUUAACCGCUUGCAUUGAGGAUGUGUUCAGCUUUUGUGUUUUGGUGGUGAUUUGGUUUGUUUAUUGCUCGUUGGGCUGAGUCAGGUUGACGUGCUGUAGAGCAGAUGCAAAGGGUUAACGGCUCUGCUGAGUCACACUCCACCUCCUGACCCUGACCCCGAGAAGGGCAGGUUGAAGAAAAGGGCAAACUAUAAAGUUAUCAGGUGUUCAUGCACCUUGAGGAGAUGCCUUUUUGUUUUGGGGAAAAAAGUAAAGGUUUAUUAUAUGCAACUUUAAUAGUAAACAUCAGAGCACAUUUAAUUGUGUCCAAACCACACUACACACCAUUAGCUAACAGGUGGGCUACUUUUCUGUAACUGAGACACAAAGAGUUAGGUAUGUAGCAUCAAGGUAAAUGGAAUUACAUAGUGAAAGAGUGAGUUGUUGAACCUGAGGAAAAUACAAGUCAUGGAGAGAGCUAUUAAAAAUUAUUUUGACAAAAGAUCUUUGCAGGAGAAGCUGAGAGUUAAAGAGCUUGGACAUGAUCAGUCAGACAUACACUUUAAACAUCAAGUAAGUACACUUUCCAAGGAGCAGAUAUACUAGCUAGUAGCACAAAGUGGUGCUUAUACUUUAUUUGGCUUCCCCCUGCCCCCUUUUCAUUAACACCAGGAUCAGACCUAGCAUGGAUUCAGCCAGGUAUGAGUGAUACAAGGCACUUCUGAGAAAGACCAAAAACACUGAAUCGACAAGAGUCAAUAUGCAAAAUGUUAUCUCAGUUCAGCUUAACAGAAAAUACACCAGCUGUUAGUGCAUUCUGCAUUAAAAGCAGAGGAGGUUUUUAUUUCAACAUUGUUUGCAGGUGGAUUCAGGGUGAUGUGAUUUGUCACAGCGUCAGCACUGCUAAUUCUGGGAAAUCCUUAAAGUUUUCUGGAAGAAAAGCAGAGCUGCUUUAAUCAGGGACUGACAUUUCUGCUCCAAAGAUUUAGAGGUUAGGAGUUUAGCACCACAGAUUCCUUUAAAUGGUUCCUUUUGCUUUUCUUUUAAACUGAAACAACUUCUGCUUUCACAUUACAUCACCCACCCCCAGUGAAUUAGAUCCAAAUUCCGGGGGAUAAACUGGAAGCAUUGGGGUCAUUAAAUUCAUGUUUGUCCAGUAACGCGAUCUUAUUUCUUCAUAUUUAUACAACUGUUUGCAUGGAGUGUGUGUUUAUCUGAUGAUUUGCUGCUGAAUCCUCUCAAGUGUAAACACACAUUUCAUGUAUGAAUUAUAGCCGUGCUGAGUGUCUAUGUUUAGACUAAUGACUCUCACUGAAAAGACACUCUUGGGAUCUCACACCCCAUAUUCACCACUUUGGCUAAAACCUCAAUAUCGCCUCUUUCUCACUCAGUGUAAUAUGAAUUUCCUCUGACCUCGCCGUCAACCUUAUACCAAUCACUUGUAUUGACCCUUUAUUCAAUUUUCUAUUUGAUAUUUCCUGUCACAUGUCCCCUCUUUUCAUUUGCGUUUAUUAAAGUACCCAAUAUUGAAAUCAUCUGCUUUAGUCAUUGACCCUCUCUGUGAACUCCUCCUGGUCCACGCCAGGUUGACCUGUGAUGUCAGGGUCACACUUCCACACGUCUUACAAACACUGAGGUAUCAGAGAGGGUUAAAGAGCGGCCAUAACCCCGCUGAGGGAGGCCUUCUGUGUGGUCAAACAGGGUCAGAGGUCACAGGGGAGCAGCAGCGUAGAGGCAGCGAAUCAAAACAUGUCACUCUGACAGUCAGUUUUCAUCUUCAUCGAGCCUUAAACGUCUUCUUAUACCCGAAACCCACCCCUCCUGUUUGAGCCGGAUGGUCAUGUGACUUUAGGCUUGUGUUUAUUAAAGAGAAAAGACACUAAUGGAUAAUGCAUAUUAUUUCUUCCCUGAAUCAAGCUGCAUUAAACCCCCCAAAACUUUCCAAAUUUUCAGAGUGUUUGAAUCCAUACGUGAAGCAAACGGCCCAAAAUUUUACCCUCACAUCUCCCUCCAUCAAGACAUUAAAAACACGUUUGGAUUUUUAUUAGGAAUUGAUGAAGCUGACAUCUUUGAAAAGCCCAAAAUAUGUCUGUAUGCAAAAAGAUACGAUAUAAUAUAUAGAAAACUCACAAUAUAAUGUUCUUUGGAAUAAUGAUGGAGUUUAUUUAGCUCUUCAGCUCACAUAGCCCUUUAAUUAUGGCCAGAAAAUUCAUAUUUCUUUGGAGCUGAAAUGUUUAUUUCACUUAGUACUGAAAAAUAAAAAUGUCCUUAAAAUUUAACAAAUAUAUAAACAUUCAUCUUGUUUAAUACAUUAGAUGUUUUUGAAAGCUAGAGGACAUUUUUUUUAUCAUUUAUCGAACUGUACUUAGGUGGGGUUUUUUUUUUCGUGAUUUGGGUAACACUUUACAAAACCAUGAUUAUUAUUAAUUGACUAUUUAUUAAAGGUUUAUAUAGGGUUUAAAUAUUGGUUGUAAAACAUCUAGAUUAAAAUGUGUGUCAGUAGCUUUUUGUAAAUGGUUAAUAUUCAGUUUUUAAACCAUCUAUAAACAUUACUUAGAUGGUUAUUGUGAAGUUAGGGUUAGGUUUUCAAAAUUAUAAAAUUUACAAUUUAUUAGCAGUCUAUAUGCUAUUUAUAAAUGAUGAUUAAACAUUAAUAAACUAUCUGCUUACCAUUUAUAAAUGAUCUAUUUACCAUUUAUAAGUUAUGGUUAUUGUAAAGUGUUGUUGAUCAUAUUGAUUUGAUAGAAGUAUCAUAAGUGUAUGUAUCAAACAUGAUACAAAAGGCAUUAAAGGGUUAACUAUGAACAGAAUAAUUAGAGAGCUUUCUUCCUGUCUGUCCUCUCAUGUGUCUGAUGUGAUUUAUGUAUGUGACAGGUGUGUUCGCACAUGCACGUACACUCACAUGCACACACACUCAGGGGGAUGUGGAUCUUAUUAGCAUAAAGUCAAAGUCAUAAUCUUUCCCCAAAAAAUAUUUCUUUCUCCCCCACUGGGGCGAGAGUUUUUGGCUGCCAGAAGAAACAAUUUCUGAAUUUUUGCCAUCAAAUCUGCCUUUUCUCAUAACAGAUAAUUACUUUCGUUAUGAAGUAGUUUCAAUUCAUGUUGUGGGAAUUCAAAUGUUGGCCAAUUCUGAGAGGAUUUGGCUGAACUGCAGCCUAUUUUUUUUAAUCGAUUUUAUGAAAAUGUUAACAAACCUGUUUCAUACACUCACAAACUAAACAAAAAUAAUAAGUUUGUUUCUUUGAAACUCUAAGAAUAUAAUCUGCUGCCAUGUUGUGCAUUCGUUCCCACGUAUGCAUAAACCUUUUGCAUGAAAAUUUGCACGAUCAGCUGCAGAGAUCUUCCCACCAUGCUGUCCUUGCAUGAGGCCUCCUCUCAUUGAGUGGAAUUGUGCAACCAGCUGCUGUUAGCAAACCUCUGCAUGGAAACAUUUAACCAGGCUGAAGAUGGCCCUCACCCUGACCACCACACACAGCCAUGUGUGAAGGAUUGAAGGAUGAUUGCUGCUCUUUUGAUAUUCAGUGUGAGGGCAGCUUGACUAAUGACAUGGUGUUUAUAAUGUGGCGUAUAAUAAGACAUAAUCCCCUUCUCUUAACCUGAUCUUGAACUUAAUCAUCCAAUGUGUGAGGUGUUUUUUACUUCUUGGAGCACAAAAUAACACUCAGAAAUAUUUCAUUUCUCUCUGAAUCUGUGAUGGUUGAGACGGAGCUGCGUUGUCUCACGUUAGACGUGGUUUCAAGUUGCCAAAAAUAUCGAAACACAAACUUAUCUCCAUCUGUUUGAGCCUCAGAGGAGCUUUUAUUCACUGCUGGAUUGUUGACCUAACAGAGGUAGAUGAUACUUUAAUGGUGAACUAUAGAAUAAUAGUUGAUGGGAUAUGUACCAGCUGGCCUUGUACUGUGAUUUGUGUAUUUCCAUUACAUCCCUGCUGGUUUAGUUUAACUCAUGACUGUUUUUGCUGGAAUAAUUAAGCGUUUUAUGUAUUUUUUGUCUCAUUUUUCAAGACAUCCAUCAGUUUGUUUUUUGUUUUUUUUUAUUUUGGAUGAGUACACCUGAAACUCUUCCUUGUACUUGUGUCAUCAUGGUGUCCUUUAGCAUUUUUUUAGCCUAAGAGUUAAGAGUUAAGAGUUAAAAAAUCUUCUGACCACUCGAAGCGCUCUUACAUGACUUGUCACACUCACACACUGAUGUAAAGCAUCCAUCAGGUUUUGAUUAAUCCUGUUCAGAUAUUUCUGGGUGCAGCCAGAAGGGGCAGUUGGGGUCAAGUGUCCUGCCCAAGGACACCUUGGCAUGUGGAGUGUGAGACCUGGGAUAUAACCCUGGCCUUCCAGCCGACUCCGCCCCUCGCUGUGCGGUAUUUGGUGUCUACGCUGAAAAUUUGGAGUGAUAGCAACUUGGUAUUUACAUGAAAUUCAAAUAUUAAAAAAAGUAAAACAGUGUUUUUGUGUCCAACCUCAGUGUCUCUAACAAAGACAGCAUAAACAAGGUUAAACACAAGCUCACAUUCACUCAGACAUUAAAACAAACUGCUUCUCGCUCAUAAAACUCUCUUUUUUUAGAUAAAUAUUACAAGUCUUUGAGAUAGUACAGCUGUAAAAGUACUUUGUUUACAGAGAGAUGCACUCCCAACCUGUUUGAUAUUAUAUUCAAGACAUUUGUAGGUAGUUUCUCUGUAACCUGAACCUGACUGAUUCCCCUAAAUUGCCCAUAUUUUGUGGUGAUAUGUAUGUAAGGAAUAUGACCAUCGUUUACAGCUCCUCGAUGGACAAUAGAGUAUCAGGAUUUUCCUCUCGAUGCCAAACAGACCCUCAAAAUGACAAAGGGUCACCUAAACUAGCAUGUGAGCUCAGUACAUCGCUCUCCAUGCUGACUCUGUAUCAUGAUCUACAACAGUUACGUCUGAUGCUCUUUAUGCUCUCUGCGGUGUACUCAGGAUUGUUGACUCCGACGUCUCUUCUCUCUUUUUCCUUUUAAACGUCUUAAAAGUCAAACUUCAGUCUCUGAGGACCUCAUCAGAAAAUCUUUACAGCCAGACCAGAUCACCGUGAAAGAUAUUUUUUUCUUCUCCUGAGUCUAAACAAGGAAGAAAUGAAGAGCAGAUUUUUACGUCUACAGUUUGGAUGACAUUAAAAGAACGCUGAGUUUGGUUUUUCGCUAUACAAUGAAAUACUGCACCGUCUUAGAUAUUAUCACAAGGGAGAUGAUUCUACACAGCUAUAUGUUUUUAUAAAAGAGUACUGCGGGUUUCCUUCGAUCUUUUAUUCAUGUUCUUGAACCAGUUUGGAUCUACUUCCUUCUGCUGGGUCUGCAUAGCUGAAGGAGACAUGUGUGCCAUCAGCCGGGCUGUAUGGGAGGCUACCAUCAGUCUGCAGGGAACACUGAGGGCCGGGUUUGUGCUGUAACCUUCUUGGUUACAGGGCGAAUACUCCGUCUUUAAAGAGUCUUCACUGCGACCACAGAAUAACUUCUCAUGGGACAGAGAUGUCGUUUCAUACAGAAAUAAAAAUUAAGGAGAAAAACAUGAGAGCCUCUCAGUACCAAGGCCAAACUCUGAAUUGCAAACAGUUCUUCCCUCUGUUCACUAUCAAUGAAUCUGAAUCUGUGUGUAAAUGUCUGUGUGUGUUUAUGUGUCUUUAUGCCAGCACUCCAGCUCAUUUCUAAGAGUUUGGUUUGCAUUUCUUAGAGAAAUAGUUUACAGGUUUUGCAGAGGGUUAAAAGUGAGUGGUACUUAUUUAGGAUGGUCAGUCUUUAGCAGAGAGAAAAAUCCACCUUUGAGAAGAUAUAUGAGCAAAAUGUUCCCCAUUUUUUGACUAUUUUCACGGCUACACCUUUCCCUCUGAUAUCCCUUUUCCUUGGUGCUAUAAUUCUCACAACUGCACAAGUUUCUACACAUGUUGUGUAUUGGGUCACACCCAGGAGCCCUGCCAUGGGUUUCAGGCUCCAUAAAAAUACAUAAAAUGGGCCCCAUGACGGCUGCACAUGUUUUUAUAUCUUUAGGACCCCUGGUUGUACCACAGACUAGUUUGGCUUGAGAAGUUUCAUAAAGGCUCAAACUGAAACCAAACUUUCUUGGAAGAUUUUCCUCUGUGUUUGAACUAAGAGUAUCUUGUUCAUCCUGUAGGUCUCACUGUGUUUUUGAGUGAUAAUGGCGUCUGCCAGUUGAUCUGAGCUGUGGUAUAAACAACAUCAGUGCUCGAUGAACAACACUGAGACCGCUCUGUGAUUACAGCGAUCGUUUUUUAAAAGGGAAAUAUGAAGCUUGACACUUUUGUCUGAAGAUAGCACAAAAUUACAAAGAACUAAAUCAAACAACUAAAAAACUCAUGAGUUUAUUUCCUUCUGUCGACCCAUUUCUGUCUGCAAAAGUUAUUUCUUCGACUCUUUUAGGGCCACUGAAGUUAUAUCACAACAAAUCUGCUUCCCUGACUGAUAAGUUUGUUAUGAAUUGUUCUGAAAGCUGGUUUUGAGUGGAAAGUGGGCACCACGAGUGGAAAAAUGCUGCCAGUGAGCUCAGGCCCUUACUCAGAGAUUUAACUCCUUGUUGGCACCAGGAUGUUUUUUUGUCUAGAAAACUUUUUAUUAUUAUUUUAUAAGAUCAAACAGCUGUUGAUGAUGAGCUGUGCUGUGUAUAUGAACUAUUUAGUAAUAUGAACAAUAGGGCUGGGACGAUACGCUUUUCUCCUGAUUUGAUUCUUCUUCGUUUUUUUGGAUGCCGAUUCGAUUUAAAUUGCGAUUCUAAGAUAUUGUUGAUUUUCUUGAUCUUUAAUCUGCAUUUUUAACACCAGUGUAACAGUUGAAUGAUUAUGAUUGUCCACUGCUUGUUUCAGGAACCACAUUUCUCCAAAAAAUACACAUCACAUGUAAGUCAGUUUUUCAAGAUUUAGUCUUAAAUUUGAAAAAAAAAAAAAAAAUCGAUUUUUGAACAUAAAAAUCAAUUUAGAAGUUGUAAAACAAAAAAUCGUGAUGCUUAUGUGAAUCAAUUUUUUUCUCCAACCCCUGAUGAACAAUAUUGUCAAAAAACAGAGGGUUAAUGGAAGCAUUCAUAUUACACAGCAGGACAUUGUGUAGCAUAGCCUGAUACGAUACGAUAUGAUACAAUACUUGGACUCAAGAGCUGUACAUGCUCAACAUAAAACAAAUAAAUAAAACGAUGUUAAAAACCAGCAAUAACUCACAUGUAGUUUCCUUUCGCUUCUGUUGGCUUCCUGUAACAGAGGCUGUGCUGUCAUCCACUGAAGGUACAAAACAAACUCGCUAUCAGCACCACAUUUAACGCCAAAGCUAAAGAACCUGAACUUUGUUUCCAUUAGAUAGUGUCUGAGGGAGGAAAGUUCAAUUCUGCAAUAGCUCAAUCUAAUGACCUGGAAUAAAAAAAACCUCCGACUGCUCUGACAGGACUUCAUUUAUCAUCCUCUAACUGGCUGAGAAAUACUUCCUUCACUCAUCUGAACAGCUCACCUGAUGGCGUCUGUCAGAAGCAAAACUAGUUUCUGUCCAUCAGCUGUUUAGAGGACAAAAGAGGACAGACCAAAAACAGACGGACUGAACAGUUUUACAUUUAUGAAGGAGAGAUGAUGAAAUGUGGAAACCAUGAUUUCAAUCAUGUUAACCUGCUGCCGUCUAAAGUAAGAGGACAGAGAGUGAUCAGCUGAAACUGUUACUGCGAGCAGCUGAUCACCUCGCUGGUAUAACCUGAACACACAUACAGCAGAAUAAAGUCACAUUUCCUCUGUGAAGAUUAAAUCAGUAAAAUCUGACACAAACGAAACACGACGGUUCGACAUCUGAUUUGUAAGACAAGCGAGGAAUAAUUAUGCAUUAAGUAUGCAUCAGUGAAGUUUGCCAAAGAUUAAUACAACAAGUUUGACACGCAGACACAUGACCGGUUUGUGAGAAUCUGGUUUGAUGGAUCCAAAACAGACAUUGAGGUCAGCUCAUUUGCAUCCUGUGUGAACGGGGAUCCAGACGUCUCACGCCUCUGAGCCAAGUCAAACUCUGCAGGACCAAAUCAAGCACAGACCCCAUCUCUGUGUGUGCUGCAGUUCACCUUCACCGCACUGUUGUGUUUAAACUUACAGCCCAACUUAAGAGAUACAAGUAUUUCUCAGGAUUUUAGUUAAGAAAAAAACUGAGCCUUUAGCUGAGUGAAAAAUAUCACCUUUGUUUAUCAGGUGAGCUGAAAUACAACUUUAAAUGAAUGUUUUUUAUGCUGCAUGUCUGCUGCACUGCCCUAACUUGGACAAAUAAAUCAUUACUGCAUUAUAGUCUGGGAGAUUCAGGGCCCCCCUAUUCUUGUUAGAAUUAUGUAUGUUUUUAGAAGUCUAAUUUUGCUUCAAAAUUCAAGAAAAUUUUCAAAAGCAUGAGUCCUGCGCCACAAUAUUGACUCUGAUGUAAAUGCAGGGACGGUAGUCGUGCUUUCUCUCAAAACUUUUAUCAAUCUCUUCGAUGGUGUGCACAAAAACUUGCAUGUAUCAUGAAUAUAUCAUCAUAUUUCUAUAUCUUAAAAGACUAUUUAAAACAUACAGUUAUUAUGUUUGUCACAUGGACACUGCAGGCUUUAAAAUAAUGAGUCAACAUAUUUAUUAAAACUCCACCUCUUUAUGACUAUUUUAUGAGCCCCAUAGUCUUAAUGGAGACCUAACAGCCCAGCGGAAGAGUGAUCUAUGAUCCAUAGAGCUGUUUUGAUUUACACAGUCAGUACUUCACAAACACUAUAAUUCUUCCUUCAGACUGUGGGGGCUCUGACCCUGUGAAAUACACGUCAGCACCUGGAGUAACGAUGUGUUCAUCGUCAGACACUAAACAGGCCGACAUCUCACAUCCUCUAUAUCUUUCUUAAUAGUUCAUCUUAGUUUCACAAGCAGAGAGUUUUCUUUUUUCUUACAGGAAAAAAGAUGAAAAGAGAAAAUAUUAGAAAAGACAGAAUAUUUCAAUGAAAAGCGAGACAUUUUUGUUAAAAUAAGUUAUAAACAAUGAAAUAUAUACAGUAUUUUUGCUGGUGUUAUUUUUCCAAUCCACUUUAUUUAUAUAUCACAUUUUAAAAAACAUUCAAGUUUACCAAAGUGCUGCACACCAAAAUUAAAAGAACAGACAUCAACAUGAAAUGAAUAAAAGCAGGUAAAAAAAAACAUUUAAAAUAAAAUAAAAUAAAAACAUAAAAGAAAUAAAAGUGAUAAAAGGACCAUAAAGAAUAUAAAAGGACAGAGAUCACACAACUCUCAUGCUGAGCUAAAAGCCAAGGAAUAAAAAUGAGUUUUAAGACGUGAUUUAAGAGUAGAAAGCGUGGGGGAUGUUUUAAUCUCAAGUGGCAAUUUGUUCCACAAUUCGGGAGCCACAGCCGAGAAAGCUCGGACGUACUUUUGGUUAUUUUUUAGAUAAUCUUGGUCCUAAAUCUCAAAUCGGGCUUUGAGAACUUAAAGUCUAGAAACCUCAGAUUAUUCUCAGAAAGUAAAUAUCCGAGGAUCUUUUUUAUUCUGUGACAGGAUAGUUGGAUUUAGGUUUUUAAUUUCUUUAACGUUUUAUCCCCACACACUUUAGGACAUGUUUCUUUGCCAUCUUAAAAUCAAACAGAGAACAAACUAAUAAGGGAAUUAAAGGCUGCAGCAUCAUUUUCCUCUGACUGCAACGCCACAAUGCACUGACACGUCUCCACCACUUGGGGGCUCCCUGCUUUAGUUAAUGUAAUUAGAUUCUGUCACAGCAGGGUGCCCGGUGUUAAAGACUUCAGUGAGGUCCCAGAUUUAUAUCUUCAUUUUUAAAGUAAUCUGCAGAAAUUAGCUCGGUCUUCCAGGUGUCUGUCGCCGCCUCCCCUUGAACAGAUGAAACAGACUGAAGGAAGUGAUCAUGGAGAGGUUUCAAGAGUGGGGCAGUGAAGCGGGGUCAUAAAGCUGCUGGUGUAAUUAAGAUUAGAGCAGUUUUCACCAGACGCCCACUCCAGACAGAGGGAGGGUGGAUAAGGAGGGAGGCAGAGAAAGGCAUGGCUAAUCUCUCCGUAGUCUCAUGCCCACGGGCUGAAUGAAGUAAGGAGGAAACAGUGAGAUGAGGAGGCGUAGAGGUGAUGAUUAGAGCGAGAGAGAGGACAUGUGAUCAGCCAAGUGUGUGAGAGGGUGAGGGGUCAGAGGUCAUGCUAAGAGGGGGAGUGAGUGUUGAAUGUAGAUUUGGACACGGCUUUAUAUUUUCUUCACAGACUGAAUGAAAGCCUUCAACUGUAUUUAUCCAGAAAGAUUAGAUCUACAGUCUGAUAGAUCACAAUCAGUCUCACCCACACCGAGAGCUCCACCCUCUGGGAUUUACUGACGAACGCCGUAAAGCUCAUAACGCGCUGUAAAUGUCAGCAAUGAUCCUCCAAUAAUACACAGUUAGUUAUUAGCAAUAAAGAGGUUUUGAUAAGAGUGUUUUGGUGUCAUUAAGGAGUCAAGUAAACAUAAAUACACAGCCUGAGGUGGGUAUGUUGGCGGGGUUCAGUUUUCAUGAACAGCGUACAUUCCUGCAGCUCAUGUAUGUUCAGAUCGAGCUCUUUAAACACACGUGAUUUAAUCAAGAUGACCUCUGGGUUGUUUUUCCUUUAAGUAAUUAAACACACUGGUGGUGGUCAACACUCAGGUUUGUCAUUUUUUACUGUAGACUGUGUUAUAUUGGUCAUGUGUGGGCAGUCAUCAGCAGAUCAGGAGAUUAAACAAGUUGUCUACUUAACACAUGAUCUCCAGUUCAUGUCUAUGAGCCAGAGGAUAAAUGUUUCCUGAUGAUUUGGCGAAUGUCCUGCACCGCACGCCGGCCCCGACUAUAUGUGUUUAUACAUGAAUAAGCAAGAGGCACAUUUUAAUUAAGUUUGACUCGAAUAAUCAUCUACAGGCUGAAAACUGGGCCUAAUUAUCAUCAGACAACAUCCUCUUGAUAAAUGGAAAAGUGAAAGAAGGAAAAAAGGUUGAGGGGUUGAAGGAGUUUCAAAUUAUUUUCUUUGAAAUAACCUGAAAAAUGGCCUCUUAAAAACCUUUUUAGUAUUUGUUUUUACAUUUAAACCAAUUUAUAACCACAAUAAUGGUGUUUUUAGCUUCUAUAGACGCUUUGCUUGCGUUCAAAAGUCACGUUUCCACCAAAAGGACCUGAGACUUUUAGGCACCGUGGGAUCCAAGAGAUUGAAAGGAAAGAUCUCUAUUUUAUUUCGACUUCCUGUCCUUUUAGCCUUUGUUUUACUUAAAAUCUCUUAUUUUACCUUUUAGGCCCUUUAUUGAUUUUGUUGUUUUUUUUUCCUGCUCAUUUUUGUUAUUCCAUUUUAUCAUUAAUAUUACCAUCAUUAUUAUUUUACUAUAUUUUAUUAUCAUUAUUAAUAUCCUCUUUAAUAUUUAAUAUCCUGUUCCCUUCUUUCUACCCCCUUUUUUUAUUACAUUUCUUUUUCUUACCUAUUUUAUCUUUUCAUUUUCAUCCUCAUGGUCUCAUUUUAUGUUGUAGGGUUCUUGUAUUGUCUGGGUUUCUUAUGAAAAAUGAAAUUGGCCUUCAAUUCAGAGGUCUUGUUUUUGUUUUUUGUACUGAUGCUUUACGACUGUUUGUCAAAGCACUUUGUAAACUUCUGUUUUUAAAAGAGCUAUAAAAAUAAAGUUAUUAUUAUUAUUAUUAUUGAAAGGUACCUCUUAUAACCCACGGAGCAGGUUAGUGUCCGGAGGGUAGACCAGAAGAGGUUGGUUGAACCCUGGUUGGCCACCUCAGUUACUGCCUCAAAAUCCAAAGCUGUGAUUGGCUAUCGGCCCUCUCAGAAAAUCCAUCUUAUGUUGAAAUCCACCAGCCUGUUUAAGUCUGUUUUGAUCCUGUGUGGCACAAAUUGUUUAUUGCCUCAAAAUUGACCGGAAGACGUGUAGACAAAUGUUUUCUUUUUGAGGCCUCAAAAAUAAUCUGAUACGCAGUGAAAGUAACUGAACAGAUAGUGGAGAGAGAGAGGGAGAGGUCAAAUGCCAGGAAGAAUCACACCCCUAGCAGGGACCUUAAGGCCAUGAAGGAGAAACUGCUGACGCUAUCAAACUUGACCAUCACCUUUUGGUUUCUUUUCUUUUUACUUAGAAAUCAAGUUUUGUACAUCCUCAGUUGGUGUACUUCACUACACUGCUCUCUACACUGCUGUAGAGGGCAGAAACAUAAAAAGAAAACGACAGAGAAAAAAAUACAGAGGACAUCAAAUAGCACUCGUGUGCAGCAGAAGACCAGGGGAAUUACAGUUUAGCUUCUGCUGAUUUUUACCUGAAGUCUGAUCUGAGUGGUGAAGUGGUGAUCGACUCCAUCCAAUUUCUCCAAUAGUGCUCAAACACAUCACUCUUCAAUCUCAAUGUAAGAGUCAUUAUCUUUAUAACAAUUAUAUCAUGCAUUCCCUUCAACCAGUCUGCUGCCUUUUGAUUUCUGAAGACGUAUUAUGAACCAUAAAGCCGAUACAGAAGUGAGAAAAACUGCAGUUCCUUUAGGACCACUCGGCAGCAAAUACCAAGAGUCUCCAUCAGGUUUAAUUUUAAAAUGCUAAUUUUAAUGACAAAAUUAAACAGGUUUCCCAGCAGGCUAAAAUCCUUCAUUAACUCCACAUUAUUGUGUUUGUUGGUUGAUACAAACUUAGACUGAGUCAGUAUUUCCAAUAUGAUCACCGCCAUCGUUUGGCUCCAGACUGUCUCCCCAGAAACCAACAGGUGAUGUCACAGAGAUAACAUCCAUGUUUUAUACAGUCUGUGGUUAUGAAGCUCGAGCAUGGAAGUGACCACAAUGGAAACUUUAACUCCACCUAACUUAUGGUCAGCCUCGAAACGGGCAAUGUGGAGUCAAGGCGGGCAGUCAAGUUAUAAUGUUUACCAUCUUGAUUUAAGCAGGAUAAUACUUUCAAACAACAGCUGGUGUAUCGCUCUUUUGGUCAGUAAUCUGGUCCAAACCCAAACUGUUUGAGUUUUUACUUUGUGCAAAAAUGUUAAAGGAGCAUCAAUCAACCUUCUGUGAUAAUGUGACGAAUGAUCUGCUAUUUUCUGGUGCUGUGAUUUUAAUAUCUUUAACGGUAAACGUGCUGGCUUGUCUUUAUGUUCUCACCUGCAGCGAUUCUUGCACAUAAUUUCUCUCCAUAUCAUAAAUACCACAAAUACCCUGAAUUUAAGCCGGAAACAACCAGAACCAGAACACAACAGUGUCUUUGUUGGAGAUUUAAGGAGAUUUAUGUAGCUUACUUUAGCCUCCACCAAAGUCAGGGUGUGUGUGUGUGCGUGUGUUUGCCUGUGCUAGUGUUUAAGUGUGUCUGUGACUCUCCAGUAGGCCUCUGCUGUGUCUGAACAAGCUUACACCUCAGCUAAACGAUUAUGAAGGCCUCGUAUUAACGCCCGUGGAAGUGUGUCAAAGGGUCCCUGGUGGCUUUUCUGCAGUUUUAUCCCCUCGCCACUGAAUUGUUCCACUUUUUGAGGAAUGCAGGAGGGUUGGGGCCGGUUUGUCAGAAAAGUAAAACUUAUUUUGAGUUUUUCUUAAAGGGAAAAGAUUUGUUUUGGUUCACUGCGAGCUGCAACCCAGUGUCCAGAUAAAGUGAUGCCAAACUGGAAGCUGUACAUGUGACUGUGUACUGACGCUGUCCCAGCAAAUACUCACCUUAACCCUUAAAAAUCAAGAGGAUUUUGUUGUGAAAGUGAGCAGAAAUCUUUGACGUGGAGUAAAAGUAUGGAUAUUUGUUUGUGAGAGAUAGAGUUAGCUGUAUAUUAAAUCCCCUCUGAUACAUUUUAACCAGCUUUAAUGAAAAAUGAGGUAAACUAAUGACCUGGAACUGAACAGUUUCACCUUGACAUACCUGCUGGACUGAGAAACCAGCUGAAAGUGGUAUUGUAACAAUGUGAGUGUGUGUGUGUGUGUUUUCUGCGUGUGUGAGACUGAUUAGCUGUUAAUACAGCGACAGGGGCAUUGAGUCACAAACCUCUCACAGCCUCCACAUCAUGGCUCUCUUGGAUUUUCAAACUUUUGCUUUUUCUCCAAAAAGACAUUCAACUAUGAGUCUUUAAUAUUUUUAGGCCACAAACGUUUACAGAUAGUGGUGCAGUGGUGAAGGAGUGGUGGGAAUUACAUCUUCAAACAGUGACAAGAGAAAGUAUUGGAGGCCAUGGGGAGCUCUGAGAGCGUUUGGUGGGUUGUUGUUGAGUUUGCCUGCAGGAUUCUCGGUGUUUCUACGGCAACAGGUGAGAAAUAAACACAGAAACAGAAAAAAAAAACAAAAAACUACUUAUUGUUUCAGCAUGGGUGUGAAUUGUUUUUUGGACACUUGCAGAUGCACAACAGCCUCCAGAUGCUCAUCGUGUUAAGUCUCGCCGUCAAAGCUUUAAAAUUUUUAUUAAUGAGGACUUAAAAUUCAACUUUUUUUAAGGAUGCAGCAUUAUUUAUACUCUAAAUCUGUUAUGAAGUGUUGCAGCUUUAUGUCUAAAGCUGAUUUAUGCUUCUAUGCCUGUGAUGAAUUAACUUUCAUCCCCAUAAAUCUCUGGGUUUUUUAAGCGUUCAUGCAGGAGAAGGGGUCUCCAGCUGGUCUUUUUAAGGAUUUCACAAACCCUGAAUGCGAUAAGGUCAGAUUGGGAUGUUUGCCAACUGUACUCUUAGCAUGUCUUUGCUGAUAUAUAGAGCAUAUUAAAGCCUGCGCUGGUGUUGUUCCUCGUCUUGUGUUUUCCUCAGGCACAGAUUGCAUGCAGCUCUCUCUCUCUCUCAGCCACAUAAAAUCAAAACUAGGGGGAAUAGCUCUCUAGCUGCUGCCUGUUUCUUAAACUAUGAGACCCCCCCUCUUUAUUUAAAUCCAAACAGCUGCAGACGAUGAACAUUUACCGAGAGCCAUGUGCCUCACAUCACACCAAAACCAAGUCUGUGCAUCCAGCUGGGUUACUGAGCACAAGCUGUGAUACAUUCGCACCUACAGGAGCUUUCAGUGCAUUGCUUCUAUACGUGUGUAUGUGUGUGUGUGUUUAUAGGAUGUCUACGUGUGCCUCUGUCUCUGUGUCCGCCUGUCUGCCUCUGUGUGUGUCCUUUAAUCAGACGAGCACGCUGUGAGGCAGGAGACCGUACACUAUAUAUGUUAAUACCCAGCAGGUCUAUAUGCAGCGUUAAUUCUCCUCACACUCCAUAAACGACCAGAAGCCUUUCAGCCACAUUUCCCCUGAUUUCCCUCCACUGCAGAUUUUAUCUUUGAGCUCCUUUUUAGCCGGACAGAGAAAUUGCUUCCAUGUGUUUUCGCAGCGAUUCACCACUAAACCAUGCUAACCUCUUUUAUACCUCACAGGGAAAAAGACUGGUUAAUAAAACAGGCCUUUCUUUAUGUUUGUGAGACUUCUCUGUCAUCUGAGUUUUUAUGUUAGCUGCAGAUAUGUUUUCCUGUCAUCACUGAAAUUUGGCUACCGCUCUGUUUUCUACCAGCAGCGAGUUAACUCAGCUCAGAAAACUGGAAACAGGAGAAUCUCUCCAAAAGAAAUAAACCAACUUGUUGUGAUUUGCCCGGGAGUUACUGCGCUUGUUGGUGAAGAAGUUCCCAUCACUUGUCUUUGUAAACCCUGGAGAUGGGCGUGUGAUACUGAAGCUCUGAAGCUUGUGUUUCUUGUGUUGAGGAUGAAACCCCAUGUGGAUGAUGACGUCUGAAGCUUUCAAACACUUCAGUCUGCUUGACCUUCUUGUAUCUAAACUGUGUGAUGUGCUCUGAGCUACCUGUCAUCAUGGAGCAGACCAAAACCUAACUUCAUCAACAGGACAUAUAGGGUCCCAGCCAUAGUACUAGCCACCAAACAUCUUUUUAACUUUGACUAAUUUCUUUAGCAAAGAGACUAAACACAACUUACCUACUCUCUUCCAGCAGCCGCUUGUUUGUAGCUAGACCUCCAGGCGUGUCCAUCCUCUGCAGCGGGGUGACGCAGCUCAAGGAAGAACAUUUAUGAUCAUUACUUUAUCAUUUCCUUGAAGUAAUAAUCAUCAUAUUAAUCAUUUUGCACUGCAGACGCGGUAGUUCUUCUGCCGAUGGACUCGCCUCACUCUGUACAAACAAACAGCUGCUGGAAGAGAGUGGGUGAGUUGUGUUGUCUAUAGAGUGGCUUUUUGGUUGAGCGCAUGGCUCUCUGUAUUGCUAUCGUGCGGUCGUUACUAAAAUUGGUAUAACUAGAGAAGCAAGCGGUCGGCAACAUUCAUCUCUCGACAGGUUGUCUAACUUGGUGUUGCGGUCUGUUUGACCCUAAAUUAAUUUGAUUUUGAAUAUCCCUUUAACCUCCAGGAUAAAAGCGGGUGCCUUAAAUGUGAAAUUACUUUUGAAUGUUUGAUCCAUCAGAUGCUGGUUUAGGUUUUCUGAAAAUAUUUCACCCCUCUCUCAGAAGUCCAAUUGUCUGGCUCGGCCUAUAAAGGUAGAAAGGAUCCCUGAAUGUUAAUGUAGUGGAUUAAUACCUGAUGUUGCAGUGAGAAGAAGAUGCAGGGUUGAAAGUUGUGGAGUAUCCAAUCCAGUCUGCUUUAUUUAUAGUAUUCCUUAUAUUCUUGUAAACACUGACAGUGGUUGAGUUUUUUAGUGUUUCUGCUGUUGUAGAUGACCAAUCAUGUGUUUUGUGUCUGCUUAAAUAAGAUGCGUUUAGUCUGUCAGCUGUGACAUGGGAAUUACAUGCAUAAGUUUGCUAUUACCAACAUUUUGUGGACAUGGUGGAAACAAUCAAAGCAAUUAUGGAUAAAAGUUUUCUUUGGACAUCCUAAUUUAACAUACUGUCCUCUGCAGUGUGUGUGUCAAUCAAUCAAUCAAUCAAUCUGUGAGUUUUUGCAGCAACUUCCUCAGAGAUUACCGUUACAAACAAGAAGACUUCUAUCGUGACCACAUAUUUAAAGGUAUUCAGACCAAAAUGCAUGAAACAGUGUGCUGAAAAAGUCUGACAUGUUUCAUUUCAUCUCAUGAAAUCACCACCGGCUCACUGCCAAACAAUAAACAGCUUCAUUCAAGUUUAAUAUCAUGAACCAAGUCUGACACCUGGUGGACACUUUGAUCACUACACACUCCAAAAACAAAGAAAAGUGACUUAUCUUUGUGUCUUUUUUUUACAGUGUUGUGUGCAGUUGGAGUAGAAACUGUGCAACAAGGAGAAUUUAACAGCCUUGGGAUCUACUUACUGUAAGUGUUUAAACAACUCCUUUAAAUGGAGGGUAAUGAGGUUUUACAAACGAUUUUUUAAUCCAUUUUUGUUGUCCUUUAUUGUAAUUAAUUGAGAUUUUUUUUCUUAAUUUCUUACAUUUGUUGUUAUUUUCUGGUCAUAUAAAAUGUAUAAAAUAUUAUGGUUGGAACUUGAUUUUUAACUCCUUUUUACUUCAUUUCUGUGCAUGUAUUUAAUUAUUUUUUAAGGGCCUUUUCUCUAAUAUUUAACAUUUUCUCCCUUUAUCCUUUUUUUCUGUCUAUCACAGUCAUAAUUUGGGACAAUGUUUGAUUUCUUGCGUUGUUUACAGAUCUUUGCUUUAAUUUUCUUGUACUUCAGCCCUUCACAAUUUUAAUCUAGAUUUAUGUUUACAUCUAAGUAUUUCAGAACUGUGUCAUAUGUAUGACACAUGUGAAUGUUUGUAUGAAUAAAUGAAAAUAAGAGGGUUGGAUUUUAUCUAACAAAUUCACCUCUAAACUCUCAGACUCUUGCCAAGUUCACUCAGGCAUUUCUGAACAGCAAACUUACCUCCUGGAUUAAAGAACAUUUCCUCAGGGCUUUUAAAAACAAUUAAAAAACCAUGUCUGCUUUUAAAGUCACUCAUGCUGUAAAUUUAUACCCACACUUGUGAGGAGAGGCAGGAGUCAGGGGAGCAAGUCCCUCUCUGCUUCUUUCUCUCAUCUUUGAGGCUCAGAGCCAAAUUCCCACAGAGGGACAGGAAAACUUUCCCCAAAGGAGACCUAGAAAUACUUUACUGUUUGUUCUGUCACUGCACACAUACAUUCAGAUAAACACAGAAACAGAAACACACCACUCAGCGAUAAGUCUUCAAAGAGCGGUCAGCGAAGGAUGAAGGUCAGCCCUCGAGUAUUCUUCUGGUUCACUGGAUCAGAUGGUUAUCAGAUUAAACAAACAGAAAAUUGAGAUUUUUUCAACAACCAGGAAAAGAAAACACUCUUAAUUAUUCCCUAGCUGCCCACAUUUCAACAUUUAAAACUACAACGCUCCAUUACAGCCAGAUAAAAUACACACAAGUCGACAUAUUUAGAGAUAGUUUACAUCAUUUAGAAACCCGCAGUAUCAGUUUCUGACUCUGAACUUAUUUCUCCUCCAGAGUGUCGUCUGUCGGCAUCAUGUUGUUCGAGCUGGCCUAUUUCCUGGAUGCUCUUUUGUUCAUGUGUUUGCCGUGAGUACGCAACACUCAUCACAACAUCUGCAGCAUGAACACACAAAGAAACAGAUAUACAGCAGCUGCGAUUGUCUGAGUUUGUUUUUGACGAAGUAUGAACUCUGUCAAAUCUGGAGAAUAUCCUUUAACUUAAAUGUAAAGAUGGUUUCUAAUAGUUCUCUAUGAUCCCAAAUAGUAUAACUCCACUGGUUACUAGUCAAAAGAAUAUAAACGUUCAGUUAGAAAUGCUUAUCAUAGAUAUUAUGUUGAACCUGUCUGUCUGUGUGACCCUUUUGUGUAACUAUUAUUGUCUCUCUCUUCUUCCUUUUUCCCUCCACAGCUGUCCUCCAGACUGGCAGAUCUUUGUUUUGUGGGGGAAGAUGGCUCACGUCGGAGGUUUCCACAAGUUCCUCUACUACUCCAUUAUGUCAGUGGUCUGCUUCCUGCACCCUGUGCUGGUGUGGCACGCAGUUAUUCCAGGUAAAAGCUAGAGGCAUUGUUUUCUGUAAAGGCAGGUUUUGAGUUCAGCAGCUGUAGGAUCAUGUGUUUUCUACAGGUGCUCUUAUUACAGCAAACUUUGUCUUAAAAACACAGUGUCUGGUACCUCAGAGCCUCAACUUUCAUCAGAUUCUUGUGAGCGUGAUAAUCCAAACCUUCCAGUAAAUGUACUCAAGGUUUCAGUUUCUGGGGUUUUUACAGAGAAAAGUUUCCUCAGUGCCCGAUACAGGAUUUCAGCAGCUUGAAAGUUAAGUGUGUCGUCUGUUCAUGUUUUUGCCUCAUGGUCUGCCUGAGGUUUUUAAUGGAGAAGACAUUGUCUGGAUGGCAGCAUCAUGUUGGUCCAAAAGUCAUACCAUUGGCUCUUAUGCAUGUCUACAGAAGCUGACAUUUAAACUGUUGGUGUCUAUCCUCUUUGGAGUUGGGGAAACAGCAUCUAUGAUUUUCAAAUAUGAAGUUAAAUUUUGAUUCAUCAGCCCAAAGGAUAGUUUUGCACUUUCUGGAUCUUGUUUAUAUUUGGUUUUGUUUUAGCAUGGGGUUUUAACCUGCGUUUGUGGAUGUGACAGUGAACUGUAUUCACAGACUCUGGUGUCUGGAAGUAACUCUGAGCCCAUGCAGUGACUUCCGCUACAGAGUCAGCUGCCCAAGGGCCUGAAGAUCACUACUAUCCAGUUCUAGUUUUCAUCUUUGUUACUUUUGUACAGUGAUUCUUAGUCUUUUGAUAAUAUUAUUUACUGUAGAUGAUGAAAUAUCCCAAAUCUUUGAGAUUCUAUGCUAAGGAACAUUAUUCUGAAGUUGCUGGACUAUGUGCUUGUGCAGUUUCUCACAGAGGUGAGCCUCUUUUCUCCAGGAUGUCCUUUUCAUGCUGAUGUUUUAACCUGUUGCAAAUCAACCUAAUAAUCUGGAAUUUGUUCCUCCAGGUGUUUACACAACUUUAUCAAUCUUUUACUGGCUCUUUCACCACUUUUUUUGGAAUACGUUGCUGGCAUUAAAAUUACAAUGAACCUUUCCCACUGAGCAAUAAACGGCUAUUACACGUCUAGUUUUUUUUUAAAGACCUAAUUUCAACCGUCUAGAUUCUGUAUACUUUUAGACAGAAUUUAGAUGUUGCACUUUAACCAAUUAUUCGAUAACUGUUUACUUCAAAAAGAAACUGUGAAUUGCAUAACUGAUCUCCAAGUACUUAACCAAAAUAAUUAUGUUAGCCAUUGAGCAAAAUACAGUGUAGUAUAGAUAUAGCCCAGAUUUAGACUUGGUCAAAACUUGGUCUAAAUUUAGACGUCUAAAAAACUUUCAUUAUUAGACCGGUGGUAGCCUGAUUUUAGAGCAGUAGUCUAGGCUACAUUCAGACACCUAUUCGACCUCUUUUAGACCAAAAAUUGCUCAGUGGGAUUUUUAUCAUAUAAAAAUUUUUGGUUUCAAUAUUUAAUUUGUUUUCUUUGCGAUGUUUUUAUCUGGACAAAGGGUUUCAAGGAUUUGCAGACCACCACAUUUUGUUUUUAUGAUUGUUUUGAACAUCGUUAAAGUUAUUUUUCACAUAAUACAAAGGAGCUGGUCAACAGUUUAAACAAAGACAAAGCAGAAAAAGUGCAGAGCCUCACUUACAGGCUAAAGGGUUUUCAGACAGUGAUGUUGACAUCUAUGUGUUCAUACUCUGAAAUGUCUAAGAGGAGAUGAGAAAUUAAACACAUGUUCUGACUGCAGGGACAAUGCUUCUGGUCACCGCCUUGUUCAACUUCAUACUGAGCAAGAAAACAAAGAAGAAGUCUCCAAAAAGACCCCAGGACAGUCACAGCCCCCCUGGCCUUUCCACCGUGUGUGUGACUGAGGGGCCGACCUCAGACGGCGCUUCUUUCUCAUUCCUCCAUAUGAUGAGCGGGAGGAGAGGAGGUGGGCCGACCCUCACGACCAGAGACCACCACCUCGGUCCAGGAGAGAGGGGAGAGAGCGUGCAGGCCAUGCUGGAGCUGCAGCAGACGACAGCACCCAAAGACUCAGACAGAGAGAAGAGGUGGUGGAAGGAGAGGGGGCUGAUGUGCUUCAGAGGGAGGGAGGAGCCGGUGGAGAGAGAGAUGGAGGAGAUGGACAGAUACGGUGAAGCGGAGGCAGACACCACCUCAGACACUGCACCUAUGAUAACUGACUGAAGGUUUAUCUGCACCCAGACUGAGCUUAAACACACAAAGGAGAGUGUGUGCUGUGUUUCAUACAUGUCCCUGGCACUAUGGGGUGGACUUCAAGAUAAAAACACUUUUAUAGAGCAUCUGACCUGCAGAAAUGAGACUUCUGAGCCUUUUAAAGUCAUCAGUGAUGGAUUAUUCUGCAUUUCAUGGACUUACA